GCCAUGGUGACGGGACGCGGAGCUGCGCUCCAGGCGGCCUUGAGCCCAGUCGGGCGAGGAGCCGGGACCGCUCGCAGCCAUGACGGACAUCCUGUGCGAUUGGCUGAACAGAGAAGUGAAGCUCUCGCGGGCAGUGAGUGAGUGCGGGAGCCUCCUUGCAGGGCUAAGGCGGGCGGGGAAGCCCCGGGAGGUGCGGGGCUCCGGCUUCCCGUGACCCUCUCAGGCGGGCAGGCGCUUCAUUUCGGCUCGCCUGAGGGAACCUCGCCCCCCUCCAUAAACCAGAUCCCCCCCCCAACCCUAGACGCGUGGAGACUUUUCUUCUUGUUCUUGUUGUUUAGUCCCUCGUGAGAGAAAUGGCGCUUUGCGCAUGCUCAGGAGCACGGUUUUGCUGCUGAUUCAUUUGCUUCCCCCACAGACAUUUCAUAGAAGGGGAGCCAUGCGGGUCAUCUAGUCCGACCUGCUGCAAUGCAGGAGUUUACAUCUAGGCAUGACAUUAACGCCUUGCCUCCCUAAUGUAAUGCCCAAUGUGGGGCUCGAACCCACAAACCUGAAAUGGGAGUCUCAUGCGCUACCGGCUGAGCUACCCCUGGUUAUUGCAGAUUCUACAUAUUUCUCUGUUUCAUGAAAUCUGCUAACCGCUUGAUUGUAUGGGGUGGGUGGGUGGAAACCUCAAAGUGGUUUGCAAGAGAGAUAAAACAAUAAAAUUGCCAAUAAAAAAAUUACCAAUUAGCAAUAAAAGGGGGGGGGGAUUACUGGCGCAAUUAAAAAAAACAUGCAUAGGUUAGACUAAAAUGAAUUAAAACUCACACCAGCUUUCUAAACAUCUGGGUAGACGUGUAUAAAUAAAAAUAUUUUUGGCAGGCAGCAAAAAGCAUACAGUACAGGGAAGGUGCCUGUUUGGUGUCUAUAGGCAGGGAGUUACAAAGUUUCAGCACUGUCGCACUAAACCAUUGCAUUCUUACAGAUGCGGUGUGGGUAUUUAUAUAUCCAGGGCAGGUAGCAGAGUAGUAAGAAACAAACAAACAAACAAACAAACAAACAAAAGUACUUCAGCAACAACAACAAAAGACUAAUGCAGCAUACAAACAAGCAAAUUUAAACAGCAUGAGCCCAUUCAAAACAGACAGUAUGAUCAAACUGCUUUAAGUUUAAAGUGCUUGCAUUAGUAGUUCUCAUUUUUCCUUCACUGAAAAAUAGGUACCAGGAGGACUCACCUUUCUGACUGCCUUUGCAUGACAGAAUUGCACAAGGAGCAGCUAUUCUGUUGGUGGAAAUAGCUUUCACCCAAGUAACCAAAAAGUUAUUACUGAUGUUAAUAACUGUGCUAGAGUACUAAUAUGCCCAAGCAGGGUUGGUGGGAGUGGGAUGGGUUUAGCCAGGGGAGGCAGUAAUAUUAAGUGUCAAUAGUAAUAACUAAUAGUAGCAAAUAACCUGUAUGGCACUUGGAGGGAUUCCAUCCAGCUUGGUUGUCUUCCUUGAUUUUGAAACAGGGGUCUUGAAACACUGGGGAUUUUGAAAUGUUUUGUGAGCAUUUGUAUCAAUUCUGGGAGUCUAGAAUGAUCAGAGGGAUUUGUUUUUAGAUAUGGUACAUUUGGGAAAAAUGCAAUGAAAUCAAGGGAGACCAGGCUUUGGUUAAAAAUGAAAUGACAGUAAUACUUUAUGGAGAGCAGUAAGAGUUGUAAUAUGUCAACAAGCAGCUUCUCCUAAUUUGAACUUGUAACGCCAGACAAGACAUAUAGAAGUUCCCUUGUUUCCAUGUAACUAUGAUGCAGCCCAGGAAAGCCCCACUCCUGAAUUAUUAUUUUUUUGUGUCUGUGAUUUCCUCUGCCUCCCCAUUUCUUUUUUUUUUACCCUUUUUUUUAUUAAGGAUUUUCUUGUUUUACAGAAGUAAGUGUAACCAACCCCAACCUCUCUCACCACCAAAGGAACACAAGUAACGCCCCACUCCUGAAUUGUACAUUGGGUUGCAUGAACAGAAUGGCUGGUGUUUUCCACACUGUAAUGAUCGUUUGCUCAUCCAGUAUGUGCAAAAAGACAUAUCAUGCCCUCAGUGUGGUUUUGUUAAAAGAACUAGAGACCCUAUAUAGCACCGUAUUUGAGGGAGGGACUGUUUUCUAACCUAGGAAUGGGUGGACCUGCAGCCCUCCAGAUGUUGCUAGACUGCAAUUCCCAUCAUCCCUGACCCUUGGCUGGGGUUGAUGGGAAUUGGACUCCAAUAAAUCUGGAGCGCUAUGGGUUUCCCAUCACUGCAAAUCAUACUAUUAACAGGUCCAUAGAAGGUUGUAACUGCUUUGGCUCAUCUAUCUCCCACUGCUCCCCCUCUUUGUCAUCCAUCCUCCUGCUUCCAUGGCAAGUUGGGAAAGGCAGAGCAGUAGGAUGGGACGGGGAGCAGGGGCUAUUUCUUUUCUUGUUUCCUUGGAACUUUUCUCUAGGUUGGCAAUCCUACAAUCCUGAGCGCUCUGUUCAAAAUAAAGAAGGCUGCCAACUCAAGUUAUUUGGCUCAAGAACCUUUUGACUGACUUAUUGGGCAGAAGAUAGCUGGAAAAAUAUUAUUUAGUUAUUUUAGUGCAGCCUUACAAAAACUGUGGGUAGCAGGUGUGAUCUUCUCUUUGCUCAUACACAAAGGAAUGCCUCGCCCCCUGAGAGCACCUGCUGUGACGCAUGCAAGCAUUAUCAAAAAAGAAGUUGCAAAUGUGUUUUCUUCUUCAGUUUGUUCAUGUGCAAAUCAAUGCACUUCUGAUGGAUUGAAUCAGUUCUAAUUGAUUCAAACUCAUUAUAUAUAUAUUUUUAAAAAAAUAGGUAGCAGCUUCCCAAAUAACCUUGUGUUUUGUGACCUGUCUACUUUACAUUACUACCUCCACAUUUUUUUGGCAGUCCUAGGAAAGCAGUGGAUGGUGUUCAUUCUGAGUUACACAACACACCUCUAAAGCUCCCAUGUGGCAAUGAUUUUCAUCACCAGAGACUCCUCUGCAGUUUCAAGGGACACAAAUCUGUCGAAUUUCCUCAAUUAAUAAGGACUCUGGAGUACAGACAGUCCUUGUAGAUAUAUGUUUAUCCCGUUGUUCCUACUAUUUGAUCUACAAAUGGCUUUCCUCCAGAGAAGAAUAUCAUCCACACAGAGAGAUGAAAUGCCCCUAAUGAGAGGCUGAACUACCAGAUUUCUAGAGCUCUUUAGGUUGUGGGAAAGGCGAUUAUAAACUCUCAAAUUACUAUUGUAUCUCAAGGCUUCUUCAUAUUGCAAAUUGGGGUUGUCUUACUCUUCCCAGAAGAAGAAGCAUCUUGAAACACAGAGAAUUUAAGAAAUUAUUACAGCUUACUUUUAAGUUAGGACUUAAAAGAGGCAAUAGAGAACUGCUGCUAUUUUAAUAAUUUACUGUAGGUUGAAGCCAACUAAAUAAUACUCAAAGUAGACCCAUUGAAAUAAUUGGAUGUGACUUAAGUCAAUUGGCUUGAAUAUUUUAUUUAUUAUUAUUUAUUAAAUUUGUAUACCACCCUAUCAUCUGAAGAUCACAGGGUGGUUUACAACAUAAAAAAACAAAAUGAGAACACAAAAUACAUAAUAAAACAAAAACAAACCAAUGAACCCCUUCCACAAACACAUGCUGAAUAUUACUUAGUUGGGUGCAACUCUUCAUUUUUAAAAUUUGUUUCAUUAGGGCCAGUUCAUGCAUUAAUGCUUCUAGAGCAGACCUGCACAAGUGUCAGUAAUCCCCAGCACAUAUCUGUGCAAUAUGUGGUACACCAAGUCAGUGACCCAUCAGGGGUUGAUAACCACCCUAUCCUUUAUGCUGCCUGCCUGGGCCUGGAAAAAAAAGGGGGUGUCAUUGAGUGCUUCACAGGCCACAAUCUGUGGUUAAUAGACUUGUGGGUCAUGCAGGUACAGGCCUGAUUUAGAUGGAGGAAGCACCUUGGUGAGGUGGAUCAUGUGGUUUCAUCUCCUGCUAGCUGAAACCUGGCCUGAGAAAAGGCAAUGUUGACUUCUCUGUGUAGAUCAGAGGUGGGAAACCUGUGGCCUUCCAGGUGUUGUUGGACUCCAACUCUGAUAUGUCCCCUUCCAGCAUGGUCAAUGGUCGGGGAAGAUGGUAGUUGUAGCUCAGCAACAUAUUGAGGGCCACCGGUUAGCCACUUCUGAUCUGGAUGUUACUGCAACUGCAUGGGAGGAAGUUGCAGGAAAGUUACUUGCACUUCCCGGUGGUAACAUAUGAAUCAGCCCUUAGGUCUGAACAAAUGGAGGGGAAAAAACCUUUCCUUUUUCUCUUUAAAAAUAAACCAGAAAUGGAGUCUUUUGCCCAGGAGUUUUCUUCAGGAUACCUCAUCGGAGAACUUCUCAACAAGUUUGAACUCCAGGAUGACUUUGCUCAGUUUUCGCAAAGCAGGUUAGUAGAUGGUAUAUAUACAACAUCAGAUGGUUAACAUAGUAGGCUAAGUGGUGGCUCCGAGUCCUGGGAUAGGGAGCUUAAGCAAGAUGCCCUCAGUAGGGGAAUCCUACCUCCUUGCCUGUUGCCACUAAUGAUGCAUUAGCUUUCUCCCUCUGGGACCAAUCUGCAUCACUGCUCAAUACAAGAGGGAGAGCCAGGGUUGUUGCUCCUCCAUGUUCCUGCCUCUGCUUGCGUACUUGAAGAUAGCUAGAGAGCAGGCAGUGGCAGAUAGGAGAAGGACCAGAAAGGCCAAGGGACCAUGGAUGUUUGACAUAAGACUUAGACAUCUGCCUGACAACCCUGAUUGCCAGUGCCAGUCCAAAUAGAUUAAGAUGACAGCUGGUGUAAAAUGCAGUUGUCGUCCCCCCAACUCAGCUUAGGAAUACUGAAGGCAUAUGGGGGUCUGCAGGUAUGCAUGGGUUAGCCCCUCCCCCUUGAUGACAGCAUGUGCCUCCUAGCUGACACGUGAUUGACUCAAUCUCAAGGCCAUCUAUUCACAUAGAGUUUCCAAUUCUGGAGAUGGGAAGGUAUGUUGCUGCCAUACACUUUAGUGUAGAGGUGGUGGGGCCAGCAUAUUUCUGCAGGCCCCUUCAUGCAUUCAGAAAUGAAUGCCUGAAGAGGGAUAUUGUUUAUUGCUAAAAGGUGACUAAUGAUGUUUGGCCAACAGUCCUAGGCAACAUUUCCCACUUGGAAAAGGAGAGGAAGGAUGUAGCCAUGUUUACAUAUUUCAUCCAGCACUUCCCUGUGUGGCUGCUAUAUAUACUUGUUGAAUGAUGAUUUCCAUGCUCCCAAGAAAGCUUAACAAAACCCAUAUAGAUACGAUAAGGGACUGGGAUUGGUUCCAUAGCUCAGUGAGUGCAUGCUUUCCAUGUAGAAGGUCCUGGGGUCCAACUCAGGUUUCUCUAGUUUAAAAACCUAUUUAAUGUAUCAGGGUUAGGCCACAUCUCUGCCUUAGACCUUGGAGAAUGGUGGCCAGAAUAAUUAAUGUUGGGGUAAGGCUGCAACCCUAAUCCCACUUACCUGGGAGCAAGCCUCAUUUGAUUCAGUAGGACUUACUUCUGAGUAGACAAAAUUGGAUUAUCCUGUGAAUGGACCAAUAGUUUGAUUCAGUACAAGGCAGUUUCAUAUGCUCAAAAUCUUUAGGUUUCAAAAUGUGGUCACCCAAACGUUUUGAUCUCUUCCUAAUGAUAAUUUUGUUUAGCUCUAUCUCUCUAUAAAUGAACAUGCUUAUUGAAGAAUGCUGGGCUUUGGGAUCAGUUUUUGGGAAGAUUUUCACAUUUCAAAGGAAACAGAACCUUAUAUAACUGCAGAGUCUGUUUACGUUUUCAGGCUUGCCAGUGCGAAACUUAACAACUUUUCUCGCAUGGAGCCCACCCUUCAACUCCUGGGCGUGCAGUUUGACCAGAAUGUGGCCCGAAACAUCAUGACAGAGCAGCAUGGAGCUGCCACCAAACUGAUCUACCAAUUGUAUGUGGCGCUAGAGAAAAAGAAAAAAGCAGGACUCACUGGAGUUGCCAUGGAUGCAAUGAGACCCUCAGCUCCCGCAAAGCUCAAGAGCGUGGGAACUGAAAUGUAUCGAGAGGUGAGCUUGUUGAGCUAAGAACACCUUUCCCAAUAGAGAAGCAGAACAUCACAUGUGACUAUACCUCUUAGAUAUAUACCUAUGACAGGAGAGAUCAAAAUAGAAUUCCUGUAAACUAAAUUUCUGUUUCGUCUACUGAAUCUCUGUGUAAAGGAUGCAGUGACUUAAUUGAUGGGAGUUCUAGUCCAGCACCACUUGCAAGACACAUAUUGGCUACCUCUGCUCUAGAGGUUACUCUAAAUUCGCUUUCACUGAACUAAUAUCCACUUUAAGAAUUCUCUCAUCUCUUUGCUUCGCAGUGUCCCAUCAGGUAUCUGCAUAGUUCCUUGCAUUUUCAGUCUUACAAGAAAUAGCUUUGGCCAUUCGUUCCUGGUUUCUAUCUUGGCAAGCUGAAACUGGGCAAAAGGCCCAGAAGGCUAAAUAAGGAGAUCAGAGCUGUAAAUCUUUCAGAACAUAUGUUCCAUCCUCACACAUACAUCCUCACUCUGUAUAAGCUGGCUGUACUACCAUAAGGGCAAGAAUAACUUUAAAUUAGCUACAUAUUUCAGGCCAAAGCUACACUGAGGUGGCUGGCAUUCCUUUUCACUUGCAAACCUUCUCUUUGAUUUAGUUUUGCUCAGGGUGGAUUUGAUUUAAAUCACGAUUUAAACCACUAGUCAGUAAAACUUUAUUUAAAUCUUUUCUUUCUUUUUUUAACAGAAAGGCAUUCUUGCUGGUAUAAUCUUAAUAUUUACAACCAGAUGAAGGUUUCAUUUUUGGAAUAAUAAAUUUUCAGAGUUGUUUUUACAGUUAUGUCAAAAAUUACUGAUUUGGUUAUACUAUUAGAAAUACAUAGACAGAUAAUUAUGAAAUUAUUGUGAGGUUUGGUAAGUUAACUGUUUAUAUUUGGACAACGUUUCUGCUGUACUUUAUUGGAAGGAGAAAAACAAUCAUUUCCUUAAUAACAAUUUAAACAAUUUUUUUAAACUAAAACAGUAACAUUAUAGCAUAUGUCUCCAUGUUUGUUAACUGAUGUGGUUAAACAUUUAAAAAAACUUAGACUGAUUUCCAGCACACAUGAAAAACAAAACAAAUCCUUAUUUCCUGAUGGCCUUUGGACUAUAAUGUAACUUAAAUCGAAAACUAUCUUUAGAAAGAUUUUUUCCUCCAAAAGCAUUUUAUUUUAAAAAUCCAAUUUAAAUUUUAAAAAAUCAAUUUAAAUAAAAAAAUCCAAUUUAAAUAAUAAAAAAUGAUUUUUUAAUUUAUUUUUUAAAAAAUAAUUGGCUUUUAUGUACCCUGGUUUUGCUUCAUGAGGUAUUUCAUUUACGUUGAGCUGGGCUGCUUCAUUAAACAAUAAUUUAACAGAUUCUUUCCUCAGAUUGAUGGAUAGUUGACAAUGCUUUCUGAAAGAAUGUAGCCUUGAACCAGCAAGGGAGAAUUCAUGUGUAGAAGCAGGCAUUCAUGCAUGUGCCCCUCUCUGGAGCCAUGUCCACAAAUAGCUGUAGUGCUCAGGGUUUCUAAUCUGAUCCAUCAGCUUUAGGUGUGGGUAGGUUUGGCUCAGUGGGUAGCAGAAGCACUGAUCAGCAAUCAGUGCUUACUUAACCACCCAUUCCUGGUCAAUGCACCAACAUUAAUUGAAUGUUCUAAUCAUUUGCUCAAUAGCAUCCCAGGGAAACAGAUAAAAACCAGGACUGUAACUGAAACAAAUCAGUCUGUUUGUUGGUGUACAGUGCUUCAUUGGAGGAAUAUUGUAAUCUUCAUAUAGCAAAUGGUGAUAUGAGGAAAUAGGAAUAAAAUAAAUCAAUGUAAUGCAAUAUAGCAAUGUAAUACUUUUAGAAAAAAUAGCUUUAAAAUGUCCUAAGGAUUUGGCCACCUUCUAACUUCCUCUAGCCCAACUAGUUGUGAAAUGGAAUUUCCAAAUUCUCUCACAUAUUCACAUUUUGGAAGAGCUACUCAUCCAGGCCUGCAGCUGUGCAAAAGCAUGCAAAGCAGAGUUGAACAGGGAGCAAGCAGAGAGUGAAAAUGAUUCUGUGAAGCACCUUUUAUAUUGAACAGGAACUGUAUCUGGAAGAUGGAAUUUCCCAUCUUUUAUAUCAAUUUAAUUACUUAUGUAGGUGAGCUUACAUAAAAUGUCAAUUGCGGAUUGCAAUAAUCUAAGCGUAACUGGAACCCUUACUUCUUCACCUAGAGUAUGUGCGCCCUGAUGCAUUCCAGUGCUUGCUUUCCAAAACAGCUCGGUAAUGCCAUGAUUCCAUGUAUGUUUAGGCAUCAAAGCUGUCAUCUUCUUCACAUUCCUUAACGGCACAUUAUGCUGAUGGCAUGAAAUUUCCUUCUAAUCAUAUUGUCAUCCAAGAUGUCAAAAUCUCACACGACUGUCACUGAGAAGCAGCAAAUAUUUCCAAGCACAGUUAAUUUUUUCCAUUCUUGUCAUCACCAUGGCUUCCAGUUUAAAAAGAGUAUGACUUAGCGGAUUCGCUGAUUUAGCAGAAAUCAAAGGCGCUUGCCAUCACCUUUAGUUCUGCAGAUUACAAACCACAGUGCUUCGACCAUAUUGGCUGGCAGUGGAUGCUGUUAAUCUGGACAUUGCUAGCUCUGCAAAACUAUGAAGUACAGCAAAUGGUAUUAGGGAUGGGGGAGAAAUUUGACUCGAUUCACAUUUAAAGGUAAAACUCCCCAGUUCACACUUUCUUAAACAAUGUGGAAAUUCAGCCAUCCUUUAAAAAUUGCACUCCCCUGAAUUUUUGCAGUAUAGUUCUUAGGCAAAGUAAUGUGUAAAAAAAUGCAGAUUUUAGGGUAGACUGUGUAUUAAAAAUGCAUAUAUUAACUGCACAUACUAAAAGGUGUUAUAUAAUGGAAAAUGUGUACGUUUGGGAAAAUUGCAUACAAACAGGCAUAUAUAUGGAGAAAUUCACACAAUGAUGCUGGUGAAUUUUCACAAUCCCCUCCCUUUUUUAUUUAAAAAAAAUGCAAACUGAUGUGGAAAUGUGGAGAACUGAGGUUUGGAAAAAGGAGAAACUGAAAUCAAUGGAUUCACUCAUCCCUAUAGCUGUGAGUUAAGGGACGUGGGUGGCGCUGUGGGUUAAACCACAGAGCCUAGGAUUUGCUGAUCAAAAGGUCAGCGGUUCGAAUCCCCGCGACGGGGUGAGCUCCCAUUGCUCGGUCCCUGCUCCUGCCCACCUAGCAGUUUGAAAGCACGUCAAAGUGCAAGUAGAUAAAUAGGUACGGCAGGAAGGUAAACGUGCGCUGCUCUGGUUCACCAGAAGCAGCUUAGUCAUGCUGGCCAAUAAAGCGAGAUGAGCGCCGCAACCCCAGAGUCAGCCACGACUGGACCUAAUGGUCAGGGGUCCCUUUACCUUUUAUCCAAAACUAGGCCAAGAUAAACUAUGUUUCAGACAUGUAAAAACUGUCCUAAUUUGACCAGGGCUUAGAGGUAGAGCAUUUGCCUUGCAUGUAAUUCAGGCCCUGGUAUCUCUAGUUAAAAGAAGCUGGCAGGAGGGGAUGUGAAGAACUUUUCUUUGCCUGAGAACUUGGAGAUCUGCUGCCAGUCAGAGUAGGCAAUGCUUGGUUAGAUGGAGAAAAAGUUACGUCUAAGUAUAAGGAGUUUACUAUGACUCAAUGCGGUAUAUAAAGAUUUCUUCAAAUCUUUUGGAAAAUCUUCUCAUUUCAGCGCCUUAAAUGUCUAGUGCCGCGUCAGGUAGACUUGACACUGCAGCAGAUUUCAGACAACUUUCACAGCAAAGCCAAGGACCUCGAAAGUCAGAUAGCCCGGAUGCAGUUUGUGGAGCAACAGCAAGCAAAGAAAAUUCAGGCGGAAAAAAUCGUUGAACAAUUUGAAAAUGUGAGAAGCCUUUUUAUAAAAACCUCAAAGCUGCAGGAAAUGUUUGUGCAUUGUUUUAUGCUUAAGCCUAUGAAUUUUCCCGCCAGCCGCAUCAAACACAAUGGGAAUUAUUUCUAAGUAAAUGAGGAUUGUGUUGUAUAUAUAAUAGAAAGCUAAUGGAAUUAAAUUGUAGUGUUUUCAUUUAAUUCAGCUAGAACUGGUUCCGUUUGCCCCACAAAGCCUGUAGUAUAGCGCUGAAUCGGAGCGGAAAGCAAUUGGGUUUUCGGAGAAUUGCAGUUUGUUCUGAUUUAGCACUAAAGAGUGUGUUUUCUAGGGGAAAGUAGUGGGUUAAAGGCAAAACCAAUGGGGCUCGUACCUAGAAAGCACGGGACAAGCAUAAAACCUCUUGGACCCAUGCUUUCCAGGCACAGGACAAGUAAAAGUGUGGACGAUCCCUUAGUUUCAUUUGUAUAUCGCUGAAGGUGAUGCUGGAGUGUCAUUCCAGUGCUUGGGGGUAGGAUUCAGGUUGCUUUUGAAGUAUAUGAAUCCUAGACUGCAGGGGGCUUUAAUUGCAAGCACCAGUGCCUUGCAUUUAGCCUGGCAGCAAAUUGGCAACUAAUGCAGUUCUUGCAAAGCUGACUGAAUAGGUUCCCAAUAGCAGGGAUACAAGCUGCAGCUUGCAACACUGUUAACUUCCAUUUUGCGUGCAGAACACAUUAAAGCAACUGACUCCAGAGCAGGGGUGGGCAAACCUUUUUCCACCCAAGGCCAGCAUUUCCUGGAUAAAUUUGCACUAAAUCUUGUCGGCAAUCACGUUGGCAGUAGGGAGACUUCAGUGGGAGGCCAAGAAUGUAGUCUGUUGCCAUUUUUGCAAAAGAAGCAAAAUGUUAUGCUGAAUUCCAUUGCGUUGCAUUUUUGUUUUGAAAUCCAGUUAUGUCCCUCAGCAAAUGAUCAUAUGGAACAACUGAUUGCCCUGAGUGGGGAUAUGCAUCUCUUUGGACGUCAAAAGACACAUUCAGUCAGUUUAAUGGGGCACAAAUGACCAGUGGGGUGGAAAUACAUAUCUGCAGUGGUUGCGAGUAUGGAAAUUCUUCUUCCUGAAUUUGGGUGUUUUUUUAAUCAAAUACCAUUUUGCCCCCACUUUUCAAGCUUUGCACAUCCAUGCAAAAACCCUUUACUCAUUCACAUUUUAUUUGAAUCAUUUACUUAACAAUAUGCCUCAAUAACAGUUUGAUCUAGGGCGUCAACAUUUGGAAUAAGACACCAGUCCAAAGCAAUUGGGUUUAGGCUUACAGUCGCUCCACCCCCACCCCUGCUACUUUGAACACUGGGAGGGGAGGUUAUUUCCAAUGCAACACUUCACGAUUCCUGAAAUAGGUUUUAGCCUGAACAUUAGACUCUGAACAUUAGAAAAUGAAUCCUGCUGUGCUAAAUCAUGUUAUUUAGCUGCAGUUUCUAUGGGAAAUUUAAAAAGGCGUUUUUAUAAAUAACAAUUUUUAAACUUACGCUGAGUCACACUUCCAGUGCGCUUGCAUGAGAUGGCAGACUACUUUUCAAUUACAUCUUCAUUAUAGCUGUUCAGCUUGUUACUCUGUGAUUAUUAAAGUAAAUAGGACCGGCACCAGGUUUUGAGGGGGCACGUGCCAAAGUGCUAGCUUGUGGGGCCUCCUGUGUAGGUAUAGCUGCCAUUAUUAUGGGCAGCUUAGAGCCACCGUUUUCAGUUUUCUCCAAGCUGCCUCACCCGAGGAGUACAGAGUAGCUGUCAGCUAGCGGUGGGCCCUGUGUUAGGAAUAGGAACCCACUGGGGCACUCAGUCCCUGGUGAUUGCCUGAGGAUGUUGCAUACUGCCACCAAGUGUGAAAAUCAUGUAGGUUGUGAGGAAUGUGUCAUCCCACAUCCAGCAGCAAGUUCCUCCUGUGUGACAUGGUAGGAUGUCUUAUCGCAGUCUGGGUAGCACUUGACAGACAGGAGGCAGGGCUCUGUGUGACUUGCACUACCCUGCAGCCCAUCAUUUGCUUGCAGAGAAGCCACCCCUGGGCAUGCUCAUAGGUAGAACGUCUGCUUUGCAUUCAGAAGGUCCAAGGUUCCAUUCCCAGCAUCUCCAGGUAGGGCUGGGAGAGACUCCUGGCCGAAACCCUAGAGAGCCACUGCCAGUCAGUGCAGAUGGUACUGAGCUAGAUAGACCAGUGGUCUGAUUCCGUAUAAAGGAGUUUCCUAUGUUCUUAUGUAACAAAUAGGGACGCGGGUGGCGCUGUGGUCUAAAACACUGAGCCUCUUGGGCUUGCCGAUCAGAAGGGCAGCAGUUUGAAUCCCCAUGAUGGGGUCAGCUCCCAUUGCUCUGUCCCAGCUCCUGCCAACCUAGCAGUUUGAAAGCACACCAGUGCAAGCAGAUAAAUAGAUACUGCUGUGGUGGGAAGGUAAACGGUGUUUCCGUGCGCUCUGGUUUCCGUCAUGUUGUUCCGUUGCACCAGAAGUGGUUAAGUCAUGCUGGCCAUGACCCGGAAAGCUGUCGGCAGACAAACACCAGCUCCCUCGGCCUGAAAGUGAGAUGAACAUCACAACCACAUAGUCGUCUUUGGCUGGACUUAACGGUCCAGGGUCCAACAUGUAACAAAUGCCAAACGGUAAGAAAUGGUGAACUUAUUUGAGAUGCUGUUUAUAGUGAUUACAAGCCCUUUAACUUCUCAUAAUAUCUCAUUUUCUUUUUGCUUUUUUUUAAAAACAAAAAAGCUCCCAUUAUUUACUCCUCCCAAUUUUGUAAUACGUUUGCGACCUUUGUGUGGGCAGAAAGUGACUCUAAAAUUAUAGCGCUUUGUGGGUAAUUAAUACUUAACAGUCAGUAGCCAGUUUUAAAUAGCUCAUUACCUUCUCAUUGGAUAUUUAGAAAAUGGUAGAAAAUCGAAGGCAGCAUGAAAUAAUGGCUAAAAUUCAAGCAGCAAUUAUCCAGAUUCCCAAACCAGUACUGCAGCGCCCCGUCAAGGCAAUUGAAGACCAAAAGAUUAUGAGAAGGAGGAAGGAAGCAGAGGUAAGUUCUGAAAUUUUAGAACUGGAAAUUUAAAAAUCAUAGGCAAUGGAAUGCACUAAGUAUUCAUUGCUCUGGCACUACAUCCCAAAUGCCUCCACUUGGAAGCAAAGUCUCCUCAAUGUGUUUCAGGGGGGAAAAUGUGUUUGUAGAAUUAUCAGUUAUCUAUCUAUGGAAUUAAUCAUCCAUUGUGUAUCAUGAUGUUUGAAGAAUGUGUGCAUGUCUUUGUAAGUGGAAUUCUGGUAGAAUAGCUCUUGGGAAGGGGCUUGGGGACCCUGGCAGAUUAUCUGUGAGGGUGUGUGGCCUUUGAGCUGAAGAAGAUGCCUCCCCUGUGUUGCAGGGUAUUGAACAAAAGGAAGGAGAUUCAGAUGUGCCUGCUUGUUUUUCAGAUCACCUAUGCAGAAAUUAAGAAGUUUGAAAAGCAGAUGAAGAAAGAGAGUGGUAUGCCUACCAGGCUCACUGAGAGGUAAUGUUUGGAACAAGUGAUUUCUGGGUAGACUUGCUGUUCCACGUGGAAACUGAAGCAAGUGAGGGUCUCCCAGUCUUGAAGCUGCCAGUCACCUGGUUAAUAAGCAUUCUUUCUAGGCAAAUAGCUUGUCAUGCAGAUGGGCAGAUAAAAUGUGUUGGUGCACUGCACUGACAUUAAAUUCUGCUUGCUGGAAACAUUGCCUUCAUUUUAAUUUUUUGUUGGAAGUACUUUAUAUUGACUUGUGGUUUAUUAUACAAAUGCUUUUUCACAUGCUAUUGGAGUGAUAUAUACAGUUUAAGACUCUUGGUAUAUAUUUCCACUCCAGAGUAUCUUGGGGUUCCUAAAGCAAUUGUAGGACUUCAAAUGAAAACCUUUCUGUCUACUUUCUACACCCCAGAUAUCCUGCUAUACCCCUCUACCAUGUUCCCCCCUACUUGCCUUUUUUUGUAAACUAAAAUUCCCAGUUCCUUUCUUUCUCAUAGGGGAGUUGUUCUAGCUUCAUAAUAAUUUUGGUUGCCAUUUUCUGAACCUUUUCCAGCUCAACAAUAUUCUUUUUUGAGGUGUGUUGACCAGAACUGUAUUCCAAGUGCACUAACUAUAAUUGCCAAUUUAUUUAUUUUUUUAAAAUCAUCAUCAUCAACCUUUAUUACGGUCCAGAAUUGCCAAUAUUAUUUAAUUAUUAUUUUAUUUUAAUUGCCAAUAUUAUUAAUUGCCAAUAUUAUUUUCAGUUCCUUUCCUAAUGAUCACCGAUGUGGAAUUUGCAUCUUUCACAGCUGCCACACGCUGGUUUACCAUUUUCAAUUACCAUUUUCACCAUGAUCCCAAUAUUUCCUUCAUGGCCAGUCUCUCACCAGUUCAGACCCCAUUAGGAUAUAUGUGAAGUUAGGACCAUUUGUCCCAAUGUACAUCACUUGCCUACAGUGCCUACAUUACACUUGCCUACAGUGAAUUGCAUUUGGCAUUUUACUGACCAUUCACCCAGUUUGGAGAGAACCUUCUCGAGCUCUCUGCAAUCCUUUUCUGUUCUUGUCACCCUGAGCAAUUUAUUAUUAUGAACAAAGUUAGUUGCUUAAUUGCUCACCCCUUACUCUAGAGACCAAUACUGAACACUGAGAGACCUCAGGUGUUACAUCCUUCCACUGAGAGAACCUGCUCUCUAAUUCCUGUUAUUUAAGCAUUUACUGAUCCAUAAGAUGACCUGUUCUUUUAUCCCAUGACUAUUAAACUUACUCAGGAGUCUUCGGCCAGCAAUUUUAUCAAAAGCUCUCUGAAAGUCUUAUUAUACCAUGUGUACUCCGUUGGAUCACUCCAUCCACUUUCAUUGCCUAAUCCUAACCCUCUCUUCCAUUUGGAAGUCUGAACCAUUUUCAGUAUCAUCCCUUAGUGAUGAUUUAUCCUGAACUUCAACAGUAAAUGCCUUUCCCCCGAAGAUACAGUGGUGCCUCGCAAGACGAAAUUAAUCCGUUCCGCGAGUCUCUUCGUCUUGCGGUUUUUUCGUCUUGCAAAGCACGGCUAUUAGCGGCUUAGCGGCUAUUAGCGGCUUAGCGGCUAUUAACGGCUUAGUGGCUUAGCGGCUAUUAGCGGCUUAGCGGCUUUAAGAAAAAGGAAACAAACUCGCAAGAACUCGCAAGACGUUUCGUCUUGCGAAGCAAGCCCAUAGGGAAAUUCGUCUUGCGGAACGACUCAAAAAACGGAAAACUCUUUCAUCUAGCGAGUUUUUCGUCUUGCGAGGCAUUUGUCUUGCGGGGCACCACUGUACUUUUUUAAAAGCUGUUCUGCCAAUAGAUUUUAUGCACCAGCAGUUCAGGUUCUAUACAGGUUCAAGUGCAGCAAAUGGAUGAUAGGGAAGCUAUGCCGAUCUUCUUUUUUAUAUACUGUCCGGUCAUAUUCCCAAGAGAAUUUCCAAAAAGAAUUAAACAAUUGAAAUUUAAAUUAAAAAAAACCCUGAAUCAUCUAUAAGAGCCACAAACUGUAUGAAAUACCUUCUCUUCCCUCCAUCACCUACCCACCCACUUCAUGGUUGUUCCAAUCUGGAUUGUGUGCCCUCACCCCUAGCACCCAGCACAUCCCCUACAUAGUAAACAUAAAAACCAAGCAUGUAAAGGCCAGACACAUGAUUAGCAUCACAUCUAGUUUCACGCUUGAGCACCAUGGGACAGCAGCUGCCUCCUUUUUGUUGAAUGUUCUCCUUUUAGCACUUUUGAAAGGGUGAUAGAUAAGUAAAAUGGAGAGAGCCCAGGCUCCCAGUGUUGGGAUACUGCGGAGGAGACGGGGGCAUCAGGCAGGCCCCCAGCUGGCUCCAGCCCCCGGCCGGCAGCUGGGCGAUCACCGGUUCCCGGAACAGCAUCAAUCAAUCAGUGACUCGAGCCUCAGCAGCCUUCUGAAGCUACCAAGCACGCUAAUUAGCAAUACAAAAGCAAUAUACAAAAUGGAAGUUCCCAGCAGACUGUGCUGGAAGUAAACAGGCAUGUGACACACAACAGUCAUGCCUUUACCUUUUAAGGUGGAAUGGAACUAUGUCCUAACACCCAGAACUUUAAAGUCCUAAAGACUUUGGAGGAAGAUAGAAGCAUGUAAGUAAAAAGCAGAUGCUUCUCCUUUCUUUAAACAGUUUCUGCCACCAUCGCAAAGUGGUUGUGGCAUUCCUAUAGGUCUCCUGGGUCUUCUCACCUCAAAGUAUCUCCCCUCUGAAGAAGGGUGCCACAUCUGUGACAUAGAACCCUUCCUCAGAGCAAGGCAUCAUGGGGGCAAGAUGGCCCUGGAGAGCCAUAGGAGGCUGAAGCUGCAAAAGUGGAGAGGUGCUUCCUGAAAUGCUCUGAUUCCACACAAAAACACUAUGUAACUCUAUAAAGCGCUGUGCAAGGAUUGACAGCACUGUGAAAAUCAUUGACAAUAGUCACAACAUUUGAUGAGACAGAUUGGUGGCAGUUCCUUUGUGCCUUAUAUAGAUAUUUAUAUAACACUUGAUGCCCCCAAUUAUUAUUUUAGCAUGGUGCAUUCGGCAGUGCCUUCACAGGAACUGGAUACAACUCCAGCCAUCACUGACCUGUUGAACACCUACUCAGAUGAUGAAUAUAUCAGGAAAAUUCAGAAACGUCUUGAGGAGGAUACCUUUGCCCGCGAACAACGGGAGAAAAGACGACGGAAGAUGUUAAGGGAGCAACUGAUAGCCCAUGAAGCACAAGAAGUGAGUUAGAUGUACUGCUUUCUCAUAUUUUUGGGUUACACACUGACAAAGUGGCAGCGAGUUAUCAGUUUGUGCUAAGAUACACAACUAUCAUAGUGAGGCCCAUUAGUGGAGGAAAAUUUGUAGUUGGGCAUUUUCAGGGGCUGGCAGGACACUGACAAGUUUGCACCGGGAAAGGGGGCUGGAGUCUGACUUGGGAGUGGGGGUCAGUGAUUUGCGGGGAACUGUACCAGCCAAGAGGCAAGAGUUGGAAGGAGGGGAAGCCUCAGAGCUGCAGGAUGGAGCACAGGAUGCAUCAGAAGAGGAGGGAGAGGCAGGCCAGGCAAGUGAAGGGCCAGGUGCUUCCCCACCCUCUCCUGCUCCACUGUCUCCCAAAACCAGGAGGGGAUUGAAAAGGGAUGAACAGAGGAAGUUUGCAUGCAGGCAUAGUCUCUGGCUGCUUGUGCGCAGCCGGUCGGGGGAAGAUACGUAAGCUGGUGGAUGGGGACUAGCCCCCUGUUGCUGCAACUGCUCCAUAGAGCGCAAACCUGGGAACAGUGUGUGUAAGCAUCCAGAGCUGUAGAAGCAACGCUAUAUUUGACAAUAAAGAGUUAACUACCUGCUGUGUGUAUUCCUUUGGCUGGGAAGCACCCUUGACAGCCAUAGUUUUUAUGGAGUCCAACCAAAACUGCAAACAAGCCUUCUUGUUCUUCAGAGCUCCUCAUCAGGCUUGAUGUUAAGCAAAAUGGUAGCAAGAAAAAGCUGACAUGACGCUGAAACUUCAAAGGGCAGCAGUUGCAGCAGUUUUCAGACUACAUGCAGGGGCUCCUGCUUAGCACUUAGCAGGGGGUAAUCUAAUGUGCAAUGCAUGAUUACUUGGAAGCAGGUCCCACUCAGUUCAACUGAGUUUACUCGCAAGUAAGUGAAUUUAGGCCCUACCAUGGAUUUUCAGUUUGUUCUUUUGCUUUUUUCAUACAUAGCAAGGGGUGGAAGUAGUUAAGCAUACUAUCGCAGGUUGUCUUUUAAUUUUAUUUCAGGAGGCAUAUAGAGAAGAGCAGCUCAUCAACCGGCUAAUGAGACAAUCCCAGCAAGAGCGGAGGAUCGCUGUGCAACUGCUGCACGUGCGGCACGAGAAAGAAGUGAUGUGGCAGAACAGGAUUUACAGAGAAAAGCAGUUUGAAGAGAGACGGCUCAAAGAAUUCCAAGAAGCUCUUGACAGAGAGGAGGUAAACAUUCAUUAUUUUCUCCUCCAUCGUCGUCAUCUUUUUUUAAAAAAAGAAACCUCUUGGUCUGCCUUGUCUCUUACAUUCACAAUUGCAUUUAUUCUGACUUGAAUUUGCCUUCAAGAUGCUUUGGAGGUAUAUGGUUGAAGGGCUCCAACUUGUUGCCAAAGAAACCCACGUAAUCAGCAGAAUAGAAGGACACAGAAAAUGGUUGACACUUCGUGCUUGGUGGAAGCAGAAGGUUAUCAACUCCUCCAAUAUACCAGUUUCCCUUAGGCUGGGAAGCAACUUUGUAAGCCUGGCCAGAACAUUAUUUUCUUAGCCUACUGCCAGAAUUAGAGGAUGCAAGGCCAGAACAAAAUAAUAAUAAUAAUAAUAAUAAUAAUAAUACAGCAAAGCCUUUUAUUUAUCUUUUUGGUGAGCAUGAGCUGUUGUAGCAUAUAUGCAUACUAAGUGUUAGGUUUGGUUGCAUUCUAAUGCAGCUUGAAAGUGCUGAGAAUGGUGUGCACUGUGGAUGUGAAUGCAUUCAUCUUGUGCUGCCAGGUGGAGAUUUGUCCCAUGUAGGGGUUACGGCUAAUUUACAGAGUGCACAGAGCAGUGCCAGGUUUGUAUGUGUUGGCUUCUAAUCAUCACUGUGCAGGCAAACAAAUAGCCCAGGCUUCUCCCUGAGCUCCCUAUUGGCUUGCCCCUCCCCUUUCCCCUAACAGUAAUUAGCAGCAAUGUGCAGUGUUGGGAAAACUGGUCAGCAAUCCGGCCCCGCUGUGCUAGUCACCACACCACUCUUGGCCAUCUCACAGUGAUAAAGUAAGCUCAAACCCACAGCCACUGAAAUUCUGCAGCACUCCUCAAAUUAGGCAUUAAGAGAGAAACAUUUGCAGUGGAAGGAAGUCAUGUGAGAUCACAUGGAUUUUGGACUGUGGCCAGGGAUCAUGAAAUUUGGGUGACAUUCUGCUUACUUUUUUUGUCCAACUCCUUUUAGGCUCUUGCGAAGCAAGAGAAAAUUGAGCAGGAGGAACAGGCCCUGAAAGAAAAACAGCUGCAUGCAAUGCUUGCUGCCAAAAGAGCUGAAGAUCGCUAUAAGAAGCACUAUUCAAUUUGUUGGGAAGUGGUUGAGCAAAUCAUUGACUUAUCAACUAAAAUAGGAGAAUAUCGAACGUUGACAAACAAGUAAGUUGUUUUAUUCUGGUGGGACUUGGCUUGGUUUACCCCCACUGAACUGGGGAAAGUAAAUGUUUUACACUCAUUCCAAAGCUGCAGAAAUAGAUCGUUCUUCAUUAGGAGCCCCAAGAGUUUGGACAGUAAAGCAGCCAAGAAGCCACAGGCAGAACAAUCUGCAACCAAGUCAAAACAUUUACUAAUUCAGGCUGGGUAACCAGUGGCCCUCCAGAUCCUUUUGGACUUCAUCUCCCACCAUCCCUCACCAUUUGGCCAAGCUGACUGGGGCAGAUGGGAAUUGGAGUCCAGCAACAUCUGGAGGGCUACAGAUUCGCCAUCAUUGACCUAGGUGAUAUCAUUAGUUAUUUAAUUUUUUAAAAAGAAAAAAAUAUCCUGUACAUUUAAUUAUGUAAGAAAGCAGUAUAUUUGUAACUUUGUGAUUUGCUCUUUCUUUGUUAUGCAGUUCAUGUUUCUCAUAAUAGUUUGGAUGUAAAGACAAAGCCAUUUUCUCCUAUUAAUUUAUUUAUUUAAAAAAUGUACAUAUCACAGAGGUUUACCACAGACAUACAUUGAACCAUACAAUAAAAACCAUAUACACAUUUUAAAAUCUGCUCUUGCAGAAGGAUAGUAUGUUUACUGUCAGUGUAAAGGAAAGUUUUCAACAGGUGCUUUAAAGUUCAAACAGAAGGUUCCUGCUGAAACUUUAUUGGCAGAGUCUUCCAGAAGACUAGGCCAAUGAUACUAGAGGCUCAGUUUCUUGUUGCUGUCAAAUGAGUCUCGCCAAUUUGGGGGACAGUGAAUGACGCUCCUACAGAUGAUCUCAGUGAUCAGGGUGGGAUAUAAUGGUUCAUGCAGUCUGUAAGAGACCCUAAGUUGUUCAGGGCUUAAAUUAAUUAAAAGUCCUUAAGGCAAGUCGUUGAAUCUUGCUUGGCUGCAGUUGGGCCAGUGCAGAUGUUUUCUACAAUGGUGUCUCAUGUUCAGCCAUGUUCCCCCAUCAGCACUUUUGCUUCUGCAUUCUGCACCAACCAGAGCUUCCAAACCAGGACCAAGGGCAGCCCCACAUAGAGCCUUUUUGUAGUAAUCCAGCCUCUAGGUUAUCAACACAUGAGCUACUCCUUUCUAGGAACUGGCAAACCAGACAGAACUGGUAAGAAGCAUUCCUAGCCACAGAGAACACUUGGGUUUAGUUUAGCAUUACAUCUGAACCUGGGCUUGUGGUUUGUCUUGCUCCAGACAAACCAUGAGCUAUAGUCAAGGUUUGUUCUUGGCUUGCUGCCACUCAUCGUUUGUCUGUGAAAGGCAGACCAUGAGCCUAGAUUCACAUGUACUGCUAAGCCAAAGCAUGGCUCAGCUCCAGGAAGCAUUGGCAGCAGGAAAACUAAAGGAGGAGUGAAGUGUGUCAAUGCAUGCCUGUGCGUACUCACUUUGGCUUGGUAAUAAAUGGGAACCAUGUUGAAUUCUGUUCUCUUCAGAGUACAGUGGUAUCUCGGGUUACAUACACUUCAGGUUACAUACGCUUGAGGUUACAGACUCCGCUAACCCAGAAAUAGUACCUCGGGUUAAGAACUUUGCUUCAGGAUGAGAACAGAAAUUGCGCGGUGGCGGCAGCGGGAGGCCUUAUUAGCUAAAGUGGUGCUUCAGGUUAAGAACAGUUUCAGGUUAAGAACGGACCUCUGGAACGAAUUAAGUACUUAACCCGAGGUACCACUGUAGUUCAUGUUUUAAUUUAUUCUUUCUUUGUGUUGCCUAUUUGAUGUUGCUAUUGAUCCAUGUAAUUCUUAGAAAGCAUGCUUUAAUCGAUCUGACCUCAGAUUUAUUAAUAUAUAUAUGUUUGCUUGAUUUCCUCAGCUUAAUCCCAAUAAAGCUGAUGCGUGACUGGAAAGAGCUAUUCUUAAAAGGAAAACCGAUUUAUGAGCAAGCUGAGAUUGAAAUGCCUUUGCCAGAUGAACCAACUCCAGGACAAUUAGUAGAACUGGACAAAAUGAAUUUACUAGAUGAAAAAGAUUAUGAUGAAUAUAAGGUACUCCCAACUGACAUGGCCUAGUGGAAGAAAAUGCAGCUCGUUAAAAUCAUUGCUCAUGACUGCCACCUUUUGUCCAUGAUGCUGCAUAGAUUUCAUAUAAUAGUUUAUAUUAGUUUAGCCCACGUAGUGAAAUGUACUAAAUAAUCUGUCUUUCUGGGACUAGGCGAUACUUUGUUGCCAUUUUGGAAGGCUGUGCUGUCAUCAACUGUUUUGCUGUUUGACACACAAAUGCAGUAACCUCAAUAUGCAGGAUCACCACACAUUUGUGAGAAGUGAGUUACAUAGCUGUUAUUUCAGCAGAAGUUAAACUGUAGUACAUUCCACUGUGCUAGAAAAUGUAACAUAAAGGAGUCCACAAAAUCUAAUGUGAAAUAAACGCCACGUCUGUCACAGAAUGAGUAGUCUUAUUUCAUACAACAGAAUUGGUAUCUGAUAAGAAGGUGGAUUAGUUUUUUCUAGUCAGAUUCCUGGUAUUUUGAGAUCAGCUUAUUUCAAUAUCAUUACUUUUUAUAUAAGGCAAUUCUGAGAAAGAGCUUUUAUCAUUAUCAUCUCCAUGCAGGAAUCUUAAGAAGAGAAAUUAUAGCUAAGUACAUAAUGUUUCUUUCUCUCCUUAGUUUCAAAAACGGACUAUGAUUAUAUAAUUGAACUCUGAAUAUAUGUAUCUUAUGAUACAUUUUUUUCAAAAUGCAGUCACUCUCCAAAUGCCAUUGUUAUCAAUUUGGCUGCAUUGAGGGAGAAAAUAACCUUUUUUUCUGGGUUUGGCUCUACUAGCUUAUUUGAGUCUAUGCAGUACCAUCUUUGCAAAUAGUCUCUGUGUGUAAUAGAGGUUUUUUUUAAAUCUUGUUUGGGAAACUAAUACCACAUUUAUAUGUUCUCUUUGUGCCCACAUCCUGAACCAAUUUAUUUUGGUACAUUUUAUUUUCUACUAAGUAGUAAGUCUUCAUUAGGAGUUUGUGUGGUGGCUGCCUCAACAACACAAAGCAUGUUAGUUCUUUCUUUUAGGUUUUAACACCUGUAAGUGAAAGUUGUUGUUCAUAAUAGGUUGUAUAUUUGAACAGGGAUUUCCUUUGAAGAACAAAGACUGUUUUCGUCACUUAACAUCAACACCACAGUAGUGUUGGCUAUCAUUAAAUUGCCCCACAGAAAUCAAGUGGUACAUUCCCUUUAUUUUCAGUGUGUUUGGCUUGUAGAUUUAAGCUCAAUCCUUAUGAUACCAGUACACUAUGGUCAUAGAAUCAUAAGGUGGCAAUUGAGCUAAGUUUUACUCAUAGCAGACCCAUUGAAAUUACUGAACACAACUAAAUUCAGCCUAAUCAGUCUACUUUGAGUAAAACUUAGUUGAAUACUACCCAUAGAGUUGUGCUAGACCAAGCCCCUUAUUGGUGUAAGAAACCCCAGGGUUUGAACAUCCUCAACAAUCUCUGCUUAAAGAUCUCCAGUGGGGGAGAGCCAACCACCCCUCUAGAUAGCUGGCUCCACUGUGAAACCUCUCUUGUAGUCAAAGAUGUUUCUCCAAAUGCCUAUUGAGGGAGGGAUGGGGAACCUGUGGCCCUCUUGAUGUUGUUUGACUACAACUACCAUCAUCCCUGGGUGGCGCUGUGGGCUAAACCACAGAGCCUAGGACUUGCCGAUCAGAAGGUUGGUGGUUCAAAUCCCCGUGACGGGGUGAGCUCCCAUUGCUCGGUCCCUGCUCCUGCCAACCUAGCAGUUCGAAAGCACGUCAAAGUGCAAGUAGAUCAAUAGGUACCGCUCCGGUGGGAAGGGAAACGGCAUUUCCAUGUGCUGCUCUGGUUCGCCAGAAGUGGCCUGGUCAUGCUGGCCACAUGACCCGGAAGCUGUAUGCCGGCUCCCUUGGCCAAUAAAGCGAGAUGAGCGCCGCAACCCCAGAGUCGGUCACGACUGGACCUAAUGGUCAGGCGUCCCUUUACCUUUACCUUUACCAUCAUCCCUGGCUAUUGGCCAAACCGUCUGGGGCUGAUGGAAGUUGAAGUCCAACAACUCUUCCUAUAAGUGGAGAAGGACUGUAGCUCAUUGGAAGACCUCAGGCUUUGCAUGGCAAAGGUUCUAGAUUCCAUCUCUGGCAUCUCCGGGUGGGGAAGACUCCAGUCUGAAGUCACAGAGAGCUGCUGCUCCUUAGCACAGAAAAUUCUAAGUUACACUGGGUCAAUAACCUAACUCUAUGUUUUUGUCUUGUUGUACAGCUGUGCUGUACAUCACAGAAUGUGUUUAUAGCCCUUAUCAAAUAGAGUGUUCUGCUGAAAUAAAAGUGUGGUUUUGUGCCAUGUGUAAUCUUGAUACCACAGACUCUAUGCUUAAAAAUUGAGUUGUGGAGCCAAAUUUUAGUGACCAAAUCUGAAGAAGAAAGGCUGCAAGAGGCACUCAGACCUGGUGCCUAAUUAAUCUGCAGUUUUUAAAGAAAAAAAUUAUGGUCUUAAAUUGCUAUUUAAACUUGAUAUUUUUUUAGUGCUGCUAUUUUAGUUUUUGCUGUGCUUUAAAGUUUGUAUUCAGUUACAUCUUUAUAUCCAAAAGCAGUUUCAUAAUGUAACGUAAGAGGAGCCCUGCUGGAUGGAUCAAACCAAAGGCCCAUUUAGCAUUCCAUUUCCAUAGUGGACAACCAGAAUUUCUGCAGGAAGCACACACUGGAUAUGCCUGCAAGAGCAAUCUCCUAUUUAUGUUCCCCAGCAACUAAUUUAUACAAGCCUACUGCCCUGAUUCGUUAUUUUGCUUAAGCUCCUAAACUGCAGGAUGACCCUGAUGGCUGUGUUGUUUUCUGCUGUUUUAUGCAGAGUUAUUUCACUAAGAUGUAUAUAAAUCUCGUUUUACAUAGUCAGGCCAGUGGUCCAUUGAGUCUACAGUUAAGGGUAGCAUAUUGGACACAGUCCAGCUGUCACCUCAAACACAGCUCUUGACUUUUUCUCUCCACCUCAUCACCCUAGAACUUGGAAUGCUGUAAAUCAGGGAUGGGAAACCUUGGCCCUCCAAAUGUUGGUGGGUCUACAACUACUAUCUCUGUCCAUUGGCCAUGCUUUCUGGGACUGAUGAGAGAUGGAGUCCAACAACAUCUGGAAGCUCACACUUUUCCCCAUCCCUGAUGUAGUUCAGUCUUGGAGCUCUUAUGCACUUUAUGGCAGCUCUGCUAUCCUUUUUAUUGAUUCUUUGUUUCCAAGGUAGAUGUGCUUGUUCCAUUCUUUCAGCUUGGGCAGCUGCUCUGAAUGGAAAUGCCUCCUUUUUUUAGAAUUUUGGGGGAGUUCCAUUCAAUGCCCUUGAGACAUGCAAACUCCACAGUGACAGGGCACAGUCAACAAUGUCUCAUUGCUUCUUUGUAUGACAGAUGCAAGUAGGUAUGGAUUGCUCACCAGUUGCCAGUUGUAGAGUUUCAUGAAAGCGUGUGAUCUGGACAUGGGGAGAACCCAUUCCACAUUAUAGCAUAUUUCACCUCUGAAGUACUGGUUCCCAUGCUUCCAGUUGUGUACUUAGGCACAAACUGGGAGCAGAGGAGAUGUCCUAUGAAAACACACCCUUGUCUGCCUCCCCCAAAUGCUCCUUUCCAUCAUCCUCGGUCUCCAAUAGCUCUUCUUCCCCAGUCUGAGCGGUGAGUUCACUUAUCUAAAACCUUGCCUUGAAUUGCUUUGAGAAAGUAAGUGGCUUUCUCAGGUUAUGAUAAGGCAAGCUACAACUCUGAUGUGUGCAGAGGAAGAAACCACAGAGUUGUACAAUAUGGACAAGAUAAUGGCCCAGUGUGGAAGAUCUCCAUGUCAUCUCAACCAGGAAACAGUGACUCAGUGCUGGUUGAUAUGCUUCUCCACACACUCUUCCUCCUUUUCCAGCUGUUGUACACCAGCUUUGCCGCAAAGAUCCUGGCUUGUAUUCAGCCAAAGUUCCAGUUUCACCCAAACCUGGGAUUAUGGCAUAACGUAGGCUAACAGCCAAGAAAAUAGGGUGUUACUUUGAUUUGUUAACUGACAUCAAGGUAUAGUUUCCUAGUUGAGAUGCAUUCUGGCUUAAUACAAGUCAGGUUUUUAGACCAACGUCAGCACACAGUGAGGGGAAGCAGGCUAUGAAGAGGACUCCCUUUCAUCAUACUCCCCCCUCUUCUUUCCAUAUACUCAAAGUCAAAUAGUUACUCCUGUUUUGGGUAAAAUACAGUUUGCCUUUUUUUUAGAACCAGCAAACUAUGGUUUUAAAUUUGCCUAUCAAAUCACUAUUAGAAACUACAGUUUGAAGCUGGUUUCCAAUCCUGGCUUGAAGGGAAAGCACAACAUUAUAGUUUGUUGUUUUAGGCAAACAAUGGUUUGGAGAAUCAGAAAUGUUAUGGGUGAACUGGUCGGGCAUGGAAACUGAAAGUGGGGCCUUUUAACCUGUGUAUACAGUUUAGUAAAAUAACCCUUCUAAGGGAAUUGAAAAGCAAGAUACUGUCAACAUGUGUCUUGAAGUUAUGGUAGAGAGCUCACCCUCCGUGUCUCCCUCCCAUUUCCAGAGGGGUGGCCAUGUUAGUCUGUUCGGGGGGGGGGGGGAGUAACAAUUAUUAUAGCAUAAGCUAUCAUGGUUGAGAUGGCCAACAUGGUGCUCUCCAGAUAUUAUUAAAGCCAACUUUAAUGUGCUUAGCUAUUGUGGCCAAUGGUCAGGGAUGAUGGGAUAUGUACUCCAAAAACAUCAGUAGAGCACCACAUUGACUACCCUUGGAUUAGAGUCUGCUUCAAUAAAUGCAUGAACUAGUAUCUUAAGUUGUUAGCUAUGUAGAUGUGUGUAUGGAUGCAGAAAGAAAAAAAAAGUAAAUUCAGAGGGGAAAGGAAAAUUAUUAAUAUUUUUAGUUCAUUUCUACUGACUUCACUGCUUGCAUUUCCCUCUACCACACGCAUGUGAAUAUAUGCCUGCCAGCUUAGGACAACACUUUAUACAUUUGAUGAAGUAGGCUUUUUACUUUAUUUCAUGUUCACCCCCUGAAAUGUGGCCUUGGAUUGUAAAGUCAUUUGCUUUCCAAUGUUUGUUGAAAUCAAAAAUUGUAUUCGUAUUUACACAAGUUGAAUCUUCAUCAGUUUAGAUGUAGGAAACAGUAACUUCAUAUUCACUAUCUAGUAUGUCUGAGUACAUGUAGUUCAUCCUUCAAAAGGAAGUUACAAUUAAAAUAGAUUGUUAGACAAUCAUAUGUCAGAGGCAUCACUUGGGUUUUAGAGACCAAAGCAUAGAACUAUUUAGCUGUUGCCUGUAUUGUGUGUGUGUGUGUGUGCUGGUGACUCUAACAGGAAGAGAAUCAGGCACAUGAUUUCAAUAUAUAGUUGCAGGACCACAUUUUUAAUAGCCUGAGGGUCAAGAACACAUGAGGCAGGCAGAAAUUCUGUGACUGUAUCUCCAAAUUUUUCUUUGCAGGCUUAUUCAAAGAACCAUGUUUCUGUCGAGGUUUGUGCUAAUAUGAUUAAGGAGGGAACAAUGGGGAGUGAAGGGUUAAAUCCUCCAUUCCCAAUUUUUCUAUAAUCUGUGUUACCUACCUGCACACCACAAAGUUGCUAUCAGUCCCACUGGAGGAGGCUACAAGUUAGCCAUGCAUUCCUGUAAACCAUCAUCAUGAUUUGCAUAUAGAGAGACCUCUAAAACUUUAUCAGCCCCAGCUUGUAUAUAUUUACUCAGAUGGAAGUUAUCUCUGGUUCAGUGGGUCUCAUUUCCACAUAGGUGUGUCUAGAAUUGCAAUCUUAAUUGGUACCCCACUUUUUUCUUUUACUGCAGCACUGGAUGGAAAAUGUGCAGAGUUUUAUUUUGUAAUUUGUCUUGUUACAGAAAAUGAUUGAGGAGUGGUACCCACCUGAAGAUAUCAGAGCAAAUAAACCUCCACCGGGUAACCCAAUACUGGGCUAUAUCAUUCAUAGACUGUUGGGACUCUUCUAUCCUCCGGAGCCGGAACCACCUCCACCUGUAUUGUCCCCAUUUCCUAUCAAGGGGUGCAUUUUGGGAAAACACUUCAGUGGGAAAAGCACCUGCUUAAAGUUCUUGGAAGAAGGUAGGGCUGUUGCUUCCUCCACAUCCUUCUUCCUACUUACUGGCUUGAUUCAUUUUUGUGUUCAUGCUUUCUUUGUGGCCAACUGAACUCCCAGCAAAAAUUAAUGAGAUACAGUAAAGCAUAAUUUGACUUGGUAAGCACAGUCCAAUGAAAGUUAACUGCACUUAAAGGUAAAGGGACCCCUGAUCAUUAGGUCCAGUCAUGGCCGACUCUGGGGUUGCGGCGCUCAUCUCGCUUUAUUGGCUGAGGGAGCCGGCGUACAGCUUCCGGGUCAUGUGGCCAGCAUGACUAAGCUGCUUCUGGCGAACCAGAGCAGCGCACGGAAACGCCGUUUACCUUCCCGCUGGAGUGGUACCUAUUUAUCUACUUGCACUUUGACAUGCUUUCGAACUGCUAGGUUGGCAGGAGCAGGGACCAAGCAACGGGAGCUCACCCCAUUGCGGGGAUUCGAACCGCUGACCUUCUGAUCGGCAAGUCCUAGGCUCUGUGGUUUAACCCACAGCGCCACCUGCGUCCCUUUAGGAGCCACUAAAAAGAGCAGAAUUAAGUCAUUGAUGAGACAAAUGAAACUACUAUUACUCCCAAAUCCAGUUUGCAUAUGAAAGGGCUGGGCUGUUUUGCUCCUCCCUGCUCACUUUGGGGAGAAGCAAACCAUAAUCUGUGGCUUAGCAUGAUGUCCAAACCAGGGCUCAUGGUUGGUUUUGUUCUAAUGAAGCAUAAUCAGUAAGUCAAAAACAAAUCUUGACUGUAUACCACAGUUCCUUAGGAGGAAAGCAAACAAUUAUUCCUAGUUUGUGGUUUGUUUUCACUAGGGAUAUGGGAGAAAUGGUAUCCAGUUUGCAUUUAGAGGCAAACCUACGCAAUUUGUACUUUCUGAAACAAUGUGCAUAUUGAAACACAGCCAUCCUUUGAAAUUUGCACUUCUCCAGAUUUUGCUUGGCUUCGCCAGCCAAGAAAUGAAUAUAUACGUACAAGAUUUAGUGAAAUUAACAUACAAAAAUGCAUUUGAUUAGGAGGCACUGCUUCGCAAAAAUGUGUAUAGUAGGCAAAAGCUCAUACAAAAAAUGGGUGUAUUAAGAGAAAUUCACAGUAAAAUAGUGGUGAAUUUUCAUGAGGACUUCAGCAAAAAAGAAAAUCACACACUAAUGUUGAGAACUGAAUUUAAGAUGGGGGAAAUAGGAAAUGGGAAGAAACCAAAGCUGCCAGAUUUGUCUCUCCCUAGUUUCCACCCAGCAUGAGCCAGGAGGAGCAGGGCAGCUCAGAGUGGAAGUAAUUUGUUCAUGCAUGGUAAGCCACGAUUUGUGACUUAUUAUCAUGACAUGCAGAUGUGCUUCGAAUUUCCUAAUAGUGCAUUAUCCCAACAGUCGCUUAUGAACUGAAGAUCUAUGUUCUGGGUCUCCACAGCUGCCUUAUACUGAACCAGACCUCUGGUUUAUCUUUUUCUUGUUUCAUCUGUACUGGCAGUAGCUCUCUAAGGAAGGGGUUUUGUAUUUCCCCAGCACCCUGACAUUAAAAUGGCAAGAGAGGCCAAGGUUUAUAUCUGAGACCUUGGUCAUUCAAAGCAUGUGCUCUACAACUCCCCAUGGUAUGUUUAUAGGUUCAGGUCCAUCAAUGGAGAAUAACUUAGAACACAGUGGUCAAGAAUGUCUUCAUCAGGAUCAAGUGAGGAUUCCUUAAGAGAAUCUCUGUGCUGCUUUUGAUAAAACCACACAGAAUUCAUGUGAUACUGUUGAAUAGUAUGGAUGUAAGAAAGCAGCAGUUUCUAUUCUGGCCUGUAUUCAUCACAACCUGCACUGUUUCCAUUCUUUCCACCAAAUGCUAUGUUAUCUGUCUUGUUGUCCGCUAUCUAAAAUGAGUCACCUAACUUAUGUAACUAUUUAUGUAGCUUACAUUCAUUUCAGUGUAAAGGAAAUGUCAAAACUGUGUUUAAAAGGGUUCAUUGAUUGCAUAUCCUUCGAUGAAAAAUCCUGAUUGUAUUUGCUUGACUGAUUUCCAUACCUGACCACAGACUGCUUCCAUCUCUGUCUGCAUCAGAAUUCUCUGGUGUCCUUAUUCACUAGUAUUCUCUUCUGGUGUUCUAAAAUCUAAGCCUAUAUCAGCUGGGUUCUCUCUGUGUCAGUUUGCAAUAUCCAGGUGAUGUCAAUUGAUAAAUUGAUCACAGAGGCAAUCCGGGCCUCCAAUGAGAAUGAGCCAGGAAAUGAUUUUAGUCCUCUUCAAGCCGAAUUGGAAGUGCCUACUAGGAAUCAGAUUGAAGUAAGUCUUUAUUUGUUGUGGAGCAAUAAACUGCUGUCUAAUUGAAUCUGCUUCUUCCAAAAGGGUGUUUGCUAUAUCAGUCUGUAGUGGCACCAUUCAAUUCUCAGGAGGAGGUGGGAAGUUAGCAUAUGGCUCUCUAAGGCAGGGAUAAGGAAUUUCUGACCCUUCAGAUGUUUUUGCACUCCUACUCCUAUCAGCCUUAGCCAGUAUCACCAAUGGUCAGGGAUGAUAGCAGGGCACAUGGGUUCAGGUGACUUUAAUGCAUGGUGGCAGUAUUUAUUAUUUAUUUGCUUCUUAAAUUUAUUACUCCCCCUCAUAAACUAAUUUUUCUGGGUGAUUCACUGAGCAAUAAAAAUAUAAAAACCCACCCACCCAUGUGUGCUCACACACCAAUACUUUACAAUCAAAUACAACACCAGAAUUCAGUAAAACAAAAUAGCUAUAAUCAGACACAGAAUAAAUUUAAUGGCAACCGCUAUUAAGUAACUUAAUCAUGCAGAGAAGCAAACAACUUCCUGGAAUUAAAGCACAUUUCUAACAACCAUACAGAUCUUUGGUCCCUUCUUGUUCACAUAUGUCACUAAACCAAGGGAUGUUGUAGAAAAGGAUCCAGUAGUUCUGUCUGACCAGCAACCUCUGCAAUAUGACUAAUGGUCAGCUUCCAUCUAUAUAAUGGGAGCAUGAUAGGCGGGAACUGCCUGGUUUCUCUGGGGAUAUAGAGAGGGAUUCUCAUUCACUUGCUUCUGCAAAAUUAUUUGUAAUUCCUUUCCUUCCGAGGCUAAAUGGCCUUUUGCAAUAGAAAUGUAUCAUGUGGUCCUGUUUUGAAUCCUCUGUACAAUAAUUCUGUAUGUAGUUCUCAACGCAAGAAAGUUAUUCAUAGAAUCAUAUGAUUGUAGAACUGGAAGAGACCCCAAGGGUCAUCCAGUCCAACCCUCUGCAAUGCAGGAAUUGCUGCUUAAGAAUCUCUGACGGAUGAGCAUCUAAAUGGCCAAGUCCACCACCUUCUGAAGUAUUCCGUUCCACCGUUGAACAGCUCUUACCACCCGAGAGCUUGAAAUGUAGAAAUAAAGGGCAGAAACUCCAACAGAAAAGGACAACCAAAACUAAGAUGGAGUUUGCAGUACCUUCAAUAUGCAGCAAAGCUGAAGAUUAUCAGACAAGCAAAGCAGGACACGGUGGAGAUUUAUAGAAUUAAAAACAGCACCUAGAAACAUUUGUCUCCUUAUCCCGGGACUGAUGGUCACCCUGUGAUACUGAUAAAUAGAAGCUUCAGGAUAUCCAAAACGAAGUGGUUUUUCACACAACACAUAAUGUAUGGAAUGGAACAGAACAGUGCUUGUUGCUGGUCACCAAUUUAGGAUUGAAGCCUAACUCCACUUAGGUGGGAGUGAGCCCCGUUUGGUUUCAACAGGACUGAUACUUCUGAGCACAUAUAGUUAGGAUUGUGCUGCUUUGUAACGGAAUGAGGCAAAUUCUUGGAAGUCAGUUCUAUAGGCAGCUCUUAGUCAUGGCAAUUAUGCCCAGAGACAACAUGUUUGAUGCUCAGGACAAAUAACAGGGGAGGUCUGCUUCCUUUGUGCCCUGCUUGUGAGCUUCGUCUCUCUGGCCUGUGUGAAGCCAAUUGCUGCACAAGAUGGAAUUUUGAUCUGAUCUGGCAGGUCUCUUGUUGUGUUUGUGGAAUCAGUGGUGUUGUCGGGGCAGGGCUUUGGGACAGAGGCCACAUUUUGAAGUAAGUGAAAUAAUGUAUGCGGUAAUCUAAAGAGGGGCUCCCCGUAAGUUUUUGAAGUGUGGUGCUUUCAGUUAUCUGUUUGUGCCUCCUGUUUAGAGCAGCCUUUCUCAACAUUGGGUCCCCAGAUGUUGUUGGACUACAACUCCCAUCAUCCCUGACUGCUGGCCCUUCUCACUAGGGAUGAUGGGAGUUCUAGUUCAACAACAUCUGGGGACCCAUGGUUGAGAAAGUCUGGUUUAGAGUAUUAUAUUAAAUUUAUUUAUUUAUUCCUUUUAAUCACCCCCCCAAAAAAUACCUACUCCUGUGUCACAAUAAGAAAAUAAAAAGCUAAUGGAGAGUUUGCUUGUUUUAUCAAAAAGGUCCUGAAGGCAGCUUCCAGGGCUUCAAUAACAUUAGCGUAUGACUUACUACAGGAUGUGAAAGUCGAUGAGACACCUGAGGUCGAUGAAGGUAAAGGUAAAAAUAAAAAUCUCCAUUAAGAUUUAAAUCAUUGUUAAAUCUCACUGAAAGUCAGAUGGCAAAAAAACACACAAGCUUGCCUUAUACUUUGCUCUGUACUUAACAUUACAGUGCUUUGCAAGGUUUCAUAUUUUUGUCUUAUUUCUGGUUUGUUGAUCACAAAAAAAUAAUGUCCUUGCCUUUCGAACUGUUUCCUUGCCUCUAGCAGUUGCUGCAACUCCUGACAAGAGAUUUUGGAACAAUUCCUGUUCCUUUCUCCUUAGAGUUCUGCCUUUGCAACAGCCCUUUUGGUCAGAGCUGUUGCAUGUAUUAUUAUUAUUAUUAUUAUUAGCAUGCAUUUUUACAACUUAUAUAUGCAUCAUACAGUAUUAUUAUCCUGCAUCCCCGGACUUCCCAAUCCAUUUCUCCAUGACAUUCUAGGUAGUCUUUUUAUUAAAUUUAUUUACAACAUAAACACAUAACAAAGAACAGUUAACUGUAGUAAAUAAUCAAUGCCAGUUUACAGUGGAAAUAACAUGCAACAUGGGUGGGGAAAAAACUACCUAGAAUGCCACCAUUCUGAGUGGACAAAAGACUACCUAGAAUGGUAGCGAGAUGACUCCGUUUAGGUCUCCCAUUAUUAUAACUUUUUCAUUACGAUAAUUUAAUAAUUUAUCUUCCAAUUUUUGAUAGAAGUCUGCCUUUUUAUCAUUUGGUGCGUAUAUUCCCACCAUCAAUAUCUUUUCUUGUUGAUUAUAUACCACUGUUAAUUAUUUCUGACGGCUUCCCAGUAAGAAUUCUAGUAAUGUGGUUUGAAAGGUGCUGAGAAAUGCUCUCAGUUUGAGAGUUAUAGCAUCAGCUCUUCAAGGAACUGCAAAUCCCAGGCUCCCUGGGAAGAGACAAUAACUGUCAACUGACUGAGCCUGCAGGGUGGCAGGCAGGCACCCCCAGGACCCACUACCCUUUCUCUAGCAUCUGGGGCACAGGGCAGAACGAAGAAAAAGAGUAGAACUGGGAACUCCCUAGAGUACAUCUGAGUGGGCAUAGUUUAUGAUGAAUUACAGGUGCCAGACCCAUUGCAAUGGGCAUGCUGACAGGGGUUGUUUGUCAGUACCUGGCAAAAAGGGAACAGCAAAACGUACAAGCAGGGGCAAAAAUAGCAGCUAUGUGGCUUAGAUUCCCUGCUUUUCUUCUGAGUUUGUGGAGCUGUCCAGCAGCAUGGCAAAACAGCAGGGAGCUGUCCAGCCAUUAACUGGAACUGCUAGGCAGCAAGUCGCCGUUUUUGUAGCUUACUUGGCUAUGUUUGUGGAUCUUCCUUCUGCGACCCAUAGAUGCAAUGUCCCAUGCUGCCAGACUUACAUUGUACCUUCGGGUUUGGGCUUCAACUGGCAGUGAUUGUGGAGGGUCUUGAGCAGGAAUGUGUGAGCUUUCCUGAUGCAACUGGGCACCCAGUUCUUCAGGCUUCCAAAGUGGGUUAUCUUCCAGUGUGGUUGUCGCAGGACCAACCAAAACAUUCUGCUGCCCGAGGGAAGGAAAGAGGCUGUACCAAUGAUGCAGUAACUCAGUAAUGCAGUACCCCAGGCGUAAAAGUAAAAUGAAAGAAAGAUUGUAAAAUAGUUAGGGUAGCUUAUAAUGAGUCAUCACAUAAGGACAGACUUGUGAGGUGAAGAGGAAAAGUGUACCAUUUACACCAGCAGCCAUAUUACAAAACACCUCACUCAGGACAAUGGAGUAGGUUGGAGAGGAUUCUCACUCCAGAACAUCACACUUCCACAAAAAGCAAAAUAUUUGUGGGGCUCGGAAUUUUAGCUGCUUUAUUCAAAUGAUUUAUUAAUUUCCUUUUUACCAAAGUAUCAAAGAUGAUUAUGAGGGACUCCCCCAAACUGCAAAUAGGCGUCAAUUCCACAUUAAUUGCUGGAAGAUAAGGUCAUGCAGAAGAAGGCUUUGGUUUUAUAGCAUACUUUGGAGAAAUGGAUUGAUUUUGUUGGCAAAAUUAUUGAAAGGACCUUUUCCCAUGGCUAUUGUAAGGUUCUAGCGCAGUGAAUGCUUGUUUGAUCGACUAUUGCUAAUACUAUAAAUGUCAUCUAAAAAUUGUACUCAUUUUGCUGUUCCUAGAACCUGUGGAACAAUCACCUUCCGUUCAAAUGAUUGAACAAGAGAAGAUGAGUGAUGUUGAGGAUGACCUAUCCAAAGUAUGCACUUGAUUUUUUUUAAUUAAAAAAUUCCUUUCUAUAUAGAUAACAAGGUUGAGCCUGACAAAUCCAUGACUUUAUAUUUUUGCUGGCUGACUUCUGUGUUACAUUUGUGCUGCUGGAAUUUGUUGAAUGAUCGGGUGUUGUUUAUUUACAGUAUUCAUUUGAAUCUGGAGUGGGGCUUUUUUGGAGUAGUAUGUUUGUUUUAUGCUGUGUUUUAUUACAGCAUUAACUACUUCAAUCUUGUUGGAGAAAUGGGGAGCAAAGAAAUUGCCUGUGGUGUACACACAAUUUGUUUUGGCUCAUUCAUUUGUCCCCUUGCAGGUUUUUGAGGUACUACAAAUCCCUGCAAAUUCUGUUUACUCAGUUGUGGGAUUGAGUGUGAACACCUCAGGAGGCAAUACCUCUGGAAAAAGCACUCUCUAAUAAAACUACUGUAUUUUUUGCUCUAUAAGACUCACUUUUUCUCUCCUAAAAAGUAAGGGGAAAUGUGUGUGCGUCUUAUGGAGCGAAUGCAGGCUGCACAGCUAUCCCAGAAGCCAAACAGGCAGAGGGAUUGCUGCUUUCACUGCGCAGCGAUCCCUCUUGCUGUUCUGGCUUCUGAGAUUCAGAAUAUUUUUUUCUUGUUUUCCUCCUCCAAAAACUAGGUGCGUCUUGUGGUGUGGUGUGUCUUAUAGAGCGUAUAAUACGGUAGUUUUUUUAGUCUUGACAAGUGUUUCAUUUACAAAACAAAAACCACCCAACAAUUUACUACUACCCUUCUUGGUUUUGCUGACUAUGCUGGGGACUGUAGCUCAGCAAUAGGUAAAGGUAAAGGUAAAGGUACCCCUGCCCGUACGGGCCAGUCUUGACAGACUCUAGGGUUGUGCGCUCAUCUCAGUCUAUAGGCCGGGAGCCAGCGCUGUCCGCAGACACUUCUGGGUCACAUAGCCAGCGUGACAAGCUGCAUCUGGCGAGCCAGCGCAGCACACGGAACACCGUUUACCUUCCCGCUGGUAAGCGGUCCCUAUUUAUCUACUUGCACCCGGGGGUGCUUUCGAACUGCUAGGUUGGCAGGCGCUGGGACCGAACGACGGGAGCGCACCCCACCACGGGGAUUCAAACCGCCGACCAUGCGAUCGGCAAGUCCUAGGCGCUGAGGUUUUACCCACAGCGCCACCCGCGUCCCCCUAGCUCAGCAAUAGUGCACAUAAAUUUGUUUUCAAAAGCCUUUUCUAAAGUGCCCUGCAUUUUGAAAGGGGCUUUACCUGUCCCACACAUAUAUGACAUCAGGUGCAGGAUAGGAGGGUGUGGCCUGGAAGAAAUGGCCUCAUAGGCCAAAUGGGGAUGCCCACAGGUUCGCUACCUCUGUGCCAAGUUCUCACGUUGCAUCCCUGGUAGAGCAAAUUAACCCAGAAUCUUUCCCAGAGUUUUCUGAAUAUCUGAACUCACCCGUAUCUCAUCCUUUAAUUGUCCAUUUCUCCAGGUCAGGGCUGGGCAACUUUUCUGGCUCAUGGGCAAGAUCUUUAUCUGGUCCUACCCCCUUGGGCUAACAUGACUACCCACCUGUCAAUCACAUGGUGUCAUUCUGUGACAUGUGCUUGGCAGAUGGGUUGUCCCACCCACUUACAUUUCAAAAUCCCUCAUGCACUGUUUUCCUGCUCAAAUAUGAAAAACAAAUAUAUUUUGCUAUUGCAAGCCAUUUCAGCCUAAGUAGCACUUUUGAUCCCAGCCUUAAUCAUAUGUUUCCAUUGACAGUUUCAUUGAUGCUAAUGGGAGCUUCUCCCCAGGUAAAUAGUGGGCAUGGGGAGAUUUGGAUUUGAACUGCAGUGAGGGGCAAAAGGUAGAAGCCUGUCUACCCUCCUCCUCAGCCAGGGUUCCAGUGCAGGCCAUUAGUAAAAGAAAAGUCCUGCACUCAGGGGCAAAGCAUGUGAUUGACCUCACAUGUAGCUUGGCCCUUGGUUUUCAUAUAAUUUUUGUUUUCAGGUGAGCUGGAGAUGGUCAUUGAAUGGGUGCCAGAAGUUGAGCUAAGGGUAGGAACCAAACCAGGGGUGCUGAGCUAAUGGUUUGGGACCAGGAAACAAGCAGAGAGCAAUGAAAGACCUAUCAUUUCCUAGGCAAAGUUCCAGCCUUAACAUGAAGUCUUUAUAGCCUUUCUUGUAGAGGAUAGUCAGUGGCUGGCCUGGGAGAACAUGGAGUUAUACCAGGGGUAGGCAACCUAAGGCCUGGGGGCCAGAUGCAGCCCAAUCGCUUUCUCAAUCUGGCCCACGGUCAGUCCAGGAAUCAGCGUGUUUUUACAUGAGUAGAAUGCGUCCUUUUAUUUAAAAUGCAUCUCUGGGUUAUUUGUGGGCCAUAGGAAUUCGUUCAUUCCCCCCCCCCCAAAUAUAGUCCGGCCCCCCACAAGGUCUGAGGGACAGUGGACCGGCCCACGGCUGAAAAAGAUUGCUGACCCAUGAUUUAUACAGUCAGUGGGGACAUUUUUUUCCGACUGGGAAUAGAAAGAGCAGGGCAGAAACAAUUCUGACUAGGAAUCAAAACCGAGUCAAAGGGUCUAAGCUCUUCCCCAUGCCAUUUUCCUGCUUUGGCUCCCCCACCCCACCUCACAAGCUAUUUUCAAAAGGAAAACCAGUCAUGCAAGUGCAAACCAUAGGAAUAGAUAUAAUUUGGCCUUAAGUUGUUUAGAAAUAACCUCAGUGACAUCAGGCUGGUCGGUCUUGGCCAAAUGUCUUGCUCUCUAUUGAAGUUAGAGAACUUCAGUUACAAAUAGGUGUGUUUCUAUUCCUCUAACCAAAUUAAUGUACAAUUGCCAAGGUUUCCUCUCCUUGUUUAAAUUUCUCCCAUAAAAUUCCACAGCUUUCGAUUCGCGCUCAGCUUGGUGCAGCAGCAGAGAGCUUAUUAAAGAAAGGAAAAAGCAUUCCAGAUGAAUUGCUAGUUGGCAUCAUGGUGGAGGCUAUUAGGUAUGGAAUAGAUGACUCUGCAUGACUCUAUUUGAAUGUGGUUAAAUGUGUCUGUUGUUAGGGUCAGGCUUUGCCAUCAUUACGAUAAAGAGUAAAUUGCUCUGGUAAUAACCACUCAUUAAAAUAAUUUGAGCCUAUUUCUAGAGGGAGAUGCUAUUCAUCGCCCCAGGAAGAGCAACCUUAUUUGCCAUGCACAUAUAGAUCAGAAAGCAUUACAGUUAAUGCUCACUGAAUAGCUUUCAUCUUUCCCCAUUCCCCUUAAAAGAAAAGGUAGGAGCAUGUAUCCAUGAAAAAUUCUACAUGAUUUUAAGCAGACCUGAAAUACUUGGUGUAAAUACCAGGGAAGGGUCCAUUGUAUUAUAAUCCAUGCAGUUUAUAAUUUUUUCUUGAUUUUCUCUGGGGGUUUCUCUUGUCUAUUUAGACGGGGGGGUGGGUUCUGUGAAGAGGCGUCAGGGCAUUGCAGACACCACAGCCAGUGAUUUUGGGAGAAGCUAGAUUUAUUAGACUUUUAUUCCUAUGUUAUUUUUAUUUUCUGAUAGGCAAAAGCUGUAGUCGAGCCUAUCUUGUGGAGUCUUUUUAGCACAGAGAUGCACAAUUUGUCACCCACAAAGACAAAUGCAAUCCUUCAGCCCAAUAUUGCAGCCUUCUAGGUGCCUGACAACACCCCUAGGUGCUUGCCAUCCCUGGUAAGCAACCAGAGCAGAAGGUUUACUGAGUACCUAGAGGGAUCCGUUCACCUUUGCAGAUCACAAGUUGUACAGGUACAAGACCUUUAAAUACCCCCUUUCAGUUUCUUGUACCUGUACAAUGAAGCCAAUGUGCUUUAUAUACGUUCAGUGGUUAAUUAUUAGUGCUCUUGGAGAAGCUAUGUCAUGGAAUCAUAGAGCUUGAAAGAACCAUGCUAGCCGGAGUAUGUAAUGGGUUAAAAAGGCAUUCUGAAAAGCAGUCAUGAGAGGUUGCUAGUGGGUGUUGGUGGUAAGAGGCUGCUUAACCACCACCCCUGCCUCCAGCUUCUAGUCUACCUGCAAGGUGUGCAAUGUCCAUAUGGGGAUGGUCUAUUUGUAACCCUAGUAACACCCCUUUUCAGGGAACAGGCUAUAGCGUAGCCUUACUUCAUUUGGGUUUAAUGGUCAUGUUUCUAAGGAAUACGAAGUAUAAAAUGUUAUAGCCAAUGGACUACAGUAAAAAUAGCCUUUGCCACCUUCUCAUGUUCAAUUCCCUCACUUGGUGUGAGACACAAGAAUAUGUUUUCAUCAUCUUGUGAAUGUAACUGAAGUGUAUAGUUGAUUGUACUCUUCAGUUAUCUUGGCCUGGUGAAGAAACACCUGCUGACCAUGCUGUGCAUGGGGAGCACAAGCCAUGGGCAGGCACCCUCGUUUGGGCUAGUUGGGCCAAGAAUCGGACCUGAAAGAAGGCAGUUUUCUAUGCACGAGAUUGCGGAAUCAGUUUAAUCUCCUCUGCCUUUGUAUGUAUACCAGCCAUUCAAAAGACUUUGCUAGAUUAGAUUUCUUCUAAUCUAUUAGACUCCCAGAAAGAGAAAUUUGGACUAGCACUACAAAUGUGGCAAUGCUGAGUCGACAAAGAAGUUGAUUUGGGUGUGUGGCAUCUGUGUUCAUGGAAUGAAAUUCAGUUCAGGAGACCACCCAGCAGAAAACAGUAGUCUUUCCAUGUGGUUUGUUUUUAGCCUUGGCUCAGCUGAAAUGUUCUUUCUCCUCCCCCCACUUUUUCUUUUCAGACAUCUUUAUUUCAGUCUAUAUUCUUCUAGAACUCUUUUGAAAUAUUUAAAUCUGCCUCUUUUAGGAUCUAAUAGAGUUUGAAAGAACCAUGCUAGCCGGAGUAUGUAAUGGCAGAGGAAAAUUAUUUGAGUGCUGGAACAAUGGUUAAAAUCUUCCGAAUGUGCUUAAGGUUGGUUCUGCUUUUCCUUUAGCCGACUGCCACCAGAAAGCGGCUGGAUCUUGGAUGGAUUUCCGAUGACACUGAACCAGGCCAAACUGCUUGAAAAGGCACUGACAAGGCGAGAUCCUGACCAGACAGAAGCAAUGGCUAAAAACUUUAAACCUGUGUUGGUUCCAGAUCCAUCAGCUCUAAAAGAGCCACCUGUGCACCCACCUGCUCUUGACUUUGCUAUGUUGCUUGAAGUUUCAGACGACACUGUGCUGAACCGGGUGGCAUUUGUCAAGCGUAAGUUUAAAGUUCAAUGCAUGCGAUUAAGGCACAAACCCGUACUGACAGAUUCACAUAACUGUGUUAAUUGCUACUAUUGCACAAUGGCCUAUUGCCUGUGGAUUUGUGGUUACGGCUUUGUCUGUAGAUUUGUGGCUGAAGACAGGAGAUGGCACAUCCAUGGCAUUAGAUAUUCAUAUGGAUCAACCAAGACCCUCACCAAUUUUCAAGUCAUCUGUGUGCACUGGCGGAGGAAGGGGGGUGCGGUAAGUGCAGCCCGCAUCAGGUGUCACCCGGGGGGGUGACAUCACUGUGUCACCCCCCUGGAAUGCUUGCCUCAGGCAGCACCCCCCUGGGACGCUAGCUCCGCCCCCGGGUGCACAACAUCUGCGCCGCUCCAGGUGCUGCAGCAGCUAGCUCCUCCUCUAUCUGUGGGGUGUGCACGGGAAGUUUGUGAACCACUGGAACAGACAGCAAAUGCACUCCAAAAAUCUUACCUCCCAGUGGGACCUGUAACAAAUGUUGCAGUAUAUCCUCAUAUCUCAAAAAGAGUGUCCUGUUCAUUGUGCCAGCCAGCCAUGCAUUCUUUCAAUACACUCAAUUUUACCCCACCUAGGCUCUCCCCCCGCAUUACACAGCUGGAACAUAAUCCAGGGGACAGCAAGGUUUACCUUGCCUGGGCCAGAUCGGUUCUGCGGAGAUCCUUCGCGCCCACGAUUUUCGGUGUCUGCGCAGAUGCGAUUUCCGGCACCGUGGAAGCAAGUCCCUGCACCGGUUUAGCACAGUGUGCCGGGACUUGCUGAACGGGCAGCUAAGUUCUGGGACAGCUUGUGGGCCGGUUAAAUGGCCUCUGUGGGCUGACCCCUGACAUAAUCCAUUCUAACAGUCACAUCUGUUGCACCCACUUUUGUCUCUGGCCUCACCCACCACUGCUUGUGGGAUGUUGCUUACAAGGGAAUGUUGCCCUUGAGGUGAAUAAGGUUCCUCGUUCCUGCCUUAGGCUUUCUUUCUUUCUUUCUUUCUCUCUCUCUCUCUCUCUCUCUCUCUGCUCUUUUGUGAACACUGGUGUGUGUGUCCCCGUCCCCCCCCCGCGCAGCAUGCCAAUACUUUGCUCAUCAACAUUCCUCAGUGGGCUAGUUUUGUCUGAAAAAGUUUCCCCACUCUUGACUUAAACCAUGUACUAUCAAUGCAUUCUCCCUGGAAAUUUCCUUCACAAAAUUGUUAUUUUUUAUAUAUUUUGCUGAACAGCUGACUCCCAUCAGGGCAGGCUAGGAGAAGGUGAUCAAGUUUCAGAAGUUCAAUUCCAUGACGCAGAAAAAGAUGAUUCUGUGAGGAGCCAGAUGCAGCACAGGUGAGUCAGUUACAGUCAAUAUGAGAGUCCUGUCAGAUUUAGACUAAAGGUCCAUGUAGUGUAACAUCCUGUUCUCACAGCUGCCAACUAGAGACCUGUGGGAAGCCUGCAAGCAGGACCUAAGUGCUGUAGGAUCUCCUCAGUUAUGAGUCUCCUCAACUGGUAUACUGAGGCAUAUUUCCUUAGACUCUAGUGGUGGAGCAUAGCCCUAUCCUCCACAAAUUUAUACAGUCUUUUAAAGCCACCUAAGAUAAUGGCCAUCACCAUGGGAGUGGAUCCUAUAGUUCAGAGGUAGUCAACAUGGUGCCCUUCAUAUGUUGUUGGACCACAGCUCCCAUCAAUGCUAGUCAGCUCUUGUCCUUAUGGCCAGUAGCCACAAAUUAUGGGAAUUCUAGUCUGAAAACUUCUAUAAGGCACCACAGUGACUCUCCCUGCCAUUAUUUAACUGUGUUGUGUUGAAGUAGUACUUACGUUUGCCUGUCCCAAAUUGUCCAGUAUUCAGCUUCAUUGCAUGGUCCUAGGUUCUACUUUCUCCACGGAAUACGUAAUCCACCCUCGCCACCUGGCCCUUCUCCCAAACUUGCCCGGCUGCUUAAAUUGUGUGUUAUUUUGGCUUGACACUUUGCCUCCUCUCUUGCCCAUGGAACAAAAUGAGUAAACAGCCCCUGUGUGGUAUAGUGAGCAAAGUAUCAGACUAGGACUAGAGAGAACCAGCUUGAAGUCCACUCUCAGCCAUGAAGCUCCCAGACUUUAGGCAGAGAAAUUGUACUUGGCCCAACUUCCUGGAUGAACAUCAGAAUCCACAGAACUAGUAGAUAAAUGCCAAAUGAGGAAUCUGAUAAUAUGCCAUUCCACCAGUGUUUUAGGGACAUUCUGCUGGAACUAUCAAUAGGCAUUAAGUCAUUAUUAUUUUUUUAUUUAUUUUGGGAUUUUGAAAGCUUCUCUAAUACCUGAUUUGUGUGUGAUUCUGAUUUCACAGAAUUAUAGGUUUCCUGGAGACAUGGCCCAAGCUAGAAAACUGGUAUUCUGAGCAGCAAAAUAUAUUGAUAAAGGUCAAUGCAGAGACAGAGGAGAAUCUUAUGUGUCAAAGGGUAAAAGAAAUUAUAACGGAAGAAAUUGUUAAAAUCCAAAAUAAAAGUAAGUAAUGCUAUUCCCGCGCUUAUAUGAAUGUUUACAAAUACAAAUAUGUACAUAUUUAAAGGGCUUUCAAUAAUCUGACUGAAUUUUUUCAUGUAAUGGGAUAAAGAAAUAGUCCACAGUGUGGCAAUGAAUACCCUUCCCUCAUAUCUUUACUUCCCCAGACCUUUGGGCUGUAACUAGCUGGGGGCAAAGAAGAAAUUCAAAUCAGUUUUCAUUUAAAGGCAAGCCCACCUAAUUUGCUGUUUCUGAAACAACAAGUGAACUGAAACACAGCCAUUUUUCUCUGAAUUUUGCACCACAGUUUGCCAAGCAAUAUACACAAAAAUGCAUAUACUAGGAUGGAUUGCUUUGCCAAAAUUAUUAAGCAAAAUUGCGUACAAAAAUGUAUACAUUAGGAGAAAUUCACUUACAGAAUUUCAUGAGGACUUUAAAAAAAAUGCAAAUUGAUGCAGAAAUUUGGAGAAUUUAACUUAAGAUUAGAAGAAUGAGAAGUUAAGAAGAACUGAAAUUGAAAGAUUCAUCCAUCCCUAUAAAUAGUUCAUAAUUUGAUUUAAGCAAGGUGUACCAAGAUGAUUGAUUGAUUGAUUGAUUGAUUGAUUAAAAAGUGUUAAAUACACAAUACCCAUGCAGCAGGGAAAAUCAGCUGGCUAUUCACACACCAUUUCCCCCUCACCAAAGGCAUGAAUAAACAAGGGUGCUUUUAAAUGUUGGUGGAAGGAUGUCAGUGCUGCAGACAAGCACAACUCCAUCAAGAGGGAGUUCCAUGAAGCCACCACAAAGAAGGCCGCGUCUUCUGUUACCACUGCAAAUGGAGCAAUGCUCCCCAUCCCCCGUAUCUUAAAACUCAAGCCAUCGGGUAUUAGGGGAGGGGCUCUUGCAGGUAACUGUACCUCAAGCCACUCAGGGCUUUUAGUAUUAACCCCCAAAACUUGAAUUGCCAGAGAUCUCACAAUGCAUUCGGAUUCAGUGUGACGCGAUCCCACUCUGUUGCCCUGCUUAAUGAAUGGGCGGCUGCAUUCCAGACCAUCUUCAAGGGCAGCCCUGUGGUGGAGUGCAUUGCAGUAAUCCAGCAGUGAGCAAAUCCUUGGAGUUUAUGCAUUGUAUCCAUUGUCUGGGACAUCCUGGGGAGUAACUUUCUCAAGUUGCGUACCAGCAAUGUGGCAGAGAGAUAAUGAUGUACGGGUUUGUUGUUGAUUUGUAUGUGUUUUGCUGCUGAAGGAAAAGAAGAGGAAAAGAGAGAAGCUGAAAGACUGCAAGCACUAGAAGCUGCCAAGCCUUUGCCACAAGAAGAGGUUCCAGCAGUCUCGGUAGAAAAGGUGGAGGAACCUGCCCCUGCUCCCUCUCCAGAAGUGCUGGAGCCGCCACCUGCGGCACCUAAAGGUUGGUGGUGAAUCAUAUAAAUACACUGUAAAUCAAUCAUGAAUUCAGGAACCGUAAAAUGAGCUGAGAACUCUUUUUUUUUUUUUAAAGUGACAAACUGCAACUUCUCUCUUUAUUUGCACACAUGCAAAAGAAAUUCUGCUGGUCUUUUCUGCAAAUUCCUCAGCUAUUUAGCCUACAGAAUAACUUCCUUUCAGUUUGAAUUUCACUCCAGGGGCAACAUAGGGGUGUGGAAACCCUUUCUGAGGUAUUUCACCCCUCGUUUUGAAACUAUUUGCCUCUGAAAUUCUGCCUGCUGCUAAAUUUGAAGCUCAUCUGGGAGCUCCUUCUUAAGCAAAAGACUGUGAAGGAUUUCAUGGCUGAUGAAAGUUUAGUGACUUCUACGUGAACUGAUGUAAUAUUUUACCUGUACCUUAUAGAUCAUGUGACUGGUCUGUUAAUAUAUUCUUGUAAGUGCAACAAACAGGCUCUAAAUGUCACAGAUAUAACAAGCACAGGUACAAAAUCUUAAGUCAUACUUGGAGUAGAAAUCAAUGAAUUUUCGGGAAAACCAAAAGAGAUUCUGUAAGUCUAGUGACGUUUAUUCUGCAAGUGUUUUACAUCGAUUUCAGCAGGUUUACUCUCAGCAUAAGUUAGUUGGGUAUCUCUUUCUAUAAUUAAGGUGAGGAAAAACAAGCAGUUCACAUGUAAGUAGCCAUUGGACCAAAUCCAUUUAAAUGACUUUCCCUGCUGUACCCAAGUGUAUGAUAUGCUUGAGUAUGGACAAUGUUUUUUGUGGCCUGUUAUGGCUGACACUUUCCUGGUCUCUUACUGUGACUAAGAGGUUUGGAGUGAGCUGCCAAGACAUUUUCUCCUCCCCCCUCAACCCCUGCCUUCUCUUGUGCCUCUUCCCACUGGCCUUCCCUACCCCCGCCCCCACCCCAACAGCCUUAGGGGAAGGUGUGAUUUUGUGGGAAAUGCCUUCUCCAUUAUCAAGGGCGAAGGUUCUCCUGAGAACCUUUGGCUCAGCUCUAGGGCUACAUCUGCACCAGCCCUGACAAGAUUACCUCCUAACCAGGGUUUCCAAAUUAGCAUCAUGCUCUGCUUUCAGAACCCGGUUAUUGUUAACCCUUGUGAAAGUUGGGGCAGAUGUAACCCAUAGUUAAGUCAUUGUGGGAAGUUUCGGAGCAGAUGAUUGUGAAAGAGGCAAAGGUGCCCUUAAUCUCACAACCUGCUCCUGAUCUCAUAACCAUGUUUAGAGAUCUGGAGCGCUAAAUGUGAGCCAGAGCUGUGUGUUGAAACAGCUUCAUAUACACACACUUUCUCAAACACAUCAAAUUUCUGAAGUAGUGGCGGGGUAGGAGGAGAAAUGGUCUUAUAGAAGACUUGCAAAAGCCUUCUGAGCAUGCACAGACAUUCCAUUCUCAAAAGAAACUUUGGGGAGUGGAGUUUCAAAAUAAAGACCUGCAAUUUCCCAAGUUACCAAUGCAUGCUCUGAACAUGCUCAGAAGUCUUCACUUCAGAGUGAGGAACUCCUUAGGACUGGAGGAAGUUGGGGACACCUGUGGUCCUAUGGAAAAGGCCAUAACCCAGUGGUAGAGCAUCUCCUUUGUAUGCAGGAGAUCCCAGAUUGAAUCCCUGACAUCUGUAGCUAGGGUUGGGCAUGUCCCAUGCCAGAACCCCAGGAGUCAGUGUAGACAAUAAUGAGCUGGAUGGACUAGUUAGGAAGCUUCUUUUAUUCCUAUGUUCCUCCAUAUGCUGUUGGACUACAGCUCCCACCAUCCCUGGUCAUUUACCAUGUUGGCAGGGGCUGAUGGGAAUUGAGAGUUCAAUAGCAGCUGGCAAGCCACAUGUCCCUCCCCCCCCCACAGGUUUAGGAUUAACAGCCAUUGGGUUAACCUGGGGUGGGGACUAUAGCUUUCUAUUCCUCUUGCUCAAUGAGGAAUAGGGGGAGGAGAGAGAAAGCCACACUUUUUAGAGUUCACAUGUGCUGAAGUAGCUUAGAAGCAGCCUUCAACCUUAGCUUCAGUGGCUGCUGUCCCUCCGCCGCCGCCGCCACCACCCUCCUGCAGUUUGUAAAAGUGUGAAAAGCAGACAGUGGGAGGGAAGCAGGCAGGUGAGAGAAGCUGAGCAUCACAAGCGAAGGUGAAAUUUGAAGUUGGUCUUGGCUCAUAAUGGCUAGCAUCGUGUUUUCAAAGCCAGAGCAUGGGGGUUUCCACAUCCAAACAAACCCCUCUCCCAUCCCUCUCCACCCCUGCAUAGAAGUGUGGUUCUGCACUGACGUGGCUCAGUUACCAUGUGCCAGAAUGUUUGUCUGAUACAUAUGGAAUUUCUCUACAGAGUCCCCCCCAGGAGAGUCACCUAAGAAGGGUAAAAAAGGAAAGAAAGAUAAAGGAGACAAAGGAAAAGAAGGUAAACCAGGUAAAGUAUGGGUUUAUUUAAUUUUUACAGCACUGUUUUGCUGACAGCCACAAAAGACGGCUGCUUUCACUUUCACUUUCUCCUCUUCCUCCAAAAGCAUCUUGGCAAGUUUUGAUUAGGCAGGGGAAACAUUUUGGUUGGCAAAGGGAAGAGGAAGACAUUCUCAAGCCUGAAGCCUGACCUGAAUGAUAAAUAAUAUACUCAUAAAAUGUCCGUCAAUCAAAGGCAUUCAGGGAAAUCAACCAACGUUUGUUACUCACAACUUAUUAAAGUAUUCCUAGGUAAAAUACUUUCCCACAUGUUAACGGUGCGUUUAUAUUUAAGGCACUCCACGAGGGAAAGAGAAAGGGAAGACCGCUCCAGCUUCAGCUGAAGAUGUACCGCCUCCCCCUCCUGUAGAGCUACCUCGAAUUAAACCAGGAUCAGAUGAAUGGGUUUACGUUGAUGAACCACUUCCUCAAGUACGGCAGUCCAAAAUCAGCAUUACAUUAUGGUGGUCUUCCUUCCUUCCUUCCCCACCCUCACCUUUGCCUUGAUGUUUUGAAUGGCUUCCAAUGCCAUGGUAAACAUAAAAUGGAAAAGGUGUUUGUUUUUUUUGCAAAACUGGUUGGCCAAUUCUUGAGAUAGGGAGAGUCGUAUGCAUUGCAGCCUCCCCAUAGGUCGCUGUAGAAGGCAAGAAAAGUCUUAAAGCGAAGUUAUUGGGUUGGAUUUAAUGUCAUGCUACAACAGAUAUUCUGUCAGCAUAAACAUUUCAGCUUGUCAGAUGGAACGAUUCUCCUUUCCUCCCCCUGUGUGCUUUUCUGGGGUUUCUCCUGGCUCCCCCUGGGCCAAUUUGGGGAGGGGCAGAUAAAGCCCCAUUGCACAAGAUGAGGCUUGUUAGAUGAAUCCCAUCCAUGGUGGUUAAGGAUUUGAGUUAGGAGGAGGAAUUUUAAAAGUGCAAAAUAAGUAAAAGGAUUGUUAUUAGUAUCCUCCUGCCCAAUUUCCAAGGCGUUUAGUCAUAUAUCCUCCAUAACACCAUUUGAGAUAGUUUACUGAAAGACAGAAAUUGGCUCAAGGCCACCCAGUGAGCUUGGAGAUUUGAAAUGAGGGCGUUCCCUUUCCAUUCGUAAUAAUUUGCCUAUAGCAUGACACUGGCUCUUGCCAAGAAGGUGGCUGUGUCAAGCAUAGUAUCAGCAAUGACAUGGCAAGAAGGCAUGGAAGUUGAGGUAAGAGAAGAAAAUAAAAUAAAAAGGUAGAAUUAUUAUUAUUAUUAUUAUUAUUAUUAUUAUUAUUAUUUAUUUGUACCCCGCCCAUCUGGCUGGGUUUCCCCAGCCACUCUGGGUGGCUUCCAUGGAAACCAAAAUACACUAAAAUAUCACAGAUUAAAAACUUCCCUGAACAGGGCUGCCUUAAGAUGUCUUCUGAAUGUCAGGUAGUUAUUUAUCGCUUUCACAUCUGAUGGGAGGGCGUUCCACAGGGCGGGCGCCACUACCGAGAAGGCCCUCUGCCUGGUUCCCUGUAGCUUUGCUUCUCGCAAUGAGGGAACCGCCAGAAGGCCCUCGGUGUUGGACCUCAGCGUCCGGGCAGAACGAUGGGGGUGGAGACGCUCCUUCAAUAACUUAUGGUGCAAUAACUUAAUAUACCCCCUUCCUGACAGCAUUUUAGUUAGGCAGCCCAUUGGUCGGCACAUAAAACCAAUGUCUUUUAAAACUUAACAGGAGGUGCCUGAAUUUUUAGUUCCUUAUUGGGAAACGGUGGAGAAAACCUAUAAGAAUAACAUCAAAGCCACACUUCGAUGCCUCAGAGGUGAACAGCAUGUCAUCAUUCAUUAUCUGUCACAUGCUAGGUAAGCCAAGGGGAUUUUAUGACUCAAUGAUAUGCACUGUUCCUGCCACCAUCUUUCAUUUGUUGAACCUUUGGCUUCUUCUCAUUUUGUUGUGCACAGAAAUCAUUUCAGGGAAUUCUUAACACGCCCCGACCACAAACAGGAGUUUGUGACUCAGUGGCAAGCCGAUUAUAACUCAGUGGCUGAUGACCUGUGGGAAGACGAUGAAACGAAAGAAGAGCUGCAUCAAAGGGUUACUGUAAGUGGCAUCUGAAAGUGUUGGAAAGUGUUGGAGAGCCAGUUUGGUGUAGUGGGUAAGAGCGGUAGUCUCGUAAUCUGGUGAACCGGGUUCGCGUCUCCGCUCCUCCACAUGCAGCUGCUGGGUGACCUUGGGCUAGUCACACUUCUUUGAAGUCUCUCAGCCCCACUCAUCUCACAGAGUGUUUGUUGUGGGGGAGGAAGGGAAAGGAGAGUGUUAGCCGCUUUGAGACUCCUUCGGGUAGUGAUAAAGCGGGAUAUCAAAUCCAAACUCUUCUUCUUCUUCUUCUUCUUCUUCUUGGAUCAUUUGCUGAGCUUUGUCGAUCUGGAUCUUGCCCUGGAGUAAACAAGAAUGCAAAGAAAAUAGACUGCAAUUCUCAAGGGCCUAACUCUUGAAGUCUCUAGUGUUUUAUCGGAUAGAGAGCAGGCAAAUCUGUCAAUUUUGAUUUUGCUCAGUUUCUCACCUUCCCAAUCUGAAUUUCAAUCAGACACAUUUCUGCAUCAGUUUCUUUUUUUGAGGAUUGUAAAAACCAGUUAGCAAGCAUUUUAGUGUGUAUUUCCUCUAAUGCAUCCAUUUUCGUAUGCAAUUUUGCCGAAUACUGUAAUGCAUUAAUAUUAUAAUUAUUAUAAUGCACUGUACAUUAACUUUAUUAAUAUAUGCAUUUUUAUGUAUACUUUCCCCACAAUAUACACAUUUUUGGAGGCUUCUUUUUGCCUGGAAAACUGCAUGUGAAUAUCAAAGAAUAGCUGCUUUUGGGUUCACAUACUGCUUUAGAUGCCUGGGAAAGGUGUCCUGCAGUCAGAGGAGCACUGCGGCUCUCCAGUAGGAAGAGGAAAUAUUUGAGCCUCGUCUCCUGACUUUGGUGUGAUAUAUCUGGUAUGCCUGUACACUGGGAUGGAGAACCUGUUGGGCUCCAGCUCCCAUCAGCCCCAGCCAGCAUGGAGAAUGGUCAGAGAUGAUGGGAGUUGUAGUCCAAUAUCUGGAGGGUCACAGGUUUCCCACUCUUGCUGUGCACCUUUUGCCAAAGACCUACAGAGUCUGCAUGCAUAGAUGCAAAAGUUCUUGUGGCACAAGAGCAAAUGCCAUUUUCAGUAUACUUUUUGAAAUUUUACUUGGCUGUGUCAUUUCCAUCAGUGCAUUUUUGCUGUUUCCAAGACAGGCAUGAAAUCGUCACGUCAGAUGAUUAGACGUUAGAUGCAUGAGAUCUUACAUUGCAAUACUGAGGAAGUGUGAGACUUUAACUUGAAAUUAAGUAGCAAGAGAAUCGGGACUAGAAAUCCAUCCCUACCACAUGACAUACCCAAAGCUUAUCUCCAAAGGCACAUAGCUAAUGUGGCUGCUGACCACAACACCUGUUUAAGUUACUGGGAAGAGAAAUUUAUGGUAUCCUCUUCUAUGGCAGCUUAGUGACUCAGGCAAUAGAGUAAUGGAAAACUGAGUGGCUUAAAAGGAGUAAAACCUGAAGCUUGGUUUGGUUCAGGGGGAUAUUUUUGCUUAUUGUGGUAGAAGGCACCUGCUUUUUCUUAAGAAAAAAAAAAUUCUCAGCCCUCAUUCAUAAACCACUGAGAUGAAAGCCAUUAAGAUAAAAGUCACAUCCAUCAAUAUCUGAAUGGGAAACUAAGUUAUACAAAUGUGCAGUGAUAUGAAAAUUUACAGGCUACAUGUUUAUGAAAGGAGACAACAGUAUAAUAAUCUUAUUCCAAACUGGCAUAGCUUUAUUAUUUACUGAGAAAGUUCCUGUUUUAAGACACGUUUCCUAUACUUCGCAACAAACUGCCAUAGUAAUGUCACUAUUUAUGGCAAGUGUGGGAAGCCUUUGGCCCUCCAGAUGUUGCUAAACUACAACUCCCACCACCCCUGACCAUUGGCCAUGCUUGCUGGGGCUGAUGGGAGUUGUAGUUCAGCAACAUCUGGAAGGCCAAAGACUCCCCACGACAACACCUGGAGGAGGAGGAGGAGGAGAAGAAGAGUUUGGAUUUGAUAUCCCGCUUUAUCACUACCCAAAGGAGUCUCAAAGCGGCUAACAUUCUCCUUUCCCUUCCUCCCCCACAACAAACACUCUGUGAGGUGAGUGGGGCGGAGAGACUUCAAAGAAGUGUGACUAGCGCAGGGUCACCCAGCAGCUGCAUGUGGAGGAGCGGAGACACGAACCCAGUUCACCAGAUUACGAGUCUACCGCUCCUAACCACUACACCACACUGGCUCUCACUGGGCUAUUGGCUAACCCUGGUGUGGGGCCUCAUUUAGAGACUGAUGUGUGAACUGGAACUAAAUAUCAAACAUGCACUUAACUGUCGUUUUUAUUUCUGUUGUGUUUUGGCAAAGCAUUUUUGAUGUUUUGGUACUUUUCACUUUUCAUCUUUUCAGGACCUAAGAGAUCGUCUGUGGGAUAUCUGUGAAAACAGGAGGGAUGAAGCUGAGCAAGAGCGCAAUGAUAUCAUGAGCGAUGGCUGGCUGCCAGACCGAUUGGCACUUCUGAUGAACCACAUCUUUUCACUUAUGCAGGUCUAGCAAUAUUAUGUUGUUGGUGUAUUUUUUUUAAUAGUCUAAAUGGGGGAGGGGCUGGCUUUUACACUGAUGUGUGUUUUGAGCCCUUGACUGAAGCUAUAACCUAACUAGGCCAUUAGCAAAACAUAUUUAGCUACUCUAUGGCUACAAGCAGCAUCCUCUGCUGUGCAAAUUGAAAAGUUAAGGUCUGGUAAGCUGCUCAUUGCUUGUAUUCUCAUUGUGCUGUUGGAUCCAGAUGUAGCUGCACACAUAGGGAUGUAAGAAGGCAUCUUCUCCCAUUCUGCCUGUGUUUGUCACAUGCAGCAUCGUUUCCAUUCAUCUGCAGUUUGUCUUCCUCCAAAACCUAUGUUAUUUGUCUCACUGUCCACUGUAGCAAAACAUUACUACCUUCUUCCACCCCAUUCAUUUUAGUGCAAAAGUGGGGCAAAUGCAAUCAGUUAGGUAUUGUUUGGGGACUGAAAGCAACAACAGUGGCAAAUACCAAUUGCAUUCACUGGAUUGGUUUCCUUUCUGGACAUGGGAUGCGAACACCAGCAAUUUCCAAUCCUGUUUCUGCUUUCAUCAGAAUUCCCCAGCAUUUGUAUUCAUGCAUCAGUGUUUAUGCAGCUUGAGACUGGUUUGUUUGUUUAACAAAAUUUGUGUUGCACUUAUAAGUUUAUAAGUCUCCGAGCAGUUUACAAAAAAAAAAAAAGGUUGGGAAAUGAAAUUCAGAUCAUCAUUGCUGUGCAAAUCAGCAUGCAUUCCAGAAUUCAUUCUAUGUAGUGCAAGGCCAAACUGGUUGCUGGUUCGUAGCUUUUGGCUCAGUUCUUUCUCAUUUUGCUUCUGCCUUCCUUUGCUCUGCCCUUGUCUUGCUUUUGCUUCACUUUGUCUAGCCUAGCCUUGAUCCCAGGACUUGACCCUCUGCCUUGGCAGUAGACGGAUCUGACAUAGAGCUAAAGAGCACGAGGCCUAAACCUUUGACCUGGUGUGCUUUUCUUCACAAUUGGAUAGCAACACUCAUGUUGAUUGGUUUGGGGUUCCCCCCUCCCGACACACACACCUUUGAGACUGUGGCUUUGUGAAUUUUCCCAUGAAAACACAGCACCGUUUUUGCUUUUCAGUUAUAUAUUUAGAGGCUUCUGUUCUAAUAAUAAAUCAAAAGUAUGACAGGUGCAUAAUGCUUCUUGCCUGCACUUUGAAGGAAGAGAUGCUCUGAACUUGCCAAAAUCCGCCUGGCACUACUGCUCAUUUAAGCAUAUUUAUAGACUGAAAGUAAGGAGUUUGCAUAAAUGUGACGUAGGGCCAAAGCAGACAUUACAUGGCCACCAUUCACAUGUGAGACCCAUUUGCAUAAAAAGCAGGAAAAAUAACAUAUUGGGAAAGGGAGCUGAACCCACUCGCUGUGCUUUAUCUCAACGGCUCUACGUCCUCCUCCAUUUCCAGCUGUGUAUCAGAAAUAAACAAGGAAGGGAGAAAAAGUGGAGCAACAGGGAACAUAAAACAUAGGAGGAAGAAGGGUUCAGCACCUCCCAUUUGCCCUGCUUUUACAAGCAGAUCCACCUCCUGCUUUAUAUGUGAAUGGGACAGACACAUAUGUGAAUGGGCCAGUAUCACAUUUAUAUGUGGGGAAGAUCAUAGCUCAGUGGUAGAGCGUCUGCUUUGCAUGCAGAAGGUCCUAGGUUCAAUCCCCAGCAUCUCCAGUUAAGACUGGGAGGGAACCCUGCCUGAAUUCCUGGAGAGCCACUGUUAGUGUAGACAGUACUGAGAUAGAUGGACCAAUGGUCAACUCAGCAUAAGGCAGCUUCCUAUAUUCCUCUGUGUGAAUGGGCCAGCAUGGCACAUCGUUUGGCCCUCUUUUUUCUGAGCAGAAGAGUGACUUCUAGGGACAUCCUUUGCUACCUGUCCCUUAACCUGAGGUAAGAGAAUGGGAGCAGGCCAACGGAUUGCACAUGCUCUCCCCUUUCGCAUUCAGAUUUGCCUCCCCACCCUCUGCUAAGUUCCAAUCAUGGCUAGUCAUUAGGUUUCCCCCAUGCCAAACUUGAUUAGCACAAACUAGGGUUCGUUCCUCACCAGGGUUUGAAGGUGGCUGCAAGUGGGGUUAGUAGCAAACCCUGGUUAGCAGUAACCCUGGUUAAAGUCAGUGCACAACAAGGCAUGUUUUAGAUUGAUGGUGGGGAGAAUUAACAUGGGAGAUGAGAAGCAAAGGGAUAGGGAUAGGAGAGUACAGUCUUUUGGAGAAACCCUCAACCACAGUUUCCAAAAGUUCCUCAAGUUUCUGGAGGAAGGAAUGCAACAGUUACAACUGUAUAGUUCUGGUAUGGGUAGCAUAAUGAAGGACUUUCUUGGUUGUUGUUAAAGAGAACAUUAGGAUUAUUUGGUUCAAGAUAGAGAAGGAAAAGCAAUACCCCCAUAUCUCUUCCUCAAAUUUUCCCCAUAAAAUCCAGUUCUGAAAAAACAUAUAAUGGGAUAUCAUUGCAUCACAUAACACUUUGAAGUUACAAGUGAAAGGGUGGAAAUAUGUGGCUGCUGCACAGUCAUGGUUUGUCCUCAGUUGUGUCUUUAGUAUGCUUGGUCCUAAAAUUGUUUAAAUAUUGGGUCCCUUUUUAAAGUCUAUUCCCCCUCCCCCCGCUAUAGCAUUUUGAUGUUUUGGGAACUGCUUUGUGAAUUAUCCAUGGAGAUAAGGUGUCAGGAAAUACUUGAAUAAUUUCUUGUUUUGUUUUCCUGGCAUAUCAUGAAGAAUGAACUGGACCGUUUCCAGGAUACCAAGAGGCUUUUGCAUGACUACUAUAGAGGGAUGGAAGGCAAAAUCCCAACGGAGACCAGCAAUGAGUUCGCCAGAAUACCUUUGAUAGAUCUAACUGAUAAAGAACAACCCAUGGAAGAGGCCAAGACUAGAAUGUACAUUUAAAAUUGUGGUAUUGUAAUAAUCACUGGAUGUGGGGGGAGGAGAGAGGAAGGGAGAAUAUAACUGAUUUGGGAAUAGAGUAAGCUAUGCGCAUGAAUGGGGAAGUGUAAAUAGUCAACAGUAGUCAACCCCACACCUCGCAUUCAAAAGAUUCCAGGUUUAAUCUCUGGCAUUUCCAGUUGCAAAAAGGGAUCUUAGAUAGCAGAUAUUGGUAAAUACUUCUGGUCAAGACCUUGGAACUCUGUUGCUACUGGUCAGAGCAAGCAACAGUGGGCUAGAUGGACCAUUGGUCUGAUCUUGUGUAAAGUGGCUUCUUAUGUUCCGAUAGUACACCUGUGAGAAGAAUUCAAGGUGACAGCUUUAGGUAUUAUGGUUGCAGUGAAGUAAAUAGUUACACUCUUCGUGUAAUCAACAUAACUGUGAAUUCAUGAGAAUUAAAAGUCUAGAGAGAGGGCAGGCGCAUGCAUCCUAUACUUACCCUCUCCACCUAUCAUGGAUUAUAUGCACACUACACACUCAUGCACAAUGCAGUGAGGUGUGUGCACAUUCACAAACACACAAAAUACCUAUGCUUUGCUCCUGGACACUCACCGGGUUGCUAAAGUGCAAAUUCAAACCCGGAUUAGAUCACCAAAUGAACACAGGUACUUGUGAAAAUGCUUGCAUAAAGACAGAAUACCAAGCAGACACCUUUUCCCUAAGCUCAGAUCUCUGUCCUUGCAAGGCAAGGGUCAUCACCCUCUUGCUGCCCUCUCUUUCCCCCAGUGGCUUGAGUUCCCUGGAAGGAGGGAUUAAUUAUUAUGCCACUCUGGGAACUGUAGCUUUGUGAGGGGCAUAGGGAGUCUCCUAAUACCUCUCAGCACCCUUACAGUUUCCAGGAUUCUUUGAGGGAAGCCAUGACUGUUUAACAUGGUAUAAAACUUCUUUAAAUGUAAGGUGCAGAUAUGGCCUAGGUUUUACAAGUGCCAUCAGGGAACGAGAGUAAGAUUUGGGUUCCUUCCCACCUCACCUUCAACAGUACAGGCAGGAUGUUGAGUGUAAACCUUACAUAGAUGAGUAUGGGUCAUAAGAAGAAAGGGAUAGAUAAUUUGGCAGGGACUUCACCCAUCUAUGUGCCUUGGUUUGUACUAAAUGUCCUACAUGCAGUGGGAGAAUGUUGAAACUUGAGGUUUGUCCCAUGCACCAUUUCUAUGCAGAACAUAAACAAGAGGCCUGCAUGGGAACCAGCUUGUAUUUUUUUAUAUGAGACCUUUAUAAUGAACAGAAAUAUUCUCUUGCAGAGCAAAUAUACAAGUUUAAGUUUUGAGAAAUGCAGAAGUAAAUCUGUUGCCUCUCUCUCUCUCUCUCUCUCUCUCUCUCUCUCUCUCUCUCUCUCUCUCUCUCAUUCUCUCUCUUUCUGUUUUAAGAAUUCCUCUGAGUGUUCACAGAGCUGCUUCUCCAGAACCAAAGGACAAGAUGAAAGCAAUUCCAGUCAAGAUCAAGGAUGAUGUGUUUUCUGAAAGCAUAAUCUUUAAUUUUGCCCCAGAAGAAAAACAGAUUACUGAGAUGUGGCACAAUAUUGUAGCCACAAUAUCCAACAUGGUAAGAAAAGCCACAAGUAUUAAAAGAGUUCAAACAGAGAUCUGGAUACAGCCAUUAAGAAUGUAAAAAGAGCUUGCUGGAUCAGGCCUGUAGGAAACCUGCACUCAGGAAAUUCUGCAAUUUCCAACAUUGGGCAUCCUGCCUCCGACCAUGGAGGCAAUUUGGAAGCAUCCCGAUAAAUGUUUUGCUGGCUCCAGUGCAAGAUUACUGCAGUGUUCUCUCUUUAAGGAUUCCCCUGAAGACAGAAACUCUGAUUUGUGCAAAUUUUCACAGUUUUAAUUGGGCAUUCUUACCUAUUAUAUAAAUGUGCUAGCACUAUUCAGAGAAUCCCUUCAAUAUCUCAAAAAAGCGUCUCUAUAGAGAAUUUGGUGAUAAAAAAAUUCUUUGAAAUUUGAUCAGUUACUUACAUGAUGAAACAGUGUGAAAGUCAAAUUCAUCACGGAACAGCUGUAGUUAUUCCCCCCUCCCUAAAUCAUACAUAAAUGAUUUUUUACUUGGCUGCAGAGAUCCCAUGAGUGGAAUGCUGCUGAGAGGAUACUCUCACUGGCAGAAGGGGAAGGGGAGGCAAUUUUCACUGAUUCCCCUUGAAGCCCCAUGCACCUCUUCGAAAAUAUGCAGAAGGUUGGUGAGCCUUUCAAAGCAGCGCAAGUAUAAACAGCAAAAACCGGUCUUCUCUCCCCACUCUCACCAUCAGCAGGAGCCCCCACGGGAUUGAAGACGCUUCCAUUCAUGGAAGAGCAAGUCUGUAUCCAUGCCCUGUACUGUAUGUUUCUCUGUCUCUUAUUUAGGUAAGGGAUAGCCAGUGUGGUGUUCUCCAAAUAUUUAUUGGACUCCGGCUCCCAUCAGCCUCAGCCAACCCCGCCAAAGGGCAGAGAUUAUGGGAGUUGGAGUCCACAAAGCCUGCAGAUUAUCCGUAAUCUAGAUAAUGUGCAUUUGUGACGGAUGGUCUGUCUUACUUAUUUUAUUUAUUAGGUUCAUAUCCCACCCUUCAUCAAAAUAUCUCAGGGUGAUUCACAAGACAAAAAUACAAGAUAAAACCACAAAUGUGUCGUUAAAACAAAAACAACAAAACAAUAGCCCCCUCUCCCACAAACACAUUGAAAAGACUGUAGAAUAUUAAUCAGCCAAAGGCCUGAUUGAAGAGGAAUGUUGUUGCCUAGCACUUAAACAUAUAUAAUGAAGGCACCAGAUGAACCUCCCUGAGGAGAGCAUUACACAACGGGGAGCCACUGCAGAAAAGGCCCCAUUCUCGUGUUGCCACCCUCCGAACCUCACAUGGAGGAGGCACAUGUAGAAGGACCUCAGAUUAUGAACACAGAGUUUGAGUUGGUUUAUAUGGGGAAAGGCAGUUCUUAUAUAAGCCCUAUGGGUCUCAUCCAAAGAGUCCCUUACAUGAGCAGAAGGGUCUUCUCUUAUUUCAAGGGAGUGUCUCCAGUAUCUGCCCAUUCAUUCUGUGGUUGAAGGCCCCAUGCUACAGCCUGUGUGUUUCCAGAAUGUUGUAAGAGCAGAAGAAGAGUAUGGGAGCAGUUAUAUUAGAUUCCCACCAACCACCUGGAGCAACUUGGGGACUGGAAGGAGAAAGUUCAGAAGCCACCGCAUGAUCUCUGGAUCCCAACCUAUAGAGAAGUAAUAGUUUAUAAUGUUAAGUGGUCUGUUUCAUAACUACAUGCUGGUUAUUGACAAUCAUGAAACAACAGUCGUUUUGUUCAAAAUGCUCUUGCUGCUUUUUUACUUAAGUGUGACCCUUUAAAAUUAAGGUUACAGCUGAAAUACAAGCAAAAGAGGCGGAGGAAGAAAAAGAACGGCUUCAGCAAGAAAUGAAAGAAAAAGAGCGCCAAAAAUCUUCCCAAGCAGAAAAGAAGGGGAAAGAAGGGAAAGGGAAAAAAGGGAAAGGAGGAAAGGAAGCCAAAGGUGGAAAGGAUGCCAAAGGAGGGAAAGGAGGGAAAGAUGCCAAAGGAAAGGAAGGCAAAGAUGCCAAAGGCAAAAAAGGAAAAAAGAAAGGUAAAUGAGAUGCAAGGUAAAAGAAAGGGAGAAUUCUGGAUUAAUACAAUUGUGUUUGAUCAUUUAAAAAAAACAAAAACUUUGCAUGCCCAGCAAAACAGAGGAGGGGAGUUAAGGUAUAACCCUUACUGGAGCCUGUACACACGUCGGUCCCCCUUUUCAGGAGUUAGUUCAGGGACAGGGAGCCUGUGGCUGCUCACAUGUUGCUGGACUACAACUCCCACAAUCCCAGGGGUGUAGGAAAGGGGGUGCGGCUGGUGCGGUCCGCCCUGGGUGUCAUCCUUGAGGGGGAUGACAAAAUGGCACACCACGGGGAGCAGCACUCACCGUGGGGCCUGGCAAGCAGUGUGCUCGAGCCACGCACCUCUCCUGAGAGUGAUGUGGUGGCUUGGGGCCCCGCGCUGCCCGAAAUGGCAGUGUGGGGCUUGCGUCUGCCAGGCGGCCUCUGUGGGCAGCACGCAGUUCCCCCAUGCACGGAUCACCGCAGUGCCCCAUGCACGGAUCACCGCAGCGCCCCUGUGCACGGAUUGCCCUGCCCCCGUGGGUGGAUCACCCCACCCCCGCCACUCCGGGUGCCAGAGCAGCUAGCUGCGCCCCUGCACAAUCCCCAACCAUUUGCCAUGCUGACAGGGACAGAUGGGAGUUGGAGUCCAACAACUAAAGCAGUCAGGUUCUGGUCUAGAAAUGACAUCUAAAAUUAAGGUAAUCUACAAGCUCUAACUCUGCUUCACUACUGUAUUGGAAUACAGUAUACAAAGGAGAUGUAUUGCUUAAUGCAUGGUUUUAUUAUGGCUGUCAAUUUUCCCUGUGUAUUAUUAACGAUUGGUUGCAAGCUCACUGUGGCUGAAAAACAGCAUACAAAUGUAAUAAACAGUAACUUCUAGAGGGUUGUAGGUUCCCCACUCCUAAAUUAGACUGUACCCAAAGAUCUUUAUUGGUCUGUUGUCAGAGAGAAGUCUUACAGUUCAAAAAGCAAAGCCAAAAAGGCAGCAUUUGACACUUGAUGUUAUAAAUGAACGUUGUUUGGUAUUUUGUAUCUUGUCAUAUUAUGGGACGUGGGUGGUGCUGUGGGUUAAACCACAGAGCCUAAGACUUGCCGAUCAGAAGGUCGGCGGUUCGAAUCCCCGUGAUGGGGUGAGCUCCCAUUGCUCGGUCCCUGCUCCUGCCAACCUAGCAGUUUGAAAGCACAUCAAAGUGCAAGUAGAUAAAUAGGUACUGCUCCGGCGGGAAGGUAAACGGUGUUUCCGUGUGCUGCUCUGGUUCGCCAGAAGCGGCUUAGUCAUGCUGGCCACAUGACCCGGAAGCUGUACGCCGGCUCCCUCAGCCAGUAAAGCGAGAUGAGCACCGCAACCCCAGAGUCGGCCACGACUGGACCUAAUGGUCAGGGGUCCCUUUACCUUUACCUUAUCUUGUCAUGUUACACUGUUGUGGUAUACAGAGUCAAACCAUUUGUCCAUCUAGCUCUUUACGAUGUCAGACAGGGCCUAUCUGGAGAUGCCAGGGUUUGACCCUGGAACCUUUGGCAUGGAAACCAUUGAGCUGUGCUGCUUCCCAAAUGGGCAUCCAUGCCAUCUGACCGAAGCAGCAGCAGUAAGGGCAGCAGAAACACCUGGGGAAUCAGGGAGAGAGGUUUGUCAAGGACCAUUUCAAGGAAGAAGGAAAGCCCAGGACCAAUGCAGACCAGGUCUGCAUUGAUGAAAAGGUCAUAAGCCCAGCGCUCUAUUUCAGAGAUGGGUGUUAUUCCCCUUAGGACCAGUGCUGCAAAUCUAGAGAGGCAGCAGCGCCACUGCAAGGGAGCUGAUGUCCCCCCCCUCCCAAGUGGUGCCAACAGCCACUGAUCCUGAGAGUUCUGAGUCCUGGGAUCCGUUGAUUCCAUCUGGCCAGAAUAGCCAAGCCAGCAGGUAGACUGGAAGAGGACUCUGAAAAGCAUCUGAAAUCCCACAGUAGCUCCCUUUUGCUGCCUUAGUUAGCCCUUCUGAAGAGACACAGCUGCUGGAUAUUAGACCAGGUUUGUUCUGAAGAGAGGCAGCUUCAAAAAUAAGGCAACGUCACCUUCCUUGAUAUCUGAUUUGUUGGGUUGUAUUCAAUCAAGUUUUAGUCAGGACAGACCUAUUGGAAUGAAUGGACCUCAGUCAUGUUCACUAAUUUCAGUGCGUCUGCUCUGAGUAAAACGUACUUGAAUGCCACUCACUGCUGUUAUGGCAUACUUUGAGAACUGUCAUAGUUGAAUAGCGGUUAUGCUAUUGUAAAAUGAAGAAAUAAGUUUCGUUCUAGGAAUAUCCAAAUCGCUAGGCUUUUAUUUUAUUUCUUUAUUAGAUUUCUUUCCCACUUUUCACCCAAGGAGCUCAAAGUGGUGGCAUGCAUGGUCCGUUCCCCCCCAUUUUAUCCUCACGACAACCCUUUGAGGUAGGCUGGGCUAAAAGGUCACCCAGUCAGCUUCAUGACUGAGUGGGGAUCUGAACCCUGGUUUCCCAGACCUUAGUCCAACACUCUUAAUUGCUACCCCACAUUGUCUUCUAGAGACCGGGACCACAAAUAUUCCCAGAGAAGGCUUUCCCCAAGUUUAUACACCCUUCUCAUUCACAACCCGUUAGACCUCUUAUUCAGAUUUGGCAAUUAAUUGCUCAGAUCUACUUCCUAGUAUAAAAAUUACUCUGAUCUAUACCCUAGUAUAACCACAGUUCAGCUGUCCUUACUGUUAGAAUCAUAGAAUUGUUGAGUUGGAAGGGACCUCAAGGGUCAUCUAGUUCAACUCCCUGCAAUGCUGAAAUCUUUUGUCCAACAUGGGGCUCAAACACAUGACCCUAAGAUCAGCAUAAGGGGGUAAAGGGACCCCUGACCAUUAGGUACAGUCGUGACCGACUCUGGGGUUGCAGCGCUCAUCUCGCUUUAUUGGCUGAGGGAGCCAGCGUACAGCUUCCAGGUCAUGUGCCCAGCAUGACUAAGCCGCUCCUGGCGAACCAGAGCAGUUCACGGAAACGCCGUUUACCUUCCCGCCGGAGCAGUACCUAUUUAUCUACUUGCACUUUGAAGUGCUUUUGAACUGCUAGGUUGGCAGGAGCAGGGACCGAGCAACAGGAGCUCACCCCGUCACGGGGAUUCAAACCGCCAAUCUUCUGAUCAGCAAGUCCUAGGCUCUGUGGUUUAACCCACAGCGCCACCCGCGUCCCACCUCUUAUUUCUGUGAAUAUUUCUGCCUUGCUGAGAAGUGGCCUUACAUGUAUCCAAAGCCAGACAGAUUUUUUUUUUUUUUGGCAAGGUUGAGGUUGCAGUAAAAAAACAAGAUUUUCUUAAUUGGCUUCCAUUGUGAUAUAGUGGUUAGAAGUACUGGACAAAUCCCUACUCAGCCAUGAAACUCACUGGGUGACCUUGGGCCAUUUACCAUAUUUCCUCCUAACCUACCUUACCAGGGGACAACCAGAUAUCUGGUCUGCACUCAGAUAGGUCCUACAUAUGAGUAGUUUAUGCAUUAAGUUUAGGAAGCGCCUGAGUGUGCUGGUUGCAUGAUGUAACUGUCCUGAAAUGCUUUCCAAGCAUUGUUUCUUUAUUAAAUUUAUAGCUUGAGUUUCGUCCAAAGAGUAUGCAUCGUUACCUCUCACCCUUCCUUUUAUCCUCACCAUCACCAUGUGAGGGUGGGAGCCUGAGAAAGACCCUGGGCCACCCAGGAAGCCUCAUGGUUGGGUGGGGAUUUGAACCCAGGUCUCCCCAGUCCCAGUCUGAUGCUGCGAUUGCUAUGCCACACUACAUAAUGAUCAAGUGAAGCUGUCUCUUGUUGCCUCUAAUUUCAGAUCCUGUUUCUGAAAUGUUGACAAGUUCGGUUUUACCUACAUUUUGAGUUGCGUUCAUUUUGUGAAAUGCCCUAUUAGGCUAGCAGUAGUGUAAGCAUUAUGCAUACAGAAAUUUGCAGAUUCUUUUAUUUGUAAAAAUACGUGCUUCUCCUUGCAGCCUCUCAUUCUCCACCAGAGCCAACGCCAACACCAAUUCCUUUAUCCCCGGAGGAACUGAAGAAGCUAGAACUGAGGCUUAAAAUGAAGCAGGAAUAUUUUGCUGCGCUGGAACAUGAAGGUAUGCAUUAAAUUUCAAUCAGGUAAAUUCAGAAACAGCUCCAUAUUUGCAAUUUAGGGAAUGCUUAAGCUGGAAAAUAGUGGGAAAGAAAGACCACGGAUUGCUUUCAAUAUUCAAAAUGCUACAGCAGCAUUUGCUUGAACGUGUUGUGGGCAUUAUGCUUAACCAUUUUUAACACUAUCCAUUAUUUACUGCCAUAACCCUGGAUAAGAUUUAAAACCUAGUGAAACCAUGUUGUAGGUUGCUAAACUAGGCCUUCCUCCAGGAAGGUGUAUAUAAUAUGACAUUGGAUAAACUUGCUUGUUAUCGCCUUGUUACCUGAGAAACUGGGGGGGCUGGGCAGGGAAAACCACCAUAACCAUGGUUUGCUUGCUGCAGCUGAAAUAUUUAAGCAUCGAUAAUGAAAUCCAUGGUUUGCAAAACCAUUUCAACCCAUGGUUUCACAUCACACUUGCAACGUUUAGGUAUUACGAUAUAAUGCUAACUAAUUAACUAACAACGGUUAAGGGAAACUAAUUUUGGCAGUAGCUUCAAGGCAGACAACUAGUAGAAGUGAAUGGCCACAAAUACAUUUAUCCAAUUAUUAAGACAAUUUUAACCCACCAUUCACUGGAUGACCUCAUGGUGGAAUUAUUUAAAGCAGUAGCAAGCCAACAAAAUGAAAAGUAAAGUAUAUAGAAUAAUUAAAAAAUUUAUUCCAACAUAAAGCCACAACAGUAAAGCAGUGAAACUAGCAUCCUGUGCAAGCCCAGCAAACACAUUUUAAUCUGGCGCCGGAAUGUCAGCCAUGUUAGUGCCUAUUAAACUUAUGGGGUGAGACCAUUACACAAUUGUGGAGCAAUUUAGGUGACUUUAAAAGCAGAUUAGUGGGGGCCCUGCUGGCCAUGGAGUAAGCAGCAGAGAGCUCCCAGAUAAAAUAUUUUAAAAGAAGAUUCCUCACUUUCUAUUUAUUUUUUAUUAUUACUUUGUUUAAAAUAAUAUAAUAAAAUAAUAAUGCAGAUUAGACAAAUUCCUGGUUGUUAAGGCUGUCCGUGGCUGCUUGUCACUAAUGAUGGAAAUAUACUAUCUACAGGAUCCAAAGCAUUGUGCCCUAGAAUACUGGGGAACAACUGUGGGAGAUGGCUAUGGUGUCUAAGUCUUGCUUAGGGCUCACUAUAGGCAUCUGGUUGGCUGCAGUGGAAAUAGGCUGCUGGAAAAGAUUAGCUUUCAGUCUCAAUCAGCAAGUCUCUUCUGUUCUUCACAGGACUCUUACUUGGAGCAGCCCAGCUUUUGUAGACCCAUCGGAUCAGACUGCCAGUUUCCCAAAUAAUGCCUAAACCUAACGCUUGAUUGCCAGACCUGUAAAACAGUGUUUGUAUUCUUACUUGUUCUUAAACAAUUUCUUAAAACAGCGGAGGCUGCAAAAUCUCGGCUUGAGCUGUUGAAAGCCAAAGCACUCGCCUUCACUGAAGAUCUGCAAACGAAAGCAGAAGUAACAUACAGGAACAUGGAAAAAUGGCUUGGGGAGAGGUUCUUGGCUGAAAUGGCAAGGUAAUGGUUAAUUUUGAUGAAAGCAUUAGAAUAAUGGAAUCAUUGAACUGUAGAUUUGGAAGGGACCCCGAGGUAAUGUGGGAGGUUUUAGGAGGAAAGAGGAAUUUCGUGCAAGCCUCUACAGGAGCAGGUGAGGUGGUGUUCAGGUUGGAGUUGCACAGAGGCGCACUCAAGGCCAAUCUGGGUAUUCUAUUAUAUUCAAAAUAUUCCUUAUAUUCUCCUUCAUUUGUCUACAUGGAAGAAACCCUGCCUGAUCUUGAUGUAUAUACUCAUUUAGUAUAUUUUUCAAUCUGUUAGCUAAUACGUUUGCAAACAACUUGUAAUCAUUGUUUAACAGAGAAAUAGGCCUAUAGUUUUUAAUUUGCAGCAAAUCUGAAUCUUGUUUUGGGAUUACUGUAAUAUAGGCCUCUUUCCAUGUUUCUGGGAUUUCACCUGUAAUCAACUCAAGGCCAGUUUGGUGCCCUUGCCUGGCAUCUGCCACCACCUCGCUGCUCCCCCUUCUUCUCUCAAUAAGCAACAUUUCUGCAGAGAAGCUAUUGCUGUGGCUCUGUGUCACACCAGACAAGCUGCUCCUGCUGAAGCUUUUUAACCCCUCUGCCACUGUUUCUUAAAUGUGUAUCCUUACAGUGUCGACAAAUUAACCGAGGUUGCCCGCCACCACAUCGAAACCUCUACCAAGAUCCAGUACGAAUUAGUUCUGGAAGGCGUAGAGUUUUACAUUAACGGUGAUGUCAAAGUCUUUCCAGAUCCUCUUCCUCCACCUCGUCCUCCAUCGGUCGAAAUGCCUACAAAUGGUACUUUAACUAUUUCGCAGCUUAGCACGCUUCAUAAGCAGUUUCUGCAGGUGGCACCUAAAGGUAAGAAAUCACCUCCUACAUAUGGUUGUUUUCAAAAAGUUAUUUAUUUAUUGUUUAUUUCCCCAAAGUAUUUGUAUCCUGUUCUUCACACACUCACACACACACACACACACAGACAGACACACACCAAGGCUUACACACAGAGUGGCUUAACAGCGAUCAAUAACAAGAUGAUCUCUGCCAUUAAAUACUGACUUGAGAUAUAAAGCUACUAACAGUUUGAUAUCCCUGCUAGCAGUAAUUCUGGAACUUCUUUCAAUGGUGUGUUCCAGUAUAUGGAAAUGCUUCUUUCAAUUAUAACUAAGUGCAGCGUCAAAACACACUCAUGAGCCAUGCAGGUUACCUCAUACAUCAACAGUCCUCUCCUAUACAUCAGGCUUCCUCAAACUUGCCCUCCAGAUGUUUUGAGACUACAUCAUCCCUGACCGCUGGUCCUGGUAGCUAGGGAUCAUGGGAGUUGUAGGCCAAAAAUAUCUGGAGGGCCGAGUUUGAGGAAGCCUGCUCUACAUCAUGGGUCACCGAUGUGGGGCUUUCCCUGGUGUCUACAAUGUCCCAUCCUCUGGCUAUCCUCCUUCUUAAAUUACUCUGGAAAGAUUCCUUCCUUAGCCAAUAUAAGACUUUUUACAGUCUGUUUGUGGCACUGGGAGCAAUUGGGGCAGCAGUAUUACAGUUGAGGAGGGGAGAGUUGUGGCCUGCAUGUUGCACUCACAUCAGUUUAUCCACUUUGCAAAUGUGCCCACAGGACCAAGAAGUUUGGCAACCCCUGCUGUACAUGUUUACUUGGGAGUAAGCCCUACUUUGCUUUUUUAGCGCUUUCUCCCAGGAAAGGUUGAGUAGGAUUCCGAGCUACAUUUAGAACAUUACUUUUUUAAAAGGUUGUUAAUUGAGCAUUCUUCCUGAUUUGCUUUGCACAGUCUGUGCAGGGAGGUCAGGCGACAUCAGCCUGGAAGCAGGCUGUAAAAUGUGCUUUUUCUGAACACGUAGAUAUGCUCUUAUAUAUUGACGCUGACCUGGUAACAACUUACCAUCAGCAUUAGCAUCAAAACAUCUAUCCUGCCUUCUUCCCAAAGGAGACUGUGGUCUAUUAAAUGGUUUACCAACUCGGUGCCCUCCAGAUGUUUUGGACCACAAUUUCUAUCAUUCCUGAUAGAAAUAUUACUGGAGCUGACAGAAUGGCACCAGGUUGGGGAAUGCUGGUCUGUAGCAAGCUAUCUGGAGUAAAGGUAAAGGGACCUCUGACCAUUAGGUCCAGUCGUGACCAACUCUAGGGUUGCGGUGCUCAUCUCGCUUUAUUGGCCGAGGGAGCCGGCGUACAGCUUCCGGGUCUUGUGGCCAGCAUGACUAAGCUGCUUCUGGCGAACCAGAGCAGCGCACGGAAACGCCGUUUACCUUCCCACCGAAGCAGUACCUAUUUAUCUACUUGCACUUUGACAUGCUUUCGAACUGCUAGGUUGGCAGGAGCAGGGACUGAUAAUAAUAAUAUAAUAAUAAUAAUUUAUUAUUUAUACCCCGUCCAUCUGGCUGAGUUUCCCCAGCCACUCUGGGCGGCUCCCAAUCAAGUGUUAAAAACAGUACAUCAUUAAAUAUUAAAAACUUCCCGGGAUAGGGCUGCCUUCAGAUGUCUUUUAAAGAUAGGAUAGCUGCUUAUUUUCUUCACAUCUGAAGGGAGGGUGUUCCACAGGAUGGGCGCCACUACUGAGAAGGCCCUCUGUCUGGUUUCCUGUAACCUCACUUCUCGUAAUGAGGGAACUGCCAGAAGGCCCUCGGCGCUGCAUCUCAGUGUCCGGACUGAACGACACUGAGCAAUGGGAGCUCACCCCAUCGCGGGGAUUCAAACCACUGACCUUCUGAUCUGUAAGUCCUAGGCUCUGUGGUUUAACCCACAGCGCCACCUGCGCUAUCUGGAGUAGCCAGAUGCAAAAGUGGGCAGGUGUCCUGCACAUUUUGAUAGUUGUGAGGAAGGGGGGAUUUCUGUAGCUAUAGUUCACCAUGCAAGCUGCACCUGCUGAAAAUUCCCUCUUCCACUCAACUAUUAAAAAGUUCAGGAGCCUUUUCCUUGUUUGUAUCUGACCCAGCCUAAAGCUAUCAGGGAGUAGAUAUUUAGUAUCGGUCAAAGACAGCCUUGCCGCUCCCCACGCCAAGCCCUGUUGAUAUAAUCUCAGCUCUAGAUUUAUUUGCAUAGAGGUCCUUCUCCUCCUUGCUUGCCUCCGACUUGAUACACUGUUGUACCAUCUGAACUAGGAAUAAGAGAUCUUCUGACAUUUUUAUAUGUAAGAACACUAUAUGCCUUUGCAGACCCCUUCAAAAGUACUGCAUGAACAAGCAGAAAGGAUUUGUAGAGCUUUGCUGAAUAGUAUCAUAUAGGAAGUCAGCAGAAAAAAGGGAAACGGUAGAAGGAAACUUACAUUCUGUGUACCAAAUAGUAUUUUGACUCAGAAUCAACCAAUAUCUGUGGCUUCAGAGUACUUUUAGCCACAAAAGGAAGAUUAGAUCAUACAGAGAAGCUUAGCUAGCAACAUGGAAAGCACCCAGAUUUGCUUAAGAGGCCAACGGCCUUGUUACUGAUUCUUCCUAUAGGAAAGAAAAUGGCAUUAAGUGGAACAUUGACCAUCUUAAUAACGUGUUUUUUUCCUCAGGACAUUUCCAUUGCCUAGGAAAGAUAACCCUUCUGGCCUCUUACAGAGCACAGUUGCAGCAAUUAGUACUCUUGGUUUUUUGCUUUGCCGUUGGUUUUCAGUUUGAUGCUGAACACACUCUUAAUUAGAAUUGUUUGGACUUGUUUGCAGUGGAGUCAAUUAACUCCCGCCCCCAGGAUUGAUUUGGAUUGGAAUCGGUACUUAUGGGCAAAAGUGGAGAGUGCUUGGGAAGUUGUCUUUUUCUGAGAAUUUGAAAUGGUAGAGACAUUAUGGUUGGGCAAACCAAUGGAGUGGCUAGGGUAUUAAAGGAAAUCCAGCCAAGUGUUCAAAGGUGCAUUGUCUGGUGCAUUGUCUUAAAAAGGCUUGAAAGGCAGCACUGAAGAGCACCAGCCACUCUCCUGCAGUCUUCAAACACCAUUAGCUGAUGACUGCUGCUGCUUCAGAAAUGGUGGAGGGAGUGCUCUCUCUCCCCUGCACCAACCUCCACCUACAGCAGCAAAAUGGGGGGUGGGAUUUCAGGGGGGGCUCUUGUUCUUCCUAGCCUCACCUCUUUUCCUUCCUUUCUUCUUCCCUAACAUCCCUGACACCUGGAAUGUUGGGGGAGGUAGUUCCUGUGAGCAACUAACGUUGCAAUCUGUGAAAAUUGCACCCCCCAGUGUUCAAGGCACAGGGUAGGGAGGAGGUGGAACAGAGAUAGGAGGAGGGAAAGGGAGAGUUCCUGGCUGUGUUGCUUUUGCUGCUGGAUCAGCAGUCAUAUGGGUAGAAGGGAAUUCUGCAGUUGGGGUUAAAACCUGAGCCGGAGAAGAAUUUGGAGGUUUUAGUGCUUGCCUCAUUUUUAAGGUGAACCUAAUGAGUUGUUGAGGUUCAUAUUCAUAGGUUUGGUAAUGUGUCUGUCUGUGACUUACUUCCAAGUAUGUGAUCUUAGCCACUUAGGCUACUUAUUCAUGCCUAUCUUUGGUUGUGUGCAACCACAACAAUAAUGCAUCCUAAUACUGAGUUAUAUUUAAAAUAUUUAUAGCCAUAGCAGCACUGAAACAAUUUAAAAGCAAGAAUAUAACUCCAGGCAUCCAAAAACAACCAGGAAAGAAUCACCAGUUUCAACAAAUAUGGCUGUCAAAGUACCCUUGGCUAAAACAUGACAGUGAGAGGGGCACCAUGUACUGUGCUUUGUGUCGGAAACAUAACGUGGAUUUAGGGGAGAAAACACACAAUUUUUGUUCUGGGACUGAUGACUUUGUACUUGAAUUAGUCAACGACCACCACAACAGUGAAGCUCAUGCAUGGGCUACCUGUAUGGAAGCAGCCAGUGGCUCUGUCCCAGACACAGCUACCACUGAGCAGAUGUUAAAGAGCAUGAGCAAAACAACCUUAGGAAGAAUAGAAAACCUUUUCAGAACAUGCCACGCCAUUGCCAAAACUGGACGCCCCAUCACAGACCUGGACUGGAUGUGUAAACUGGAUGAUAUGAAAGGAGUGGAUAUUGGUUCCAUAUUUAGAAAUGACAAGGCAGCAAGGAUCUUUAUUCAUUUCAUUGCUGAAGUGGAACGAAGAGCCUUGAAAGAGAAAUUAGAAAAAUGCAAGUUCUUCUCACUCAUUAGUGAUGGCGUUACAGACAGCACAAUAAGAGAAGCUGCCCUGGUGUACGUACGUUUUGCACUCCAAGGGAAGAUCCACUGCCAGAUUGUUGGAGUUCAGUCAGUAGACAAACGUGAUGCGGCUGCUGUGAAGAAUGCCAUUGUGCAAACAUUACAGACCAGUUUGCAGCUCAAUUUGCCAAGCCAAGACUGGGCAAGAAAACUUGUUGGCUUCGGAAGUGGUGGUGGAGACAUUAUGGUUGGACAAAGCAAUGGGGUAGCUAAACUGUUAAAAGAAAUCCAGCCAUGUGUUCAGAGUGUGCAUUGCCUCGUGCAUCACCUUGAAAUAGCUUACAAGGCAGCACUGAAAAGCACCCAACUAUACACCAUUCUAACAGAGCUCUUGCAAAACAUGUACUACUAUUAUAACUCUCCACUGAACAAAAACGACCUCAAGCUAGUCUAUGAAGAUCUCAAUCUGAGAACAUCCAUUCCUUCUCGAAUUGGUGGUUCACGAUGGCUUCUUCGCCUACAGACAGCUCUUCAGAUCCUUCUGAAAGGAUACCCAGCAUUUGUCCUACACAUGAGUAAGGUAAAGGUUCUUUAAAACCAAGCAUGAUUUGAAGAAAUAAUAAGUGAAAACCUGUGUUUGGUCAUUGCUCUACUGACUUGUUUUUCUUGCAUCCAGGUAGAAGAAGAACCAUGUUCCUCAAAUCACCAGAAAGCCAAAGACCUCUUAAAGCUUCUUCUGAAAACAGACAUUGUCAAGUUUUCUCACUUUUUGCUUGAUGUCAUUAACGUCCUCAACAUCCUCUCCCGCGUCGCCCAGGAUCAGAACUCUUCCAUCGCAGAUGUGUUCGCAACAAGCCAGUCAACACUGGAAACACUCCAAAUGUAUCGAGCAAGGUUGUAUAUGCUUAACCAAAACUGUAUAUUAACUGGAUGUAUCCAAAUCAAAGGCACACAGUACAUUCGUUAAAUGUAAUAUUUUUUCAGAUCGGGGCCAAGGGAGCGUCUGGUGGAGGCCAUCACACAUUUUCAUGGUCACCAGCUUGUAGGAGAUGGUGACAUAUCAGCCAUCCGGAUAGAAUUAAUAAGCAAUCUUUUGAAGCAGCUGCGCGAUUGCUUCUGUGAUGCUAGCGAAGAUGUUUUGAGAGCAAGUGCUAUUGGAAGUUUUAAGCUGUGGCCGGACAAAAUUGAACCAGGUACAGAAAACCAGACUACAUCCAAACGGAUUGUUUCUUUCCGAAAUGCAUGGGUGGUUUGUUUGCUUUUAAAAUUAAUAUUCAACCUCUUGCAGAAUUUGGUGAAGUGGAAGUGUCGGUCUUGACGAAGUAUUAUGAGCUGGUCCUGGAAUGUGCCAACGUGAAGGUUUAUGAAGUGGAGACCGAAUGGAACAUGUUAAAAGCAGAGCUGUAUAAUAGGUAUAAUAAAUAACAAGCAAGAUGACAUGAAAUUCAAAUGAAUUUUCUGAAUAUGUCAGUGGGAGAAACACAUUUAGUAACAGUUGUUAUCCUUUCUAGAUAUCAGAGCAUCCGGAGAUUGACAUGGGAAGCAGUGAACACAGAUUAUUCUCAUAAAUAUCCAAACAUCUUGACGCUGGUAGAUCUUGUCUUGACGCUACCUGCCAGUUCUGACGAGGCAGCACGAGGCUUCUGUCAGAUGAAACUUACAAUGAUGAGGCUACGUUCAAAGCUGGUGUUUGAAAGCAUGACCGAUCGCAUGGUCAUUCUGAUGAAUUCUCCAGAUAUCAAGAAGUUUGACCCCCAAAAGGCUAUCCAAUUGUGGAAUAUUUCCUCACAAAGGAAUAGGAGACUACAGGCUGAGCAGGGCGUGGUCAACCCUGAGACACCAGAUUGUUCAUCUGACUCUGAAUGGGAAAGGGAAAGGGAAAGCUCAUUUGGAAGCUAUUAGAUGUGAAACACUCUCUCCAGCUGUCUCCUCAAAUAUUUUUAAUAAUGUCUGUUGACUUUUCCUUUCCUCUUCUUUUCUUUUCUUUUCUUUUCUUUCUUUUUUUUCUUUGGUAACUAUUUACUGGACAAUUUCUAUUUAUUUAUUUAUUUAUUUAUUUAUUCAUUCAUUCAUUCAACCAAAAUUUAUAUACUUCUUGAUUAUAAUGGAACAUCUAAAAGCACAUAUAAUGUGUCAUGAAACUAACACAUGCAUUUAGAUGGGAAGGGAGAGAAAUAAGAAGUAUAUCUUUUGGAAAAGCUGUAAACUGUAUAUUUCUUUUCAAACUGCUUGGUAUUUGUCAGAAUAUGCUUAUCAGGUAUUACUUUUGAAAUAUGUGGUAUUGGAUUGGCAUAUGAAAUUACCAAGUAUCAUUUUUGUCUAUAUGUGUGUGUGUGUGUGUGUGUGUGUGUAUGGUUCAUUUUUAUAAAUUGAAGUGUACGCUCUUGACUCCUUGAUGGAACUUCAUAGUCUUCCUUCUUUCUGUUAAGCUGCUAUUAAAUUGAUUUUAAUUUAUCACUGUCUUUCUAUGCGCUUGGAAUUUUCCAAUAUAUUUAUAGCAAGUGUUUAGGAAUAUUAUGAUUCUGGCUAGAUACUGAACAAUGAAAACAAUAAUUUGGAAUAACUGUUUAUUAUCCUGUAUUGUAUUACAUAAAUUAUUUUAUUCCUGUUAGGGUUAUUAUGGAUAAGCAAUUAUUUGUACUGUUUUUACUGACCUGAUUUCCUGUUCAUUUUCAUUCUUCUGGAGAUUUGACAUGUAAAAAUAAUUGCCUGUGGGAGGGAAAUAAGGGUUGAUUCCCUCAAUAAUUUGGACUUCCAAAAUUGUUCCGAAGAGUCACAGUAUUCAUUCAUGCAUUUCUUCAUUCUUAAUUGCCGCAACUGUUCUACUUAGUGUUUUACUGGAUUAAAAACAAGCAAUGGAAGAGAACACUUUUUAUCAAACGCCUAACUACGAAGGAUGCCAAGACACUUAAUUUUUAUUAUCUGCAAAAUAACAAGAGAAAAGAAGAGAUGAGACUUUCAGUGCCAGCAGAAACAUGCAGAAUGAAAUAUCUUUGUAGUAAAAAUAAGUUGAGGAUAUUGCCUCCUUUACACAUCAAGGAUAUCACCUGCGGAUAAGACAUCUUAAAUGUUCCUGGUUCUAGAAGGUAUCACAGCAUCAUCUCUUGUACCUUGAUGCUUUCAGAUUCAAUAGCUGCAGCCAUAGAUGUAGAACGCCACUGCUUUUGAAUGCAUGCGUAGCUUGAUUAACUGGUUGACCAAUGUAGAGCUUGCUAAAAGUAGUCAUGGCCCAAGAGGUCAUUGUGCAUUAUCUAGCAGCAGUAAAGGAACAAACCCAUUUCCCUUUUCCCUCCAUAGUCAUUACUUGGCAGAGGUAGCUAAGAAGACAGAGAAGAAUCCAUGGGGCACAAAUUGCAUGGGUGCCCCCAUACCUUUGUUUUUCAACUUGUUUCGCAUAGUGAACGUCCGUACAAAUACUGGUUUCCACUUAGAUGCACUGUAGUCAAAUGACUGUAGAGAAAUACAUUCUUAAAAUUUAUAAUUUUAAAAGCGCAUACUUUUAACACAUUUUAAAAUGUAUAACAUUUUUGUGGAUGACAGUAAUAGUACCCAAUUUAUUAUCAUUUCUCUCAUGAAAUCAUUGCAUUGCUUUUUGCAUUGGGUGGAAAUCCACUAUUAUAAUUCUUAAGUUGUUAUUCUAUAAACUGCUUGGCUCAAGCGUCUAUCCGUAGUUUCUAAAAGCUGUGCUGCAUGGGAGCGUCUCUUUUUUAAAAAUAGAAAUAGAAAUAAGUUUACAUUAUUUACUUGUAGCAGCUUGUAUUCCUCUGCAGACAUCUCAUACUUCCUCUAAGGAUCCACUGUACACAUUGCCGGCUUUCAACUUUAAUUAUAUGAAAUGACAACUUGCCUAAUUUGGAUCAGAUCUCCCCCAACUUUAUUUCAUGUAUAUCCCACUUUUCCUACAAGACGGUCAAGGCCUCCUUCCGCUUUAAUCCCCCCUGUGUGGUGGGUUAAGCUAAGACUGGCCCAAUGUCACUCAAGUCAUCUUCAUAGUUGAAUGGGAUUUGAACCCAGUUCUCCCUGGAGUUAGGCUGGCACUCUAGCCACUACAACAAACCCCCUGGGCUCAUGACAAAACAUAGGCUGCUGGCUGCAGUAUCUAACUGGCAGGCCACAUUUGACUUGCUGGGUCACAAGCCAAGACCAUUUUGAUCAGAAUUGUCUGCACUAACUGGCAGAACCUGGGACCUUCUGUAUGCAAAGCAGAUGAUCUAUCACAGAGUUGUAGGUCUUCCCCAAAUGGUCACCCACAAUGCAGAAUAAUGCGAUUUUCAUAAGCUGCACAUUUUGCAGUUCAAGUACUGUCUCAGGUGCCUAUAAGAAAAAACAUGCAGGCAAGCAGCUCAAUCCUACAUAUGCCUGCUUGGAAGUCGGAAGUCAAUGGCAAUGUAUUCAGCAUGGCCUACUCUCCAAAUAGUUGUGCACAGGAUUUGCCUUUAAGCAUGGCUGCAUUUCAUACAAGUUCCCAUCAUUAGCUUCGUACCUCUGCAAUGGAUCAGGCAAAACAAAAACAAAGAAAAAACUGCUUUUUUGCAUUACAAAGUCAGGAAAGACUCAAAUUAAUUUGCACAGUGCUAUACAUACAUUUUCCUAUCUGAUUUUAAGAACCAAUUAUCCUGCAGUUCUAAAGAAAAAAGAAAUUAGAAUCGUAGACACAGUGAAUGUUCAUUGACACACUGGGGCUUACUCCUGAGUAAACAUGCGUAGGAUUGUGCUUUCAGUUUCUUAUUGUAUUAUUAUUGAGUAAAUUGUACAGCGUGUAUGGCUACACAUAGAAUUUUUGACCAAAAAAAGCCAUGCUGCGGUGUGGAAGUGCAAUUACAGUGUGCAAUUACAGUCUUUGUGUAAUUGGGAGAUAAAAACGAGAGGUAGAUGUGAUAUGCCUCAGCAGGAAAAGUCAGAUUUUAAGAUUACGACAGAUUUUAAACUGUUCAUAUCAGUCCCAAUGAGAUACUUUUCUUUUGUCAUUUGUCCAGGUUUAAUACCAAGCAAAACGUUCAUUGACAUUGUUUAUGACUUGAUUACUUUGAAUCUUGGCUCAAACUCGCUUCCUGAUGCUUGGCUACACCUCUCCAUUUAUGAUGUGAGUGCUCACUGUGUCCGCUAUUCCUGUGAUUUUUGACAGUCAUUUGCUGUGUUGACUAGAUGUACAAUUGAGAUGCUUACAAUUUUAAAUGGAUGCUUACAUUGCUAGAAUAGGAUACGUGUCUUUAUUACAGAAUUUAUAGCCUUUGGGGGCUAAUGGCCUUACGAUUAAAAAAGAAAGAGGUAAAAUACAGCAAAGACAUUUUUAAAUGUAACUACAUUAGCCAUCCACAAAACAAUAAAAUGUAGUUAGCAUAAAAAGAAUGACUAUGGAAGCAAAACAGAUUGCACUGCAUACAUCUCUUUUGUUUACGAAAUUGAUCAGGUACACAACAGUACUAGUGAAUAAACCCAGCUUGUUAUCUGCAAAGAUAUGUUCCUGGCUGCCAUGUCAAUUUGUUGUAGCCGCUGAAAAUUUCUUCCUCCCAAAAUCCAAUACUUGUAGGCAAAAUUGAGGAGGCUUGUUGAAAUCAUAGAAUUGGAAAGGACCCAAGGGUCAUACUAGUCCAAUCCACUGCAUAGCAGAAACCUCAGCUAAAGCAUACAUGACAGAUGGCCAUUCAACCUCUGCUUAAAAACCCUCAAGGAAGGAGAGUCCACAACUUCUCGUGGGAGCCCAUUCUGCUGUCAAACAACUCUUGCCACCAGAAAGUUCCUCCUGAUGUUUCGUUGGAAUCUCCUUUCCUGUAACUUGAAUCUAUUGGUUUUGGUCCUACCCUCUGGAGCAGGAGAAAACAAGCUUGCCCCAUCUUCUAUUUUGGCAGCCCUUUAGAUAUUUGAAGAUGGCUAUUGUAUCUCCUCUCAGUCUCCUGUUUUCCAGGCUAAACAUACCCAACUCCCUCAACCAUUCCUCAUAAGGCUUGGUUUCCAGACCCUUGAUCAUCUUGGUCAACCUCCCCUGCACACUUUGCAGCUUGUCAACAUCCUUCUUCAGAAUUCAUUUUGUAAGUUUUGGCCCAAUUCUCCAAUUUUCUAAGGGUCAUCCUGAAUCCUGACUCUGUCUUCUGCAGCAUUAGCUACCCCUCCCAGUUUGGUGUCACCUGCAAAUUUGAUCAUCCCCUCAAUUCCUUCAUCCAUCAUUUAUAAAGACGGUGAACAACAACGAGCCCAGAACAGAACCCUGUGGCACCCCUCAUCACUUUUUCCAGGAUGACAAGGAACCUUUAGUGAGCACUCUUUGAGUUCAGUCAGUCAACCAGCUUCAAAUACAUGUCUGCAUUCAAAUGCUACCUUGCUUUCUGCUGGAGCACUGUCUCAUGUCACAAAGCAGAAGUCCUGUGUUGAGACGAGGCAUUAAAAUGUCUCUUUUGAAAAAAGUUCCCUGCAAUUGAUGUCAUGGACUAUAUUUCUGCCCAGUCUCAGCUUUCUGUUUGGGGAGCAGUCAGUGAUUUUGAAGCCAAAGGAUUCUUCUGUCUGUAUAAGAUACACAGUCCAUAAAAUGGCCCUGCCCUUAAUUACCCAUUCCACUUACUUUUACUGUGUUAAGUAAACUUGUGUAUUUUUGGAUGUUACAGUUGCAGGGCCUGGCAGCAGCGUUAACAGUGGACUCAGACACUGUGGACUGGCGUAUAUUCUUGCAAGCAGCUUCCCAGCCUUGGCCUCUGCCCUCAGUGACAGAGCUUCUUGAAACACUGCAGAGAUUCCAGGAUGUGGAUGUAGAUGGAUCGGGCUUUGUCACAGAGGAAGAAUAUGAUCAGGUCCCAAUUCUUUCUUCUCUAAAGUUCUAUUUUUGUGGCUGUGAGUCCCAAUGAAACCAUUGGGACAAGCAGCCAGCCAGUCUUCACACCCUGUGGGCCACAAGCCCUGAUUUGGGGUGGAGGGAAAAUUCAGUUCCGUUCACAUUUAAAGCCCAGUUUACCAAAUUUUCACAAUAUGGAAGCCAAAUCACAGGCUUCCUUCAAAACUCGCUCUUAUCUGAAUUUUGCAGUGCCAUGCUACAAGCACACAGUGUUCACAGACAUGCAUACACCAGGGGGAAAUGUGCAAAAAUAUCAAGGUAUUGGUGAAAAUAGCAUAGCAAAAUGCAUUCUGUUAGGAGACAUUGUUUGCAAAGAUGUGGACAAUAGUCAAAGCUGCAUACAGAAAUGUGUUUUUGGGAAGAAAUUUGCUCUAAAGUGCUAAUGAAGUUUCGUGAGGAUUUUAAAAACAAAACAAAACACAAAUUGUUUCAGAAAUGUGGAGAACUAAACUUAAGAUAGUAAAAAUGAGAAGUGGAGAGAACCAAAACUGGCAGCUCCUUCUGCCCCUCGUCAUUCACGCACCAAUGUGGUUUUUAAUUUCAUUUUAGCCAACACAGGCCCAUCCACCCCACGUCCUAAGUGUAAGGCCAGUGUACCAACUUCAGAGCAAGCCUCUCUGAACACAGUGAGACUUCUUUCCAAGUAGACAUGCAUAGGACUGUGUUGUAAAAGUGGCAUGUGGUUCAGAAAUGACAUAGGCUGGCAUGUGUGCGUGAAACGAAUCAGAAGUGCAUGUCAGCUUCAAAACAUUUCAUAAAUUAAAUUACUUCAAAUUAAACAUUUCAUACCAAAUUAUUUCAGGUCAGUUUCAUGUGGUGCUCCCUUGCCUUUCCUUCAGAAGUGCAUGAUGUGGCUGGGGUAGGGUUCUGUAGAGUACCUAUCAUCCUAGCACUGUAGUAAUUUAUAACAAAUAGGUUGGUUUUGCUUUCCAGGGAGUGAGGAGCAUUAUUGCAUUCCCUGUAAGAUGUAUCAUAGUCAUCCCAAAAGGCUAAUUCCUGCAUCUUCUCCCAAGAUCUUUUGACCCAUGGGAGGGAACAGCUUAGCGGAUGUGAGGAAAAGUGGGUCUGGAGGGACAGAUGAGAUGCUAAGUCCUGUGUCCUGCUCCCCCACCUUUCUGCACUCAGCUUCCUAGGUGCCAACCCUGGGCAGCUAAUGGCUCAUGCCUGUGUUUGCUGCUCUCUGCUGCCAUUAUUCAAUGGCAGUACAAAGGCAACUUUUCACUAGAAGAAGGAAAAGCAAACCCCCAUCAUGUGGCAACACAUUUCACCAGAAAAAGGAAAAGAAACAGUCGCCACUAGGGAUGGAAAAACCACAAAGAGAUGCUGCUCUCAAUAUUUCACCCACCUACGCAGAGUUGUGGUAUUUUGCUCAGCAGCAAAGAGACUAAAAACAUACCAACAGCUCCAGAGUCAACACAGGAAGCUAGGUAGAACAUCCUUUGGUUCAGUAUCUGGUAUCAGUUCUCUGAUCUUUGGGCUGGUAAAUCUGAGCGAAACAAGAAAAAUGUGUAAGUGAUGUUGUUUUUGAGCAAAAAUGUUUUUAAAAAAUCUAAAUCCACCCAUAAAAUUUGGUUACUUCCCAGUUGAAAUCCCACAAAAGUCCAUGAGGCUAAAAUAAUAUGAACAGGGUUUUCUAGCUUACUGGGGCUGUGAAUGGAGUUGUGGUGCUUCUGUUCCCAGAUAUUGACAAGAAAAAGAAUGUUUUUAUAUACUGAAGAUAUAUACUGAAGUUAUAUACUGGGUUUUGCCUCCCAUGUUAAGUAUAAUCUAUAGACUUGCAAAGAACCCUUCUGACAUAGGUAGCUUUCAAGUCAACUGCUUUCGUUUUCACCAUAGAACGGAUUGAUGCUGGAGACAAACUGUAAUCAGGUUUUCUUUUCAGAGACUUGAAAGUGUUAUACCAAGCAGACGCAUCUUUUCCUGUGGUGUAAACAUUCAUUUCUUGGGUCAGAGAAGCCUGAAACACUGCAAAACUUCUAAAUGAACAUGAUACAGGAAUGAGUGUGCACACACCAUUCGCAAAAAUGCCUCCAUGAUGCACCCUUCAGCUCCAUUGCUGCAGCCAGUGACGAAUCACAGUUUCUGGGCCUAGGACAAGCUUGUAACAGGGCCCCAAAUCCCCAUGUCUGCUUUUAAAAAUAGGGUUGAUUUGUACCCUUCAGCUUCUUUAGGUCCCUUUGAUUAAGCCUGUUGCCCAAUGCAUACCUGAUUUGUGUUUAUAGCCAUAGUUGACAGUACAGCAUGUAUGGAUAUAGCUUUUCACAACUACUCUGUAGUCCAGGCAACACAAGGCAAAAGUUGGGUGUGAAGGGGAGAGUGGGAGAAGAAACUACAGAAUAUGGGUAUAAAUUUGUUGAGAGGCAUGUUGAGGUAACGCAGGGGGAAAUGCUAAAGAAAAAGCUUUCUCCACUUAGAGGAAGGAAAGGGAAUCUGAAGCACACACCCCAGAUGUUGCUGGACUAGCACUCCCAUCGUCCCUGACUGCAGACCAUGUCAGCUGGGGCUGAUGGGAGAUGGAUUCCAGCUGCUCUACACACUGUUCCUGCCCUGGGAUCUAGAGCUAGUCCUUCUAUGUGCUCUGGAAACCAGAUGCCUAGCUCAUUUACUCACAUAAUUUUUACAGGCUCCAGAGUGCAUCAACAGCAUCAGCUUCCAUUUCCAUGGAGUUUUCAACAUCCCUGAUGAAUGAUGGCUGCCCUUCCUUCCUGAUGCCACAUUUUGGUGGCCACAUUCUGCACAGUAUAUGCCUACCAGAAGGAAAACACUCUGGGACACAGUUCUUCAGUGAGCAUGUCACGUAGAGCGCCAUGCCGCUCUCCUGCCUCUUGAAGUGGGCAUUGCAGGGCCAAACUAGAAGAGAAUGCAAUUCACACAAUUAGCAAUUGUGUGGAGGGCUUUUUGAAAGCAAAUUGCAACAGCGGAAGCCCAGAUCCAAAUUGGGACUUUGGUGUGGGGGACAGGAAGGGCCCUAACCCUUCACCUCCUGUUGCAGUCUUGAUCUGUACUGAACCUCCUAUGCUUGCUACUUGCAUUUAGGAUGGAGCUAUAAUAUUCACUCCAAUGGGAACUUUCCUUCUAGUCCUAAUAGCAGGGCAAGAGGGGAGCGAUAGAGACCUUAAUUGGGAACACAGCAAGGGAUUACAGUUUCCCACUGUCCAACACUAGGAUUCAGGAUUUAAAAGCCAUUCAUGCAACUGCAAAUUGUGUGAAUGGUGUCUUGUCAAAGUUUGUUCCCCAGAGUUUCCUGUACAAGUGCUUUCUUUUGUGCUUUUCUCUCAUACAGCACCCCCUAAUAACACAGGGGAACCUGGUCUCUUCUUACUAUGGUGUGAGCCCCUCCCUCCUGUUGCCAGUCAGCUAGUACAGUCAGCUCUUCUUGCCUCAUGCCUAGGAAAUGCCAGCAAAACUAAGAAACUUGCAAGACAUCUUUGCAGACAUACAUACAUACAUACAUACAUACAUGUGCACAACCACGAAAUUCUAAAACUUGUAGUUUGAGAGACAGCAAGAGCACUUUGUGUACAUGCUCCAUUGGUUCACUGUUCAGAAUGUUGCCUGUUCUGCUCUAACAUUCUUCAGAACUGCACCAGCAUUCAUGAUGAGAUUUAGAUGGCUGAUAAUAUAGCGUGCCUAAACAUUCUUCAAUAACAGCCGCUAAGGCUUAGUUUUCCUCUUAUGGUAACCGGCUUGCAUCCUGGGUCAAGCAUCCUCCCUAGGCCCCGGUGCAAGGAGUUCUGUCUGCAGAUUACUGCUGGGUGAGUAGUAGAUGAAGAAGUGACCCCAUUUCAUCUAAAACCAGCCACUGCAACUUUCUUUUUAUCCUCCUCAGCUGUUGAUUUUUUUUUUCCUGAUUUGCUUCUAGAACCAGAAUCACUGACUCAUAUUUUGAAACACAAGAAUGUUUCAUUUAAUGAGUCACUGAAGUCUUGCUGUUGCUGUAUGUGGCCUAGCAUGGAAAUCAAUUUUUGCUGCCUUUUUAAGUACAGUUUCCCCCUCCCUGGAAUAUAUCCUGCUGUUACAUGUUGGUUUUGAUAAAUACCUGCACCAGAAAAGGAGGGUGUGUGUGUAUUAACACACAUAUACACACACAGUUAUAGAUCUGUGCACACAAACGUGUUAAAAAUUUAAUCAUAAAAUCAAUUAUAUAUCACUGCACUCAAAGGAUAUAUAUCCUAGAGUGGAACAGAUGAGCCUUGAGAGAGAUUGGCAUGGUAGUCAUUAGCAACAAUGAUUAAGUGACUGGGUGACCUUAUCAACAGCAGUGCCUCCAUAUCUGCCUAAUAAGCCUUAAUACUUAAUAGCAGUUAAAAGCAAGCUAUUGCCUUGAAACUCAGCCUGCAGAUUUCCCAGAGGUAUCUGGUUACUUUGCGAAACAGGAUACUAGACUAAAUGGGCCUUUGGUUGGAUCCUCCUGGGCUUUUGUAUUAAGUUCUUAAAGUGUCCAAAGAGGGUCAUGAAUAAUAACCAUUCUUUGGGUUGUAUCCAAGUAAAUCAUUGCAUGUGCAGAAUGACAUCUGUGAAUGCAACAGAACUUCUCCUCCCUUUAUUCCUUUUAUGCACCCUGGCACCACCCCCAGAUAAGCCCCAGACCAAAUUUGAGUGGCAGAUGGAGGGAAGAGAGAGGAAGGGGAAAUUAUGUUGAAACUUGUGAAAGUUGUUCCAUGUACAUUCAAUGAUUUGGUUGGAUAGAACAUUUUAUGUCCAGGUGACCAGAAUGGUGAGAAGAAUAGAAAUCAAGUACUACGAGGAAAGAGUUGAGGAAAGAGAUUAAGAUGGAAUAAGGAAUGGUAGUUGUAUUUAAAUAUCUGAAGAGCUGCCACAUGGUAGACAAGACUUGUUCUUAGUUGCUCCAGAGAACAUGACUGGAAGCAACAGGUUAGCGGAGAAACAGAUUUGGCUAAACGUUCAGAGAAACAUCAUAAUUGUAAGAGUUGUUCAGCAGUGGAACAGACUACCUUGGUAUGUGGUGGUGGGUUAUCCUUUGCUGGAGAUAUCUGAACAGAGGUUGAACAGACAUUUCUCAGGGAUGCUUAUAGUUUUUGCCUUUUGCAUUGUGGAUCCUGCAGUAAUCAAGCAGUUUGGGCUUGUUGACUUACACAAUCCCUUCCAACUGUGUAGUUCUGUCAUUCCAGGUCGGUCUGUGGUUUAAAGGCAGUGAAGAUUUACCCGUUCCAGAAAGCCCCACAGAACCUUUUCCAUUUAACCGCCAGGAGCACCUUAUAAAAGUAAGUGUAAAAAAAAAUCACAGGCUGCAAGCCAAAUUGAAGUUAAGCACAGUUAAGACCAGCCAUUUCAGUGUCCGGGAAAUCUCAACUCAAUUUCAAAAAAAGCUCAACAAUUUGCCCCCCCCCCCCAAUCCAAGAUCUCAGGUAGAAAUGUCCUGGGUCUGUUAUCUGGAGAUACUAUGAAUUCAACUUGGAACGUUCUACAAGUAAAAUGAGUGCUCAAUCACUGAACCAUUUGCCUUCUCCAUUCUGGUCAGGCGGUGGUAUUUAACUUAUAUGUACGCCUCUUGCCACCAAAAUAAUAAUGAUCUGUUCACUGUAAGAAGCACAACGAAGGUGCCCUUUUUUUCUGCUGAGCUGUGAGAUCCUUCAUCAGGAUUGGCUUCCUUAAGAGGAAAGAGAGCAUUGCAAACUUACCUCUGGGAAAAUAUUUUUCUCUACAAAAUGUUUCACAUCUGUGUGGCUUAAAUCUCACAGGUCUGUUUUUAAUCAGCUUCUUAUCCGAGGGUAAUAGUUUGCACUGACUGGGAUGCAUAUUGGGUUUUGAUUCCAAGUUCUUUCCUGAAUUGACAAGCUACAUGUCUGACACAAAAAGGCCUGGAGAGGAUCAUAUUUUCACACUUUGCUUCCCAAAAAAUAAAAAAGACUGCCCAUUGGUUACGAAGGGCCAUAACUCAGUGGUAGAGCAUAUGUCUUGCAGUCGGAAUGUUUGAGGUAAAACCCCUGCUGUCCCCUGCUAGAUCUAGGAAACCUAUCUGCGACCCCAGAGAGCUGGUGCCACUACAGUACAGACUUAGAUCGAAUAGUGAUGUGGUUCCUUUGUUCUUUGUGUAAUUGUAUAACACAAAACUGACAGAAUUAAUAGACAAGGUAGCCCAACCAUACAAGCAGAAAGCUAAGCCAGACAUUUUAAGGUUUGUUCCAGAAUUUCCCCCCUUAAGUUUUUAUGCAUUCCUGGUUGCAGUGGCAACCACAUUGCUCCACAUGAAUGGAAAGUGAACUUCAGUAUGAAAAUACCCAACACAAAAUUGCUGCAGAUCACUAUAUGCACAUUACAACCACACAAAGUUUUCCCAGUGCAGAGAUGUUCCUCAUUGCUGAAAGACUUGCAAAGUGGAUCGGACAUUGCAUGUAUACUUGGAUAGAUUAUUCUCAUACAAUAUCCUCUACGUCAAUUAACUGAAGCAUGUUUCUUUUACAGUUUUUCUUUUCUUUAUUUGCUGAUCCUGAAAAAGACCCUCCUCAGCUAAACUACACGGAGAUGCUCCUUUAUUUUGCAUCCGAUCCUGAUUCUGUCGAUGGUGUCUAUCGGGCCCUCAGUGUCGCAACAGGGACACACAUUCACAGGGAAAAACAGGAACUCCCUCCUGUUCCCCAACGGGUAAAUGUGCUGUUGAUCUUGACAAUAAUUUAGCGUUUGCUGGUGAAAAUUGAAUCUCUUAUUCCUUAAAGCUGGGCUGUUAUAUUGUUUUCAUUUCAGUCUACACUGACUGCACCAAACUGAAAGGAGAAUGCUAAUUCUGUAGAUUUUUCACUUAAUCACCCUUUGUGUUCUGGGUUGUUUCUACACUUCCUCCUUAGUCUGGAGUUGCCAUCUUCUGCUCAUUCACUUUCUCUAGAGAAUCAAGAUGAUGUUGUUGCUGAUCCCAUUGCAUCCAGAUGAUUCCUGUGCAGUCCCUCCCAUUCCGCACUUUUUUAAAAAAUGAAAUGCAGUUUGUUCAGCCAGCCUGUCCAUUGUGGACUGGUAAAGUGCUGUGGAGGCUUUUCAGGACCGUAAAUGCCUUUAAUUAAAAUCUGCUUGCAAGCUCUGCCACCCUUUGGUCUUUUCCUGCGGCAUGUGGCAGUAGCAUUGUUGAUAAAGAGCCUUUUUAAUUACUGCUUUCCCCUGAUGUUUUUUAUUUUUUUAAGACUCUUUCUUGGAUAAUUAAAUUGUACUAUUUCAGUAAUACAGUGGUACCUUGUGUUACAUACGCUUCAGGUUACAUACGCUUCAGGUUGCAGACUCCACUAACCCAGAAAUAGUACCUCAGGUUAAGAACUUUGCUUCAGGGUGAGAACAGAAAUUGUGCUCUGGCGGCGCGGCAGCAGCAGGAGGCCCCAUUAGCUAAAGUGGUGCUUCAGGUUAAGAACAGUUUCAGGUUAAGAACGGACCUCCAGAACGAAUUAAGUACUUAACCCAAGGUACCACUGUACAGAAGAAAAGAAGAAAAGGGUGUGGAAGGAGAAACAAAUAAUGAUGUCCUGGCGGCAGAAGUUGACGCCAUAUUCCUCACUAACAGUCACUAAAGAGAUCAAAAGUUCUUUUGAUGCCUUUCAGAAUCCCACUAUAUGUGUCUGAAGGCCAUGGCAUGAUGUAGACAUCUCUUCUGCUGAGAAAUGUCAACUGCUCCACAAUGAAGCAGCUACAUUACUGGCUAGGGUUGCGUUUAGAUCUCUUUUAGAUGUCACAUAACCUCUGUUUUAAAACAGCCACACUGGCUGCCAGUUCACUUCCAGGCCUAAUUCAAGGUGUUCACAUUAGUGUUUGAAGCCUUAAACAGUUUAGGCCUCCAAUAUCUGAAAACUGCCUCCCUCCCUACAGACCUUAUUGGGUGCUAAGAUUGGCGGGGGGGGCCUCUUGGUAGUUCCUCCACCCUCAGAGGGUUGGGGGAGACUUUCCAGGAGAUGAUAUUCCCUGUGGCAGCCCCUAAAUUGUAGAACUCUGCAAAGAGGUGCAUCCAGCACUUUCAUUGUAUAGCUUCUGGAAAAUGGUGAACACACAAACACACAUACACACACACACACACACACACACACACACGCACACAUGGACCAAUCUAUUUUUUGUGGUUGCAAAUUGUUUUAAAUUGGUUUUUAUAUUGUAUUUUCAUGUUGUAAUCGCCCUGGGACCUUAGGGUGAAGGGUGGGUGAUUAAUAAUGAUAAUAAUAAUAAUGAAGAAGAAGAAGAAUAGUUACCACUAUAUAUAUAUAUUAGGAGGAAGGGAUGGUUCAGCCUGAUAUUUCUAAUCAGAUUAGUAUAAUAGAGUACAUGCCUUUCUUUAGGAACCAGUGAGAAUCUCAGUUCUGCAAUGCAGGCUAAGCUUUUCUCAAUAGACUUCCCAACAAACUUACAAAACUACAGUUCUUGGGAUCCUCACCAGUUAAACCAUUUUAAAACUAGUAUAGAUUUCUAGUGAUGGUGCCAGUCUUGAAUGUCCUCCCUAAAGAAGUGAAUUAGACCCUGGCAUUACAAAUUCACACUUGUCUGAAUUUUGCAAUGCAGCUCUACAAACACGCAAUAUUUAUGAAAAUGCAUACUGUAUUUUUCACCCUAAUGGACGCACUUUUCCCCUCCAAAAAUGAAGGGGAAAUGUGUGUGCGUCCUAUGGGGCGAAUGCAGGCUUUCGCUGAAGCCUGGAGAGCGAGAGGGUCGGUGCGCACCGACCCCUCUCACUCUCCAGGCUUCGCGCAGCUCUCCGCAAGCCGUGGGAGCCCACGCCGGGCUCCCACGGCUUGCGGAGAGUUGCCUGUUCUAGGGGCUGGGGUCGGGGGAAGCUCGGGCCCCGUGCCUGGGGGGAAAAUAAAAAAAAAUUCCUUUAUUUCCCCCGCAAAAAACUAGGUGCGCCUUAUGGGACGGUGCGUCCUAUAGGGCGAAAAAUACGGUAUAUCAGGGGAAAAUAUGUAUAUUUCAUGAAAAAAAUAAUAUGUUAGUGAAAAAGGCAUGCAAAAAUUAAUUAUAUCAGGGGAAAUUGCUCCCAAAAUGUGCACAUUAGCCAAAACUCCUUAUAAAACCUUGUUAAUAGGAGAAAUUUGCACAAAAUUCUAAUGAAUUUUUAUGAAGGCUAUCACAAAUUGUAGCAGAAGGUGACAAACUGAAUUUAAGAUUAGAAAAAUGAGAAACAGAGAGAACUGAAAUUGACAGUUCCUUCCUCCCUUAGUGGCCACCAAGCUUAAUCAUCCGAUCAUUAGCAAAGCUAUUCCAAUCUGUCACACUUUCCGUCCCCAGUAUGUUCCUUCUUCUGAGCAGCUGAUAACAAGUGACGGACAGGAUGAGCAGGAAGAGGAGGAGGCUGCUGAGGAAGGUGAAGAGGAAGAAGAAGAGAAGGAAAAAGAAGAGGAAGCUGAGUCUUUCACCAAUGAAGGAAACAUUUCUCUGGAUACACUACUCAAAGUGUUUCAGCAUGAAACAAACAAAGCUGCUGACAACCACAGAUUUAAUGGUUAUAUGAAACCAGAGGAUACUUAUGAGGUUGGUUAACUAGCAAAUGGUUCCAGUGCUUGUUUAAUUAAUCUAGUAUCCUACUCUUGUCCAGAAGCUUGUUGCAGGUAACAUGUCACUUAUUACAGUUUUAAAGAUUAGGCAGGAUUGCUUAAGUUUCGUCAACCAAUAGUAGCCCAGUCAAAACGGCCUUCUGCCGCUUCUGAAAUAUGACCAGGCUAGGGCUCUCUUGGGACCUCCAGAGAUGGGGAGAUCCAUAAAUAUAGGAAAACUACACAAACUAGUGUGUGUGUGUGUGUGUGUGUGUGUGUCAUGUAAGAUUACACAGAGUUCUAAGUAUCAGGUUGUCAAACGCUCACCACAGACAGACAGCUGGGAGCCCCUCAGGCUGAUUUUGUGAGGAAGGGCAAGGUGUUAAAUACAGAGACUUUAGUCUACCAACUUUAACCAAAUUUAAUCAAGAUGUAGUAAGAGAGUUUCCUCACAGUUUUACUUUUAAGGAAAAUAGCACAGUUACAUGUGCCCUGAAAAAAGUUGUCUCUCUCCACGGAUGUCUCAUGUAAUGGCCUUUAAUCUGAGUGUACAGUAUAGCAGCUAGCAUUGUGAGACUGGAAGUUACCAGUUCCCUGAACUUGAGCACAGGCAAGCCACAGCCUCAGACUCCUACCUGAAGCAUGGGGCUAAUGCUAAGGACCUAACGGACCUAUUGUAAAGAUCACUGGGAUAAUGCUUGUGAAGCAGUUACCAUCCUUAUGACCAUCCUCAUGGCCAAGUGUUAGACAUUUGAAGCACUCUCUAUAGUUGCUAAAUAUUUCAUGGAGCCUGACUGCCCAACAGUUGCAUAGCAAAAUAGAGUCACAGCCCCCCAGGCCACUGUCAGUAGAAUAGAGCAGUCCCCGUGGCCAUAAAGGAUGUCCAUCUCUGCUUUGCAGAAAUGAUUUGCAGCCCAGCAUCACUGCGACUUCCUAGGAUGGAGGGUAGUAGGGAGAUCAGGGCUGGCAGCUCACCAUCAGAGCCAAUCCAGUGGUCCCAUCAGUUUGCCCAAUCUCCCCAUUGCCUUGUUUUUUCCCUUGCUGGUAAUCUUCAGCAAUGCUGCUGCCAGGAAGCCAGCGCUAAGGCUCUGUCCCACUAGGGGAGCUGCUUCUGACAGCGUUCUGAUUGUUGCUUUCCAAAUGGCUACACUUUCCUAAUACAGUAAGCCGUUUGUUAUGUUCCCUUGAAGCAUUUCAUUAAGGUAUACCGGGAUCUUGGAUCCGAAGAUCUGACGCCCAUCCCAGUGGCGCUUCUUUUGCAGCACCCCUUCAUUCAAGACUUGAUUAACAGCUACCAGCAGUACAAGCUUCACGUAAGUAUCUAUUUCCCUGUAAGUACACAGGGAUCCGGAAUGUCUUGUCUUUUUCUUUUACAUUCAGGAAAUACAAAGUGCUGUGAAGUGAAAACAGACCUCUUCAUUUACAGAGUCUCUAUAUACAAUUGUAACAACCGUUUUGCUUGGAACAGGGAAGAGAGGGCAUUUACUGUGGCUAUGCUUAAUGUUCUGCAACAGGCAGCUCAAAAUUGGCAUGUGGUUUGGUGGCCCAUUUGUUCCCUUGGUUAUUGUUUCUCAGUGCCAUCGGCCCUCCUCCGCUUCCUCAUUUGCCCUCACUGACCUUCUGUGUAGCUGACAGUCGUAAUCAGCUCUUGUACCAUUCUUGAUACCAUCUUAUCAGAUAAUAGCAUUGUGACAUCAUUGACAACAUUCAUAUGAGUUAUCGCUGCUCAGUUAAAUUAAAUGGCAAUGAGGGCAAAUGUGGCAUUUAAAAACCACAAAUAUUUUUUGCAGAGGGUGUCCAGAAUUUCCCAAAACAGGAGAAAAGGUCAGGAAACUGGAGGCCAGAAUCUUCUCAUUUGGAGUCAUUACUACUUGAUGGUCAUUGGAUGUAUUCUGGAAACACACAUACAAAGAAGCAUGUCCUUUUCCCACACAUUUUCUCAUGCACCUCUCAUGGAGGUGCAUAUUCACCCACUGGACAUUCAUCUCUACCUUCGUGAGGACUGGAGAUCAAUAUAUGUAUCUCCCUCCCCCAUAGCAUAAAAUUUCAUCCCUUGCUGCUUCUAGAAAAUAUUUAAAAUAACCUUGAAGAAGACAGCUGCUAGGGAACCCUACAUUAUCUCCAAAUUUUGCAUGCAUGAUAUAUGGAACAGGAGGCUAUGAACUAACCUCCACCUUCCUCACUCUGUAUCUCCUUAUACUUACUGCUGAUAAAUGGUGACAAUCUAGCAAGUUAUUUCUUUAUAUUGUUUUGGUACCCUAGAGCUUGGGAGUGAUCAAUGGUUUUCUUUUGGUUGGGGAAGCCCACUAUGACAAAGUGUUGAGAACACAUCAUCCUAGAUAGCUCUAAAGCCUGCAACUAGUCCUGCAUGCUGGCAGUCAGGUUCAAGGUUGAAUGUCUUUACGUCAGGUUCCAAGGUGAUAGGGAUUCUGCACCCACCUCUCCCAAGACUCAUCGAAUAAACAGCAAUGCAAAAACAAAACAAAACAAAACAAAACAGAGGUUUCUUUUCAAGAAGAAUAAAACUGCACGAAAACAAACCCCAUAGAUCAGUGUUAUUCAGAGAUCACUUGUGAGAUAAAAGGAGCAGAUGCUAACGGGUGUGGUUUAUAAGGCGGCAACAUCUCCACUUGUGAAGCUGAUAGGGAACCAGAGGAGAAAGCAGCGUUGCUGAGUAAUGUCGCAUGUUGCUCCUUUGUGGAUGAAGUGCUUGCUUCUAAGCAAGACUUUGCAGCUUGUGACCCAGCCUAGAAGCGAUGUAGUUGUGGCCUUGCUGGCCGGCCUGGAGCUUGGCAGAUCCCAGGCUUUUGAAGUCCCAGGCAGGCACCACAACUAUUUAUUACCCCGUAUUAAAUAUUGCUAUCUAUGUGCAUGGCACUUUGCAGAGGGCAGGCAUGACUUGCUUCCACCCCAAGGGGCUUAUCGUCCAAGGUAGAUGCAGGGAAACAGCAGAGGAAGGUAGGAAAUGGAGUCUUAGGUGGGCAGAGGAAGAGCAGGGGCAGAGGAAGGGGCGGGGGGGCGGGCUGCCCCAGGUGUCAUCACUGAGGGGGGUGACAUUCAGCACGCUGCCCGCCCAUGACUCCCAAGCCUACCCUGAGCCGUCGGGGAAGGGGUGGAGCUGCGACGCAUUGCCGGCGGCCUUCCUCCCUUUCCCCUUUGUUUUGACUGCUCGAGGGAGGCUUGGGAGUUACGGGCGGGCGGCAAGCCAUUGCUGCCCGCUCCCGGGCUGCUUCCUGGGGUGGGAGCCUCCCCCGAGCUGUCAAAAGGAAGAGGAAAGGGAGGAAGGCUGCUGGCAAAGCAGCACAGCUCCCUCCCUCCCCGCCCAGGAAGCAGUCCGCCAUGGGCACCUCACUCCACCCCGCAUGGGCGGCUCACUCCGCCCCCGUGGGCAGCGCACCCCUGGGAUGCUCGCCCCACCCCUGUGGCCCUGCCCCUGCGUGCACAGCAUCCCGGAGAAGCUAGCACCGACUCUGAGGAAAAGUAAACUAGGAGGUGCAUCAAGCCCCAUGUUGGGCUACUUUUUGCCUUGGUGGGUCACAGUCUGUGCAGGCUUUUAAGUAUAGAGACGAAGGAUUCUAAACUAGUUAACCAAGCAGUUUAUAAUUAUUAGUAGUAGUGUUGCUGGUGGCGAUGAUGUUUUUUUUUUUGGUAUCCCACCCAUCUGAGUGGGUUAACCCAGCCACUCUGGGCAGCUUCCAACAGAAUAUACAAUAUACAAAUAUUGUAUACAAUUUUCCUGUACAUCCAAAUUCUUAGACUGUCCAUAUUACGCAAUUGCUUCAUUGGAUACAACUCGUUCUUUUUAUCAUUCAUCAUUAUUGCACACCAUAUGCAAUUCAAGACAGCUGGUCACUUGUAGUUCACCCUUUAAUUCUUUUUUCUCUCUCCAUUGCAUUGGUCAGUACAGCAGACCUUCCGUGUUAUAUAUCUGUGUUCCAGAUCAUUUUGCAAUAAUGGCCCAAACCUCUUUGGUUUCUGAGGAAUCACGUGCAUCCUGUAUAGUACAGGCAAAUAAUUGUAUUUAAGCAAGUUUAAUUGUUUGAGAUUUCACAGCAGGGCAAGUCUGAUUUUUCACUAAUGUGCCUAUUUAUUGGGUUUUUGGAAGAUAAGCUAAUGAAAUGUUGAUUGUAUGUAUCUGUCUCUUCUAGAAUCCUUGAACUGAUAAUGAUUUACAGCCCUCCAUUGGCUAACAUUUUCUUUUUAUUAGUACCAUUUGCUUCAUUUGCUAUUAACUACAGUGCUAUGAAUGCAGAGUUUUUGCAUGGGAUGUAAGCAGCACGCCUCAGUGAAACUCUUCUAUAGCUGGAGUGUGGCAUUGCUGCUGCAAUCACUGGGUAUAUCUAUGGGCUCGUCCAGACUUGCCCUUGCCCCUCCACUUUCCCCCUGGGAAACCCCAUCUUUACUGCAGAACCAGAGCAAACAUCAAUUGGGAUUUCUCCGGACUGACACCUGAGACGAUUUAUUGCCUAAAGAUUGGGUAUUCCCAAGGAAAGCAGUGGGACAAGGGCAAAAUCACUCAGAACCUUGCCUAGAAAGUGUUAAACAAAUGGAAAACCACUUGGACCCAUACUUUCUAGGCAUGGGACAAGUGGAAGUGUGGGCGAACCCUAUAUUACAACAACAACAAUAUCAAUAAUAAUAAUAAUUUACCUUUACCUUAACCCCUUCCAUCUGGAUGGGUUGCCCCAGCCACUUUGGGUGGCUUCCAACAGAAUAUUAAAAACACAAUAAAACAUCACACAUUAAAGAACACCCGAUACAGGACUGCCUUCAGAUGUCUUCUAAAAGUCAGGUAGUUGUUUACCUCUUUGAUAUAUGACGGGAGGACAUUCCACAGUGUGGGUACCACUGCUGAGAAGAGCCCCUGCCUGGUUCCCUGUAACUUCACUUCUCUUUCUCUUUCUCCAACUCUCUCCCCACCCAAUUUUUAAAAAUGGAAAUGGUUUGGUGCCCCCUGGUACAACCCACUUCUAAAUCAAGUCACAACCCACAAGUAUAAGCAAAUAGGGUUGCAUCCAUAUUUAGUCCUACUCAGAGUAGAUCUGUUGAAAUUAAGGAACUUAAACUAGUUGUGGACAUUCAUUUGAAUGGGUCCGCUCUGAGCAGGGCUAACUUUGAAUACAAUAGAUAGCUCUAUUUCAGCCCUUGGUUAAUGGCAUCACUCUUAAUGAUAUUGCUUUCAUCUUGAUACGGAGAUACAACUCAGGGAAGCGUGUCCUCUAACUGCUGAACGUUGAGGCACUCCUGAUAAGCCCUCCAAGUAUCCCCAGGGUUCCCUGGAGCUGAGUGGGGAGAAACAACAGAUCUCGUGGAAAUUUCUUAAUCCCUUCCUUCUGGGAGCUGUGAGUCACUCUGAAGGUUGUUGCAAUUCCUCAUUCUUAAGGGGCAGUUCCUUGAAGUGGCAAUUUUCUUUGAAAUCAGUUCCUCUCAGUUCUGAGUCACAACCUUUAAAAAGAGAGAGAGAGAGAGAGAGAGAGAGAGAGAGCAUUCACUGUUCUGUUCUUUCUGUGUGUCAGAAGUAGAAUUUAUUGUGCAGGUACUGAUUAAUAGAUACUGGUGUGCAAAAUCGCCUGGGCGAUAAGCUUGCCCGGGGCACACAUCUGAUGAAGGGUUAGUAAGAAAUCAGUUGUACUCUUUUGUAUCAUUUCUAGCAAAUUUCUGUGGUGUUGCAUGACAAACACACGCACACAGUUCACAUGCCCAGUUCUUUCUGUUCCACUCACUCAGUGUACAAUAGACUCCAGAGCUUUCGAUUUGUCACACAGAUACAUCCACGCCCCUCUUCCUCUGCUCUUUUCCUUUGCUCUUGCAUCCACAAAGCCAUCCUCUCUUUUCAGGGCUUGCCCAACACAUUUUGCUCCCUGAGAUAAAGCAACAAGUGGUUCUUCCCCCUUGCCAGCAACUCAAGGUGCAUAGUACUAGGGACAGAUGGGCAGCCUCCAGUUUAUACCUAGACCUUGCCUUUGGUGUGCCCCCUCCAACGAGUUAUGGAGAACGGCAACAUGUGAACGGGCCUUUUCAGUGGUGGCUCCUCCAUUGUGGGAUCCUCUCCCUAGAAAAGUAUUCCUGGCACCAUCAUUAUCAACUUCCAGGCACCAGGCUGAGACGUUCCUGUUUACCCAGGACAUUCCCCCCCCCCCUCCACUUCACUGGGAUCAUAUUCUAUGAUGACCCUGCCUGUUUGGUGUUCAUCAUUCAGGGUAGGGUUGCAUUUAUCCUUGUUUAUAAUAUUGUGGGAUGAGCACAUACAGUCAGUAAUGUUGUUUUAUGCCUUUGGGUGUUUGUUUUCCAUUCUUGUGGGUGUAUGCUUUUCUUUUCUUUUUACAAUUGUAAGUUGCUUCAAGACUUUUCUUUAAUUUUGCACAUAGUUUAGAAAACAAAACACAAUAGGGAGAACUAUUGAAUCACAUAUUGAUGGAUAGUAGAUAUAAAAAAUAUAAGUGACUAGUAUAUCUUAUACUUCACAUGAGGAAAAUAAACACAGGAAACGAGCUAAAAAGAAGGGGAAAGGUGGGGUGUGCAUCAAUAUAACUCUGCAAAAAUCAUAUCAUUUUUACAUAUUCCAUAUAUCUGCCUAGGCUGCUGUCAAGGAGUGUGGCAGCCAUGCCCUAUUCAUAACUUCAAAAAUAUCUCGCCAAACUGCCCAAAAGGCUUCUGGCUUAGUCCUACCAGACAAGUCUUACAUGUCAUGUAAGCAUUUCCUGUAUAGCUAUAUUCCUGAUGUUAGUCCACCCUUUCCCAGUGUUGGUUCUUCCACUUCUGAAUCAUUCCAAAGGCACUAAUAAAAAUAAUAAUAGUGGCUUCAGUUUUAUUUCCUCAUUUCUGCUGUCAAACAUUGAUAAUAGCAUCAGAUGGGGUGUAGGUUGAACAGAUUCUCUAAGACUAUUCCUUUAGAUUUUUUUGUAGUAAGAUGAUAAUAAUAAUAAUAAUAAUAAUAAUAAUAAUAAUAAUAAUAAUAAUACCCAGUCAGAGGCAGUGCUCUUAGAGCAGUCGUUCCCCUUUCCGUUCCCAAGAUCUAAGCCUACAUCCCUUCCCUCCCCAUUCCAUGAACAUGGCUCCUGACACACAAACCAGCCUGCUGCAUCCUUUGCCUCUUCCUACUCAACCUCCCCCUUGAAUUUUCAAACCCACACCAACGUUUUUGGCAGGCCAGGCCUCCCAGCGCCCAGCAAUGGAGCUUGACCUCGUGCUCCAGGCCAGGUUCCUUCUCCACUUUCCAUCCCGCCGCCUUUGUGGCCACCCCCUUCUGUGAUUCAUGUGCAUUGUUAUUUUAUCGGCCUGUGCAAUUCUCCACUGGAGCCCACCCUGCGCUCAUCACGUGCACCCAGAGAAAGUGGUUGGAUCCAGCAACUACCACCCCCAGGAGGAGUUUUGGUUGGUUGGUUUUUUUCCUUUUGUUUACCUGUUUGUUUUUUUACAGACAAUUUACGGGCCAACUGGAAUGCCCACAUGGCCCAAGUUCAAUCUGGCAAAGUGGAGCAGAUGGAGCACACUGAUGACUGUGCUCAAAGGGGGCAAAUAAUAGGAUUUACCCUCACAAGUAACAACUUCUAAAAUAUGAACUAACAAAGGUAGAGUUAUUGGCUGGUUGUUGCACGCGACAGCCUGUUUCUGUUUUGUUUUGUUUCGACAUCGUGAACGUACAAAAUUGUGACAUCGUGAAAUUAAUAUUAUUGGUGGAGGAAAUGUGUGUUGGUUUGGAAUUCAGGUAAUAUAGAAGCUAGAUAAAAUAGAAUCGUAUAACUCUGAUUCAUAACUACUUUUCUAGUUGUAAGCCUUUACAUAGUAUUUGGAGUAAGGUGAUUUGUGUCCUUGGGGUACUACGGUAUGUGUGUAUAAUUCUGUACCAAUAACCAUUCUGUAUUACCCAAAUAAUUUUUGGUAAUAGAGAAUGUUGAUAACUUCUAAUUUUGUAAAAGGGGGUGCAGCCAUGUUACUUUAAUAAAUUAUAUGUUGCUAGCAUUAUUUGAAAAGUUUUCAAAUGCCUCUUAGGUGUAUUCCAGGGAUCCUUACUCCAGUGCUAAGUUUCCUACCAUAGAGGAAAGUUUUUUGCUAGUUUUCCAUGUGUUAAGUAUUAGCUAAGUAUUAGCCUGAGUGUUAAGUAUUAGUUAAGUAUUAUCUAUUCUUUAUGUAGAUCAGCAUGUCUAUUUUUGAUUGCUGAAUAAGAGGACCUACUUCAGUAACCUUCAGCAGUCAGCUGGCUGUAUAGCGACUUCCUUCUAACUUAUUCUUUUCUUAUUCCCGUAGGAUUUUAAAUUGAUGCUGCAGACAGCGGACCAAGCACAUCCAAGUGAUGGAGAUACCGCUGUCAUCCCAAGUUAAAAUAUUAUGGGGUGGGGAGGCUCUCUAAUACAACAAAAGCAUUUCCAAAUGCUUUCCUGAAUUUUGGGGGUUGAUCCUUGCUCUGUUGUGGAACUCUUUACUUCAAUUAGCAUAGUAAUGUUUUGUAUUCACUCUAUUUUAAAUAAAAGUCUAUUUCAGCAAUACAAUGCUAACGUGAUCUUAAACGCUCAUGGCCAGAGCCAUUUCACAUGUUAUGCAAUGAUAAAAAACCCAGGUGAGCCCGGCUUUGUCAGGAUAUAAAUAAAAAUUAUUAUUAUUAUUA